GUUCCCGGCCUGGACGCCUCGGCUGGAGGGACUGCUGUCAAGAGGAAAAACAAAACUACACGGCGCCCACUGCCUGUAGUUUUGUUUUUUUUGGGGGGGUUCCUUUGAGGCUUAACUGUUCUCCUUUUGGAUUUUCUCACUACGUUUCCUGGAUAAAGAGAUUUUGUGAGGAAGCCCACGUCUGGGCAUCCCGGGGCAUCCUUGUUUAGACAAGGUGCUGACUAACAUGUCAACACAGGCGCCAACGUUCACGCAGCCGCUGCAAAGCGUUGUGGCACUGGAGGGUAGUGCCGCAACGUUCCAGGCUCAAGUUAGUGGUUCUCCAGUUCCCGAGGUGAGCUGGUUUCGUGAUGGCCAGGUUCUUUCCAUCGCCGCUCUGCCCGGUGUUCAGAUCUCGUUCAGCGACGGCCGUGCUGUUCUGAAGAUCCCUGCUGUGACCGCCGCACACAGUGGGAGAUUUUCUGUCAGAGCCACCAAUGGAGCUGGACAAGCCACGAGCACCGCCGAGCUGCUUGUCACAGCGGAGACAGCGCCUCCAAAUCUUCUUCAGAGACUGCAGAGCUCCACAGUGAGACAGGGCAGCCAGGUGAGGCUGGAUGUCCGAGUCACUGGGAUCCCAACGCCUGCGGUGAAGUUCUACAGAGAGGGAGCUGAGAUCCAGAGCUCAGCCGACUUCAGGAUCCUCCAGGAUGGAGACCUGUACAGUCUACUGAUUGCUGAGGCCUUCCCAGAGGACUCUGGGACGUAUUCUGUCACCGCCACCAACAGCAGUGGACGGGCCACGUCGACCGCUGAACUGCUGGUUCAGGGUGAGGAAGCUGUGCCUACAAAGAAAAGCAAGAUUAUAGUGUCCACAUCUCAGAUGGUGACGUCCAAGACAAGUGUGCAGAGGAAGGUGGAGGAGGGGUUCCAGGCCACCACCCAGGUGGAGAUGUAUGGAGGAGCAGGUAUGAUGACUCAGCAUUUAGCCCACAAAACCCCUCCAAGGGUUCCCCCGAAGCCGACCUCCAAGUCCCCCCCAUCCUUUGUUUCCAAAGUAACGGGAGCACGCCAACAAUCGCCUUCACCUGUCAGACACGUUAAAGGGCCAACACCCACACCUGUCAGACCCGUUUCGCCUUCUGCCAGACUGUCCAUCUCUCCCAUGAGACCAGUCAAGUCUCCUGUCAUGACCAGGAAACAGGUACCUGCCUCUGCUGAGGUUCUACCGCCCUGGAAGCAAGGAGACCUUGUGGGCGAUGCCAGCUACACCUCUGUGACCAGUGUGAGCAGUGUGGGCAGCGCCACCCAGCUUCAUGUGGAGAAGCACUGGGAGCAGACGGUGGCUUCCAGCAGAGAGGGCAAUAAGAGCAUGGCGGUGGCUACUGUGGUGGUGGCCGUGGACCAGGCUCGCAGCCGGGGGCAGGCUGAGGCUGCAGGGCCAAAAGAACAGGGUGAGGGAGCAAAAAAGGCUGAGGCAGUGGCAAUGGUAGUGGCUGCUGUUGACCUGGCUCGUGUUCAUAAGCCUGUGCAUGCAGAGGGUGUUGAAGCUGAGGAGCUAGAGGAGAUAAGGCAGCAGGCAGCAGAGAAACACACAGUUCCAACCGAAACUGUCCCUGCUGAACCGCCACCUGCCGUCGUCCAGGUCUCCCAGAUUCAGAGAAUGACUGAAAGCACCUCCCAUGUGGACACUGGUGUCACCACGUCCCCAGUUCCACAUUUCACAGUUUCUAAAGUUUCCGUUCCUAAACAUGGACUUAGACAUGAGGUGUCCAUCGCUGGCUCUGCCAUUGCCACUUUGCAGAAAGAGUUCUCCUCCAGCUCUGCUCAUAAAAAGAUCAUCAAGCCUGUAAAAUCUCCCAGUCCAUCACGCAAGGUGGCGCAAGCGACCCUCCCCCCGCCCUUCAAAGACAUCACAUAUCAGAGUCAGGUUGAGUUACAACGGGGAGCAGCUUAUGCAGUGAGUGAGGAAGAGUUUGAGGACUGGGAGCCUCAGGAGGUUGCUGCAGUUCCUACAAGAGCCCAGGAGCCUGUGGUUCCUCCUACACUUAUUAUUGGUCUGAAGAACCUCACGGUGACAGAGGGUGAGUCUGUCACCCUACAGUGCCAGAUCAGUGGACAUCCAGCUCCCGCUGUCAUGUGGUUCAGAGAGGACUACAAGAUCGAGAGCUCCAUUGACUUCCAGAUCAGUUACGAGAACGGUUUUGCCCGGCUGGUGAUCCGCGAGGCGUUUGCUGAAGACAGUGGACGUUUCACCUGUACAGCCACCAAUGAAGCUGGAACCAUCAGCACCUCCUGCUACCUGCUUGUCAAAGUUUCAGAAGAAAUAGAGAGCAGAGAGGAGAUGUCUGCCGAAAUUACCCAAGAGAAAACUGUCUCUGUGGAGACAAAGGAAGAAACUGUGACGGGAGAAUCUGCUGCUCCCUUCUUCAUCAAAAAACCCACUGUUCAGAAGCUGGUAGAGGGAGGUAGCGUUGCGUUCCACUGCCAGGUGGGCGGAAACCCAAAACCUCACAUCACCUGGAAGAAGAACGGUGUGGCCCUCAUUACUGGAUACAGAUACAAAGUUGCAUACAAGAAGGAGACAGGAGAAUGCAGAUUGGAGAUCUCCAUGACUUUUGCUGAUGAUGCCGGAGAAUACGCAAUCUUUGCAAAGAACCCUCAUGGAGAAGCUUCAGCCUCCACCAGCCUGCUGGAGGAAGAGGAAUAUGAAGUUCAUAUGAAGCAGCAUGAUGUGACGUAUAAAACUGAAGUGACAGCAGCUUUGGUUCCGGAGCCGUCAGUAGUUGUGAGCCAGUACGAAAUGGAACAGAGGAAGGUGACAACUCCCAUGAGCUUUGUCUCCGAAACAGAAUUUCUCAUUUCAGCAUUUGAGGAGAGGAUCAUUCAGGAGAUCGAGCUCCGCAUCAUGAGGAUUACAUACAAAGAGCUGGUGACAGAAGAUGCAGAGUUGAUGGUGACUGUAGUUGAUGAGGAAGCUGUGCAGCCAGCCUUUGACACACCAGUCAAGAACUACAGGAUCAUGGAGGGAAUGGCUGUAACCUUUCACUGCAAGAUGGCUGGAAAUCCACUGCCAAAGAUUGUCUGGUACAAAGAUGGCCAGCGCAUCAAGCCUGGUGGCCGUUACCAGACGGAGGUUCUUCAAGAUGGAAGGGCUAGUCUACGUCUGCCUGUGAUACUACCUGAGGAUGAGGGUGUCUACACCGCCUUCGCCACAAACAUGAAGGGCAAUGCUGUCAGCUCUGGGAAGCUGUACGUGGAGCCAUCUGUGGCUGUAACACCUCAGAGAUUCACUCCACAGCCGUCAAUGCAGAGGAUAAGGUCCACAUCUCCACGUUCUCUGAGCCGCUCACCCGGCCGUUCCCCCAGCCGCUCACCCAGACGUUCUCCAGCUCGUCGUCUUGAUGAGACAGAUGAGGCUCAGCUAGAAAGACUCUACAAACCAGUUUUUGUCUUGAAGCCUUCCUCUCUAAAAUGCUCUGAGGGACAAACUGCCAGAUUUGACUUGAAGGUUGUUGGCAGACCAAUGCCCGACACUUACUGGUUCCACAACGGACAACAAAUGGUCAAUGACUACACCCACAAGAUAGUAAUUAAAGAGGAUGGUACUCAGUCGCUGAUCAUUGUCCCAGCAAUGCCCCAAGACUCUGGAGAGUGGACGGUCAUUGCUCAGAACAGAGCUGGGCGUACCUCCCUGUCUGUUACACUCACUGUUGAUGCCCGUGAAAGCCUGACACGGCCUCAGUUUGUAGAGAAACUGAAGAACAUCAGUGUAAAGCAGGGCACUCUGGUUGAGUUGGCUGUUAAAGCCAUUGGAAACCCCCUGCCUGAUAUUGUCUGGCUGAAAAACAGUGACAUCAUCACUCCACACAAGCAUCCACAAAUUAAGAUCGAUGGUACUAAAGGAGAGGCCAAGGUCCAGAUUCCCUCAGCGGCUGGCUCAGACAGUGCCUGGUACACAGCCACAGCCAUUAACAAGGCUGGUAGAGACACCACUCGAUGCAGAGUCAAUGUUGAAGUGGACUUUGCUGCUCCUCAAACCGAGAGAAAGCUCAUUAUUACCAAAGGUACCUACAGAGCUAAAGAGAUCGCAGCUCCUGAACUGGAGCCUCUUCAUCUGAGGUAUGGUCAGGAGCAGUGGGAGGAGGGCGACCUCUAUGACAAAGAGAAGCAGCAGAAGCCACAGUUCAAAAAGAAGCUGACUUCUGUUCGCAUGAAACGGUUUGGCCCAGCUCAUUUUGAGUGUAGACUUACUCCUAUUGGCGACCCCACCAUGGGAGUGGAGUGGCUCCAUGAUGGCAAACCCCUGGCAGCUGCAAACAGGUUGCGCAUGGUCAACGAAUUUGGCUACUGCAGCCUUGACUAUGAAGCUGCUUAUGCUAGAGAUAGUGGUGUCAUCACCUGCAGAGCCACCAACAAGUUUGGAGUUGACCAGACUUCAGCUACCCUGAUCGUUAAGGACGAGAAGGGACUCGUUGAGGAAACACAGCUGCCUGAAGGCAGGAAGGGAGCUCACAGAAUUGAUGAGAUUGAGCGAUUGGCUCAUGAGGGAGGACCAUCUGGAGUCGGUGCUGAUGAUGAAUCUGACAAGACCAAGCCUGAAAUAGUCCUGCUACCUGAACCAGCCACAGUGCUGGAAGGUGACAUUGCCCGGUUCCGCUGUAGAGUCACUGGUUAUCCAGCCCCCAAGGUUAACUGGUACCUCAAUGGACAACUUAUCCGCAAAAGCAAAAGAUACAGACUUCGUUAUGACGGCAUUUACUAUUUGGAGAUUGUUGACAUCAAGUCAUAUGACUCUGGAGAUGUCAGAGUGGUUGCAGACAAUCCUUUGGGCACAAGUGAGCACACUGUGAAGCUAGAAAUCCAACAGAAAGAAGACUUUAGAUCUGUUUUGCGACGUGCUCCAGAAAAGGCUGCAGAGAGUUUACAUGAGCCUGGCAGAGUUGGAUUUGAUGUUGUGAAAAUUGAGCGUGCUACUGAGGUCUCACAGGACAGGGAGGUUGUUCGGCUGCGUAAGACACAAAGAGUUGUUCAUGAGAAAGCCUCAGAAGAGUCAGAUGAGCUGAAAAGCAAAUUCAAGCGCAGAACAGAAGAAGGUUUCUAUGAGUCAAUAUCUGCUGUGGAGUUCAAGUCUCGCAAAAGGGAUGAAUCUUAUGAAGAUCUACUAAAGAAGACCAAGGAAGAACUUCUUCAUCACAUGAAAGAGAAAGAAGAGGCUGAGAGGAGAAAAAUGGAAGAAGAGGGCAAAAUCACUAUCCCCACUAUCAAACCCGAACGAGUCCAACUAUCCCCAAGUAUGGAAGCACCGAAGAUUCUGGAACGCAUCACCAGCAAAACUGUCGCUCCACUGGAAGAGGUUCGCUUCAGAGUCAGAGUUGUUGGCAGACCAGAACCUGAGUGCCAGUGGUUCAAAAAUGGAGUUCAGCUGGAGAAGUCUGACCGUAUUUACUGGUACUGGCCAGAGGAUCAUGUUUGUGAACUGGUUAUCAGAGAUGUCAUAGCAGAGGAUUCUGCAAGCAUCAUGGUUAAAGCUAUUAACGUGGCUGGAGAGUCAUCAAGCCAUGCCUUCCUGCUAGUGCAAGCCAAGGCAGCAGUGAACUUCAGCCAGAACCUGGAGGAUGCCAGUGCCAAUGAGAAGGACACCAUGGUAACCUUCGAGUGUGAAACCAGUGAACCCUUUGUCAAAGUCAAAUGGCUCAAGAACAACAUGGAGAUCUUCUCCGGAGACAAAUACAGGAUGCACUCUGACAGGAAGGUUCACUUCCUGUCUAUACUUGUGAUUGAAAUGAGGGAUGCUGCAGAAUACACUUGUGUACUUGUAGAUGAUGAGAAUGUAAAGACCAGUGCAAGGCUCUACGUAGAAGGUGCUUCUCUGGAGCUCGUCAAACAUUUGGAGAACAUUGAAAUACCAGAGACCUAUGCUGGAGAGUUUGAGGUUGAGCUGUCCCGUGAGGAUGCUGAGGGAAGCUGGUUCUUUGGAGACAAGGAGCUCUCUCCCAGCAGUAAACACGUCAUGUCUUCUCGCCGAGGAAGACACAUCCUCUCUGUCAAGGAUGUCAGGAAAGAGGAUCAGGGGAAAUACAGCUUUGUAUGUGGAGACCUGAAAACCAGUGCCUCACUCAGAAUAAAAUUGCGUCCAGUGACCCUGAUGCAGCCCCUGACUGACCUGACAGUCUGCGAAGGUGACAUUGCUCAGCUGGAGAUCAGGUUCUCCCAGGAGAAUGUUGAAGGAACCUGGAUGAAGAAUGGCCAAACCAUUUCUGCUUCAGACCGUGUUCACAUUGUAAUCGACAGACAGGUUCACAAGCUGCUACUGGAGAAUGUCACCAGAGAAGAUGCUGCGUCCUACUCUUUUAUGGUUCCUAGCCAGGAUAUUUCGACCUCCGCCAAACUCAGUGUUCAAACCAUUGACAUUAUGAUACCACUGAGGGACGUGUUCUCAAUUGAAGGCACCAAGGCUGUUUUGGAGGCCAAAAUAUCAGCCCCAGAUGUCACCUCAGUUAAAUGGUACCACAAUGAUAAGCUCUUGAUUGCCAGUGAUCGAACUCAGAUUGUUGCAAAGGGAGCCAAGCAGCGCUUGGUCUUCUCCAGGACAUAUGCCUCAGAUGAAGGCCAGUACAGACUGGUGGUUGGCAAAGUCGAUUCUAGCUGCAGCCUGACUAUCGAACAGGUGCACAUUGUGAAGCAUAUGGAAGACAAAGUGUGUUCAGAGUCCCAGAAUGUAUCCUUUAGUGUUGACCUAUCCCAUCCUGGUGUCGACCCGGUCUGGACAUUCAGGAAGAUGCAGCUCAAACCUGGACCCAAAUAUAAGAUAGAAUCCAAGGGCAAAACUCACUCUCUGACUGUUACUGACACCAUGAAGGACGAGGAGGGUGACUACAUGUUCCACGCAGGUGAAAAGACAUCCAGUGCCAAGCUAUCUGUGUCUGGUGGGGCUAUCACACACCCCCUGCAGGACGUCACUGUGGCAGAGUCGCAGACAGCUGAGCUGGAAUGUAAAGUGGCCAAUGCCAGCACUGAGGGAAAGUGGCUGAAGAAUGGACAACCUGUAGACUUCAGUGAGAACCUGGUGAGCGAAGUGAACGGUGCCAUCAGGCGCCUCAUUAUUGUGAUCACAAGACCACAGGACGUGGGAGAGUACACCUACCAGGUGGCAAACUCCAAAACUACUGCAAACCUCAGGGUGGAGGUGGUAAAAAUCAAGAAAACCCUGAGGAACCAGACUGUGACUGAGACCCAGGAAGCUGUGUUCACACUGGAGCUCACCCACUCUGACGUGAAAGGGUCCCAGUGGAUCAAGAAUGGCGUGGAGCUGCAGAGUAGCGACAAAUUUGAGAUCAGCUCGGAAGGCGUUACCCACACCCUAAGGGUCAAAAACUGCAACACACAAGAUGAGUCGAUGUAUUCCUUCAAACUGGGGAAGCUGUCGGCCAACGCCAGGCUCAAUGUGGAGACGAUAAAGAUUGUAAAGAAGAUAAAAGAUGUGACAUCACUGCUGGACGGCACUGCCUCCUUUGAAAUGAGCUUGUCACAUGACAACAUUCCCGUCAGAUGGAUGUUUAAAGGUGUGGAGCUCAAGUCCAGUGACAAGUGUAAGAUUGUGUCAGAGAGAAAGGCUCACAAGCUGACUCUGCAGAACGUCGACAGCAGAAGCGCAGGAGAGUACACGGCUAUGGUUGGACACCUGCAGUGCAGCGCUGUGCUCAUGGUGGAAGCUCUACAAGUCACCAAACCCAUGAGGAGUGUGGAGGUGGCAGAGACCCAGGUGGCCACAUUUGAGUGUGAAGUUUCCCACUUCAACGUGCCGUCCACCUGGCUGAAAGACGGCGUGGAGAUCGAGAUGAGUGAGAAGUUCAGGAUCGUGGUUCAAGGGAGACUCCACCAGCUGAAGAUCAUGAACACCAGUGGAGACGACUCAGCAGAGUACACCUUUGUCUGCGGGAAUGACCGAGUUUCUGCAACGCUAACCGUCAGCCCGGUCCUGAUCACCUCAAUGCUAAAGGACCUAAACGCUCAGGAGAGAGACACCAUCACCUUUGAAGUGACUGUGAACUAUGAGGGCAUUACCUACAAAUGGCUGAAGAAUGGUGUGGAAAUCAAGUCGUCAGAUAGAUGUCAGGUCCGCAGCCGACAGCUCACCCAUUCCCUCACCAUUCGGAAUGUGCAUUUUGGAGAUGGAGGAGAGUACCAGUUUGUGGCCGGUUCUGCUGCCACAGCAGCCAACCUGUUUGUUGAAGCUCGUGUGAUUGAAAUUACCAAGAAAAUUAAGGACCUAAAGAUCACAGAGAAGAAGAAAGCAAUUUUUGAGUGUGAGGUCUCUGAGCCAAACAUCCAGGUGAUGUGGUUGAAAGACGGCCAGGAGCUGGACCUGUCUGAAGAAAGAUUUGUGGUGACAGCAGAGAAGUAUGUUCACCGUCUACUGAUUCAGACAGUUCGCAUGUCAGAUGCUGGAGAGUAUUCAGUGGUGGCGGGAUCAAGCAUCUCCAAGGCCCACCUCAUAGUGGAAGGUCGUGAUAUCCGGAUCUCUGAACCUGUGGAGCGCCAAAUUUGGGUUCUAGAGAAACACAGGUCCACCUUUGAGUUUGAAGUUAACGAGGAUGAUGUGGAGGGUCGCUGGCUGAGGAAUGGCGUGGAGAUCCAGUUCUCCGUAGAGGAUCGCUUCAGUUAUGUGGCCAUCAGGAAGCUGCACCGCCUCUCAAUCUCUGAAACCUACAGGAGCGACGCUGGAGAGUACACCUUCAUUGCUGGCAAGAACAGAAGCAUCAUGCACCUGGAAGUCAACAUCCCAGAGCCUCCUCAGAUAGUCCACCACAUGGAGCCACAGUCUGUGGAGGCUGGUAAACCAGCUCGCUUCUCAGUGCAGGUGAGGGGCGUCCCCCAGCCUCAGGUCUUCUGGUACAAGAACUCCCAGGUGCUGUCUCAAGGAUUCAAGUGCAAAUUCCUCCAUGAUGGCAAUGAGCACACACUGCUGCUCAUCGAAGUCUUUCCUGAGGACGCUGCUGUGUACAACUGUGAGGCCAAAAAUGAGUAUGGCACCGCCACGAGCACGGCAGCUCUCAAUGUAGAAGUGUCAGAAGUAGUUUCUCCGGAUUCAGCAGCUCCUGUUGCUCCCCCUGUUGUCAUAUCACCUAUUGGCAGCGCCUCAUCCCGUGAAGGAGAACCAGCUCGCUUCCAGUGCAGAGUUCGUGGAGACGAUGUGAAGAUCAGCUGGUUUCACAAAGAGAAGGAUAUCAAGCAGUCUGAGUUCUUCAGGAUGUCUCAGUUUGAUGACAGCUGUCAGCUGGAAAUCUCCAGGGUUUACCCAGAGGAUGAGGGCGAGUACACAUGUGUGGCCACUAACAGCGCCGGGACUGCAUCCUGCACUGCCACACUCACACUGGACGGACAAAAUCAGUCAGUGGGCAGUUCUUCUGAGACUCAGUGGAGCGUCUCCAAGAGCCUCAACACUCUAAAGAAACAUGCCUUUGGUCAAAAGCCAAGUUUUAUCAGUUCAAUCAAAAGCUGCUCAGUGCCACACGGGGAAGUGGCCCGCUUCCAUGCAUGCGUGUCUGGUUUGCCAAAGCCAGAAAUAAGCUGGUUCCACCAGAGGCAGCCGGUUAAGCCCAGCAAGAAUGUUGUGUUUCAUUUCGAUGACGUGACGAACACCGCAACGCUGAUCAUAGUGGAUGCUUUCCCUGAGCAUGCUGGCCAGUACACCUGCAGGGCAGCCAAUGAUGCCGGAGAGGCUGCGUGUUCAGCCACCCUCAGCAUUACCAGAGAAGAAGUGACUCACGUGAGAGAGCAGGUUGAAACCAGGGUCAAGCAAGAAGUCAAAAAGCAUUGUAGCACCACCAUCACCACUGUGGAAGAACAGGAGGAAACCUACUACACUGGUGUCCAGUUUCCACAGAAAACAAAAACUCUUGAAUUCAAGCCAGAUGUGAAACAUUACUCUUCUGCUUUAGAAAAGAAAAAAGAAAAGCCAGUUUUCCUUAGCCAGCUUGCCCCAGAAGCUGUCACCUCUGGGGAGACUGCCAGGUUUACUGUCAAAGUUUCUGGCCAUCCAAAGCCUACUGUUCAGUGGUCUCAUAAUGGAGAAAUCAUCAGCAGCCCUUCUACAUAUAAGCUUAUAGAGGAGCGCGAAGAAUAUACAUUAAUAAUUACCCAGGUGACCUCUGAGUACGAGGGUGAGUACUCUUGCACUGCCACCAACCGAUUUGGUCAGACAACAUGGACUACAUACCUUGAAGUGAAAAAACCUGAUGUUAGCCAGGCAGAAAAAUGGGUUGAGAAGAUGUUUAAGGUUGCAGGUCAACCUCCUACUUUCACAGUUCAGAUCCAGUCUGUACAGACCUUAGAAGGUGGAGAGGUUGUUUUUAAGUACAAGUUAAGUGGUGAUCCAGUCCCUGAUGUUAAAUGGUUCAAAGGAGCUUUUCAGAUCCAGCCAAGUAGAAACUGUGUCCUUAUAGCCAAUCCAGAUGGAUCUGGCUCAAUCACUAUUAAAAGCAUCAAAGUAGAGGACAGUGGCCUGUAUAUGUGUAAGGCCUCUAACCAGUUUGGUGAAGCAUCUUGUAGUGCUGAACUUGCUGUCUUCAAAGAAUCUGUCUCAGUUUCUCACAAACAGGAACACCUGACAGUUGUUCAGAAAAAAGGCUAUAAGGUUUCAGUGACAGAACAGGCAACAGAGUCUCGUUUGUACCAAGUCAGUCUCCCAGGCCAAGACAAUGCUCGAUCAGACCAGAUGGUUUACACUAUCGGCACAGAAGAUCGACAGAUAAUUCCCAGUGAACAAGUAGGCUCGCUCAGAGAGGUAGAUAUUUCCGCUGCUACUGUUCAUAGUGAGCAAGUAACCCACCAGGCAGCAGUGCUUCAAACUCAUGAGACCGAAGAGAGGGUGUCUAUGGUAUCUACACACCCAGUUCAGGUUUCAGCUGUUCCUGUAAAACAGCUUCACAUGUCAGCCUUUACAUCAUCUGUUGAACAGAGCCAGGAUCUCACAGAACAGCACUGUGAUCACAUUCAAAGUCCUGAGGUUAUUCAGCUUCAGGCUGCAAAGGAAACGAGGCCAAAGGUGAAUUCAGCUGUUGCAGAGGAGCUAACCCCUAUUAGUACUAUUAAUGCAGAACCUUUGAUCCACCACAAGUCCGCUACUGUAAAGCCUGUUUCAGAACAUAAACAUCUAGUCAGUGGCCAACAAGUUGAGUCACAGCUAUCUAUCAUGAAAGAGCAGUCACAAGACAUCACCGACCCAGAAAAGGAGAUGGGCUACAAGGUUAGGGAAGGUAUUAAGAUUCUUUACUCUGCACAGAGUGAAGACAAACGGAUGCUUGCAGAAGGCCAUACAACUGAACUAACAGCAUUAGAUUCUGCUGUGAAGCCUUCUGUUGAGAAGGAACAGCCACAAACAGUUUUGGCUUCACUCAGUGAGUCUAAACAAAUGUUGGCCAAGGAGACAAGGUUCUCUAUGCAGAGACCCAGUGAGGAGACAGCCCAGAUAUGUAAGGACACAAUAAUAAAAGCUGCUCCAACUGCUGAACACAAGCAGAUGCUGCAAGCUGAGUCCACUCACAAUCUGCCAUGUCUGGACAAUGCCAUGUUAAUUUACUCACAAGUUGAAGGAGAGCAGUUGUUACACCUGCAGGUUAUCACAGACCAAGACCUUCUUUCGUCAGAGAGGAGCUUCAUUUAUGAGAAACCAGAACCAGAGCAGGCUGGACCCAGGAAAAGUCCUACUCUGCUACACACAGUUAGUCAGAAUGAGCAAAGAACAGUCAUUUGUGAGGAUACAUCACAAUUUGAAGCCAAGACCAACAUAGUGAAUAUCCAGCCACAGAAGGUGACUCCUCCUCUGCUACACCUUCAGUCAACCCAACCCGCUGAGCCGCUAUUGAAAGAAGAUAUUCUUAUUAUUGAGAGGCCUGAACAGCAGUUGUCAGCUCAGAAAGAAGAAAAGUUGAGGAGCUAUGCAGCUGUCUCAAGAGGGAAAAGGGAACUAACAGCAGAUUAUUACACAGAACUGGAUUUGUCAGUGACUGGAGUUCAGUCUCAGCUUCGCACUGAACCUAGAUCUCCACAUAUCCUCCAGCUCUCCUACCAGCCAAUGCAGCUGCCAAAAGAGACACCAGUUACCACAAGGGAGGACAAGCAGCAGCGAGCGUUGGUGCAAAAGCAGGAGCACUGGAAUUUGACACAUGUCACUAGUGUUGCAGACACUCAGGCAUUAGAUGAGGGCCACACUGAAAGUCUUACAUCUGUGGAUAAAUGUAUUGGCCACAUAGCUAUAGAGCCAAAACUUCCCGCCGAGCAAAUCAAAGUUGAGGAGAAAGACAUUUCCACUGAAAGUAGUGUCUGCUUAGAGGCAGCAGAACAGGACUUUGCAGUUCAGAUCCAGGAGGGCCAGUCAGUCAGACAGGCAAUAGUGAUGGAUGAAAAGCAAGUGCUGAUGGGUGAGCUGUCUGAGGAAAUCACAAAAUCCGAGUCCACCACAGUUGUUGUGACCACACAGCCCAAACUGUCCCUCAAAGCAUCAGAGUCACUAGAUAAUGCAGCACUCCCCAAGGAGUUCACAUUUGUGAUACAAAUACCAAAACCAUCCAGGCUCAAUUUACGUUAUCAGCUCAGAGAUGCUCUUCAAUCUGCAGUGGCCAGUGACCAACCAGUUUUACUGGCCGAUGUUGUAGGAAGGAUACAGACUGUUGACGUGCAGGAAGUAAAGGUUCAUAGAGAGCCCAAGCAUGUCAUGUUUACAUACCUGAUCACCACAACAAGUUUACCCAUGGAAAUCACCCUGACCUUAGAGGGUGAAUACCCUCAGACUGCUGACCUCAGGACUGAACUGCAGGCAGCUUUCCACUCCAUAUUGUUCCAGGACGGCUGUGUUCUUACUUCAGAACAGCCUGGCACUAUGCAGCUGGACAAACCCCAACAGGUUCAAGUCACCUCAGCCAGUUCUAGGCAAAUGCUGUCAACCAUAAUAGAAACCAUGAGCUUGGCAGAGAGUGCACUGGAUUUCACUGGUGUUUGGUCUCAGGCUGCUGCACUUGAGACUGAGACUAACAUGGCAGUGGAAUGUGCCACAGUUGAACAGCAGGUUGUGGUGCAGGAGUCCAAGGUUGCAAAGACAGAGUCGUCCAUCUCAUCACAGAUUCUAAUGUCCACUGAGGCUCAUGUGACUUUUGAAGAGUCAGUACAGGUAUCAAGGAAGGAAGUGCAAUCAGUUCUAAAAAGCCAAGAAAAAGAUGUAGGGGCAUCUGCUGUCGCUGUAAGUGCCCAUCCUCCAAUCACUAUUCUCACUGAACAGACAGUAGAUGUGAGCCUCCAGAAGGAAUUCAAAGAAGAGACCUUUAGAGAGGAGCUCACAGUGCCCAGGCCUGAAGAAAGGCAAUACCCUGUAAUUGUCACCUCACUGGAGGACAUGUCCGUCAACGAGUAUAGUGGAGUCACUCUUAGUGCUACUAUUAAGCAUGUUGCAAAGGUAAACUGGUUUUUCAAUGGGCAAUUGGUGAAAUCUGGCAAAGAGUUUUUGUUUUCCAAAGUCCACGACACAUACACACUGGUUAUCGACAAAGUUGUCAAGGAGAGACAUCAAGGAGAAUUUGUUUGUGAGGCUGAGAAUGAAGCUGGCAGGACGACAACAUCUUCAAGACUCUCAGUGAUCUCAAGAGUGCCACCUGUCUUCAGGAAGCAAAUCACACCUCUGGAAAUAAACGUCGGCAGUCACGCUAAGUUUGAAUGUGAGAUCGAGGAUGCCCCGAGUGUGACCUUUAAAUGGUACAAGUCUGGCACCGAAAUCAGACAAAGUGACAAGUACAGGAUCAUCAGCCUUCCCACCAGCUCCUCUAUAGAGAUCUUGAAUCCAGUCAAAGCUGACAGCGGUGAAUUUACCUGCAAGGCUUCGAACCAACACGGCACCGACAGCUGCACUGCCUCCCUCAGUGUCACGGAAUUGUAUCCACCGGUAUUUCUCACAAAACCAGAACUUAAGACUUUGUAUGUGGGAAUGCAGGCUGUGCUCCAGUGCUCUCUCACUGGAUCCUCGCCCAUGGAAAUUGUCUGGCACAAGGACAACAUAGCCAUCUCUUCUGAGGAGAAUUAUGUUAUGAAAUGUGAAAAGAACAAAUAUUUCCUUCACAUUAAGAGUCUUUCACUGACUGACCAGGGAGUGUACCUGUGCAAGGCCUCCAACAGUGUCGGCACUGCCACCUUUACCACAGAGCUCAAGGUCAUCACCAAACCCAGCUUUGUUAGGCUUAUUGAGCCAGCAUCAGCUGCUGUCAGUGACCCACUGAGGCUGGAGUGCCAGGUGGAUGAGGACACUGGUGUGACCGUCACCUGGACCAGGGAUGGCAAAAAAGUCCACCAGAGCAUGGACUAUAAACUGUCCUUUGAGGACAAGGUGGCUGUUCUAGAGAUUCCCAAGUCCAAGUUGAAGGACUCGGGGAAGUAUGUGUGCACAGCCACAAAUGAGGCUGGAGGUUCAUCCUGCGAGGCUGUUGUAACAGUUCAAGAGCCUCCUGCUUUUGUCAAGAAAAUGGAACCUAGGAUUACAUGGAAACAGGGAAUAGUUGCACGCUUACAGUGCACCAUUAAAGGCUCACCUGUACUUCACAUCCACUGGUUCUGGAAUGACAGAGAGCUUAGUGAUGGAGAGAAAUAUAUGACCUCUUUUAAGAAUGGAGUUGCCACGUUAGAGAUAAUCAACCUUCUGGUAACAGACAGCGGAACCUAUACCUGUGAAGUGUCAAAUACUGGUGGCAGCGACAGCUGUAACACUGUUAUAACAGUUAAAGAGGCACCAUCCUUUAGGAAAGAGUUGCAGACAGUAGAGGCAGUGAAGGGAGCAGCAGCUCAGCUGCAGUGUGAAAUCACAGGAACGGCUCCGUUUGAAAUCCGCUGGUUAAAAAAUAAGGGAGCUAUUGACAGUGAUCAAAAAUAUAAAAUAAUCUCACAAGGUUCCUUUUCAAUGCUGGAGAUCCAAACUUUCGAAAGCUCAGAUGUUGGAGAUUAUCAAUGUGUCGUAUCCAACGAUGUGGGAAAAGUCAGCACUAAAGCCCUGGCUAAACUUAAAGAGCCACCAACAUUCUCAAAGAGAGUUGAGAGUGUUACAGCAGUGUUGGGAAACACAGUAAAACUACUGGGAGUCAUUAAGGGCUCAGCUCCUAUCACAGUUAAAUGGAUGAAAGACUCUGAAGUACUGAGAGAUGAUGAUUUAAAUAUCAAAAUGUUGUUUGAGAAUAAUGUUGCUAGCUUGGAAAUAACUUCAGUGGCCAUCAGCCAUGGUGGGAAGUAUUUGUGUCAAGCUGAGAAUGAGGCCGGGCACCAAAAAUGUGAGGCUACGUUGAUUGUGCAAGAACCUGCCAAAAUUGUAGAACCUGCGGAGUCUAUUAGUGUGACAGCAGGGGACUCAGCUACACUGGAAUGCACCAUUUCUGGUAGUCCUGACCUCAAAAUCAAAUGGUUUAAAGAUGGGAAGGAGAUGAUCAGUGGCCGGAAAUAUAAGAUGACUUUGAAGGACAAGAUUGCUUCCAUGAAGAUUAUCACAGCAGAGAAAGGAGAUACUUCAGAGUACAAGAUGGAGGUGUUGAAUAAAGUGGGAAAAGACCAGUGCACAUGUUCUGUGACUGUCUUAGAUCGCAUAAUGCCUCCAACCUUUACCAAGAACCUAAAAAGAGUUGAUGGUAACAUCGGUUGUGACAUUUCAAUGGAUUGUAAGGUGUCUGGGUCCCAGCCCAUGACCAUAUCUUGGUUCAAAGAUGACCUGGAGAUUUCGGCUGGAGCAAAAUUUCAGCCAGAAUUUAAAGACUCCUCAGCUAUUCUGAGAAUUACACAUCUGGAAAAAGAUGACUCUGGAGUUUACAAAUGCAGUGCCACCAAUUCAGCUGGCUUGAAAGAAACCAGCGGCACACUCUAUGUCAAAGAGCCCCCAGUUUUCACAGUGACACCAGACAGCCAGGAUGUUACUCCAGGAGCCACAGUGUUCCUCAGUGCAGUCUUUACCGGAACAGCUCCCUUAACUGUCAAAUGGUUCAGAGACGAAAAUGAGAUUAUAAGUGGAGGCAUAUAUUUCAUAAAAAAAGAUGUCUCUUCAAGCUCUUUGGAGCUUCACUCAGUCAAACCCAGUGACUCUGCUAAAUACACUUGCCAAGUGUCCAACGAUGCAGGAAAGGUGAACUGCAUCGCAGUCCUCUUUGUGAAAGAACCUCCUGUGUUUGUGACUAAGCCUGAAGCCACAAAACUUAUCACCAGUGCUGACUCUGCCAGACUGGAGUGCAAAGUGUCAGGCAGCCCCACCAUUAGCUUAAAGUGGUUCAAGGAUGAGGUGGAGAUCAGCUCCAGUCCCAAAUACAAAGUGGCUCUUCUUGACUCAGUGGCAUCUCUGGAAAUCAUCAACUGUACUGUAAUGGACAGUGGAGAUUACUUGUGUGUGGCAUCCAGUGAUGCUGGUAGUGACCGCUGCAGCAGCACACUCACAGUCAAAGAGCCACCAGUGUUUGUGCGUAGUUUGGAGCCUAAAGAUGUGGUUAAAGGUUCUGAGAUGAUCCUGGAAGGCCAAAUCUGUGGUUCUGCCCCCUUUGCCGUGUCUUUUUAUAAAAACACGAAGUCAAUUAGAAACGACAAGAGACACAGGAUCACUGUGAGAGACGAGCUGGUGAUCCUGCAGGUGCUGGCAGUGGAGGCAGCAGAUGUUGGUGUGUACCAGUGUACUGUUGAGAAUGAAGUGGGCAGAACCUCCUGUGACUGUGAAGUAACGCUGAAAGAACCGCCUUCAUUUUUGCAUAAGCUGGAAAACCUCUGUUCGUUGGUGGGCAAUGACAUUUCUCUACAGUGUGCUGUGAAGGGCUCUGAGCCCCUGACUGUGUCCUGGCUGAAGGAGAAUCAUGAGAUCAAAGAGGCUGAAAAUAUACAGAUAAGAUACGAGAACAAAACCGCUCUGCUGCACGUCACCAACUUACAAACCCAACACGGAGGCAAAUACACUUGUCAGGUGCAAAAUCAAGCUGGAAGUCAAACGUGCUCUGCUGUGUUGACAGUCAAAGAGCCCGCUAAGCUGACGGAAGAGGUCAAGUCGAUCAGUGUUACUCAGGGGGAUCCAGCCAUGCUGGAGGCCAGGUUUUCAGGAACAAAACCUCUAAAGGCUAAAUGGUUUAAAUCCGGCAAGGAGCUGACCACAGGCCAGAGAUAUAAAGUGCAGAUUACAGACAUUAGCUCUGUCCUCAAGAUCAUUCAGACACAGAAAAGUGACGGUGGUGACUAUAAAUUUGAGGUUUCUAAUGAUGUUGGUCAAAGUUCUUGUGAUGCCACACUCACCGUUCUUGAUCAAAUUAUUCCACCAUCAUUUACAAGAAAACUGAAACAGACAGAAGGCAUCAAGGGAUCGUUCGCUCACCUGGAUUGUCUUGUAUCUGGUUCGCUGCCAAUAACUGUGCAGUGGUACCAAAAUGACAGAGAGAUCCAGGCUGAUGACAAAUACAAAUGCACAUUUUUUGAGAAUGUAGCUUUCUUGGAAAUCUCUAAUCUUACCAGCAAAGAUAGCGGCAACUACACUUGCAUUGUUAAAAACAAGGCAGGUUCUGUCCAGUGUUCUGGAAUCCUCUUUGUCAAAGAACCACCAUGCAUCCUUGAAAAGCCUGAAUCUAUAAAUGUCUUGCCUGGCUCAAAGGUCCAGUUCAACAUACUAUUGUGUGGUACACCACCCCUGACCAUCAGAUGGUUUAAAAGCAACAAAGAGAUUUUGCCCAGUACUGAUUGCUCUGUAAUCAAAGACAACACCUCAAGCUCACUGGAGCUCUACUUUGCCAAAACAUCUGACACUGGACAAUACAUCUGUGAAAUACAGAAUGAUGUGGGCUCCACUUCAUGCCUGGCAACACUUUUUGUCAAAGAGCCUCCUAAGUUCACACAAAGCCCGGCCCGUUUGUCUGUGGUCGGUCCUGGUCAGAGUAAAGUCUUUGAGUGCCAGGUGGCUGGCACACCUGAAAUAGACAUCUACUGGUUCAAGGAAGGCUCUGAGAUCAGCUCCAGUGAUCGAUACAGGAUGUCUUUUAUUAACUCUGUUGCCACUCUGGAGGUCUGCAGAACUGACAUAAGAGACAGUGGGCUUUAUUACUGUGAGGCUCGUAAUGAGGCCGGCAGUGAGAGCUGCAGCAUGGAGCUUAGAGUCAAAGAACCACCAUCGUUCAUUAAAAAGCUGGCUACAGCUGAUGUGGUGAAGGGAUCUAGUGUCUACUUUGAGUGUCUGGUUGCUGGAACCGGACCAUUUGAAAUAACAUGGCACAAAGAUGCAAAGGAGAUUAAACCCAGUGCUAAACAUGGUUUAUCUCAAACCAAUGGCACUUUGAUUUUGGAGAUUCAUAAGUGUGACACCAUCGAUGUUGGGGAAUACCAAUGUUCUGUUGCUAAUGAAGUAGGAAGCUGCACUUGUAAAACCAUGCUGAAGCUCAAAGAACCACCAAGAUUUACCAGGAGGAUUGAGAACAUUGUCACAGUUGCUGGUAAAAUGGUGGAGCUGAAGUGUUGUGUGCAGGGCUCUCCUACUCUUUCUGUUCAAUGGCAAAAGGAUGAGAACUGGAUUUUGGAGGAUCCAAAGUUUGAGAGGACAUUUGAGAACAAUUUUGCCACUCUCAGGAUUCCUUUGUGUGAUGCAUCACACAGUGGCAAAUAUACCUGCCAGGUGGUAAAUGAGGCUGGGAAGGAGAGGUGCUUUGCCUUCCUCACAGUACAAGAACCUCCACAGAUUAUAGAGAAACCUGAGGUGCUAAAGGUUACAGCUGGUGAUCCGGUCAGUUUGGAAUGUAAGGUAACUGGCUCCCCUGAGCUCAAGGUGAGAUGGCUGAAAGAUGCUAGAGAGCUUCAGUCCAUCAGGCAGCACAAGCUUAUCUUUGAGAACAACAUCAGCACCCUAAAGAUUCAGUCUGCUCACAGAGAGGAUGAAGGCGAAUAUGUGUUUGAGGUGGCCAAUCACAUUAGUAACUGCACCUGCAAAGUCAAAGUGAUUGUACUAGAACAAGUAAUUGCUCCAGGUUUUAUUAAACCCUUGGUAGACAUGCAAGAGAUACUGGGCUCAUUUGUUCAGAUAUGCUGUAAAAUAUCUGGUUCCCUCCCAAUCUCUGUGGAGUGGCACAAGGAUGGGGCCAAAAUUUCUAGUGGUGUCAAACACAAACUAAUUCAGCAGGACAAUUCUGUGUCUGUGGAAAUUGAACAGCUGGAAAGAUCCGAUGCAGGGUCCUACACUUGCAAACUGGCCAAUGCAGCAGGAAGCUGUGAAUGCAGCAGUUGCCUCAUGGUCAAAGAACCUCCCAGCUUUGUGGUGCUGCCUGAGUCCCAGGCUACUAUACCCAAUGCAACCGUACGCUUCAAAGCCACAAUUAAGGGCACCGCUCCCUUUGUUGUCAAAUGGUUCAAAGAUGACACCGAGCUCAUGACUGGGCCCACUUGUUUCGCAGGACUGGAUGCUCUGUCUUGUUUCUUAGAGCUCUACUCAGUGGCUGUCACCCAGAGUGGAGCUUAUUCUUGUCAAGUCAGCAAUGACGCUGGAUCUGUGCGCUGUAGUGCAAACCUCACAAUCAAAGAACCACCUGAGUUUGUGCUGAAACUUCCUGCCACUAAGUUUGUGAAGCAGGGUGAGUCACUCCGCCUGGAGUGCAAAGUCAGUGGCACAGCUCCUCUGAAAGUGACCUGGUACAAACACGACACCAAGGUCACAGAUGGGGGUAACUGCAGGACUUCCUUUGUUGACUCAGUAGCAGUCUUGGAACUGCUCUGCACCAACUUUGAUGAUGAUGGAGUUUACACCUGUGAAGCUUACAAUGAUGCUGGCAGUGUCAGCUGCAGCACUACACUUGCCAUUAAAGACCCCCCAGCUUUUGUAAGAGGACUUCAGCCCAUUGAAGGGCUGAAGGGUAAAGACGUGAUUCUGUACUGUGAGAUAAGUGGUACAGCUCCAUUCCAGAUCACUUGGUUUAAAGACAGGAAACCUUUGAUGGAGAGCAGAAAGUAUAAGAUGGUCAGCGAGGGCAGCUCGACUACCCUGCAUGUCAUUGGGAUAGAACCUGCGGAUGCUGGUGAUUACGAGUGCAAAGUGUCAAACAAUGUAGGAAGUGACACCUGCCAGACUUCAGUUAAACUCAGAGAACCUCCGUCGUUUGUGAAGAAACUGUCAAACAUGACAGUGGUACUGGGAGAGGAGGUGACCCUUGUGGCCACUGUAAAAGGCUCUGAACCCAUUACUGUGUCCUGGGUUCAAGACAAGGAUCACAUUCUAAGAGACGGGGAGAACAGAAAAAUCACCUUUGAGAACAAGCAGGUCACUCUUAAAGUGUUUAAGGCUGAUCCAGCUGUGGCAGGCAAAUACACCUGCCAACUCAGAAACGAUGCUGGGAGUGUGGAGUGUUUUGCAAACUUGAUUGUUCUAGAACCUGCAAAGAUAGUGGACAAACCAGAUGCUCUGAGUGUCACUGCAGGUGACAUGGCUGCACUAGAGGUUAAAGUGUGUGGGAGCCCAGAGCUCGUCCCCAAGUGGUUCAAGGAUGGUGUUGAGCUGGCUUCUGGGAGGAAAUACAAGAUCUCAUUUUCUCGAAUGAUUUCCCGCCUGAAUGUGCUCUCUGCUGAGAAAAUAGAUUCUGGGGAAUACACGUUUGAGGUCAUGAAUGAAGUCGGGAAGGACCUGAGUAAAAUUAACCUCACUGUCUUAGAUAAGAUCAUACCUCCAACCUUCUCCAGGAAGCUGAAGGAUUGUAACACAAUUGUGGGAACCGCUGGAGAGAUGGAAUGCAAAGUGUCUGGCUCCUCACCUUUUAUUGUGUCAUGGUACCAUGAUGGGGAGGAAAUACAAAGUGGACCCAACUAUGAGAUUUCUUUCAGUGACAACAGCUGCACUCUCAAACUGCCCACACUGAAGCUGUCGGACCUUGGCAUCUAUAAAUGUAAAGCUGUCAAUAAGGCAGGAUCAUGUGAAACCACAGCCUCCUUGGUUGUCAGAGAGCCUCCAUCUUUCGUGAUGCCACCACAGCCAGUGGAGGCCAUGCCAGGUUCUAAUGUAGCCUUCUCAGCCAUCGUGAAGGGAAGUGCUCCACUGAAACUGAAGUGGUUUCGAGGAACAAAAGAAAUGCAGGCAGGACACACAUGUCAUUUCUCUUUGAAGGACAAUCAAGUUCUGUUAGAGCUUUUCACUGUGGACAGGUCCCACGCAGGAGAGUACAUCUGUCAGGUAAUUAAUGAUGCAGGAAAGGAAAGCUGCCCAGUGAAUCUCUCUGUCAAAGAGCCAGCAGCCUUCUCUAAGAAGCUGAAGGAUGUGUCGGUUGAAAAGGGAAAACUAUUAACCCUGGAGUGUACGUACAUUGGAACCCCAAAGAUCACAGUAAGCUGGUACAAAGAUGGCCAGCAGAUCUUUGCUUCCUACAAAUACAACAUCACCACCACAGAAAGCUCCUGCAUUUUGGAGUGUCUAAGCACUGACAACAAGGAGGCUGCUGGGAAAUAUUCCUGUGAAGUGUUCAAUGAUGCAGGAAGGGACACGUGUGAGGCAAUCGUGUCCAUUCUAGAGGCGCCAUACUUUAUCGAGUCUUUGGAACCCAUGGAGGUAACAUCAGGAGACGCAGUGUGUCUGAAAUGUCAGGUUGCAGGCACACCUGAAAUUAAAGUGUCCUGGUUCAAAGCUGAUGGCAAGGUCAGAUCUAGCCCCAGCUGCAGGUUGGAGUUCUCAAAGGGUGUUGCCUAUCUGAAGCUCAGCAAAGCCUCCAAGGCUGACAUUGGAGAGUAUUCCUGCAAAGCGGAGAACAAGAUUGGCUCUGCCUCCUCCAGCUGCAGACUUAAUGUGCUAGAGGCCAAAACUCCACCAACCUUCCCCAAAAAGAUCACCAGCCUCCAGCAGACAGAGGGGCAACCUGUCAGGUUUGAAUGUCGCAUCGCUGGCUCGUCUCCUAUCGAGGUGUCAUGGCUGAAGGACGGGGAGACUCUGAGUCAGGCAGCCGAGUUCUCCAUGGUGUAUGAUGACAACACUGCCGUGUUGCAGAUCAGCCACAGUGAGAUGAGGCACUCUGGAGAGUACAGCUGUGUGGCCACCAACAGCGUUGGCUCUGCCUCCUGUAGGGCCAAGCUCACCCUACAAGAACCAAGAUACCCCCCAGUCUUCGACAAGAAAUUAUCACCACAGGAGGUUAUGGUGGGCGACAGCAUUGAGUUGGAGUGUCACAUGAUUGGAUCAGCCCCUAUUAAAGUCACAUGGUCCAAAGACCAUAAAGAUAUUCGCACUGGGGGGAACUAUAAUAUCAGCUGUAUAGACAACAAAGCCCACCUGACCAUUCUGAAGGCAGAUAAAACUGACAUGGGGAAAUACUUCUGCCACGCCUCCAAUGACAUAGGGAAAGAGUCUUGUUCCUCUUAUAUCACUGUCAAAGAGCGUAAAAACCCUCCACUUUUUACCAAAAAGCCCUCAGAGCACAUGGAGGACACGGAAGGCAAACUCAUUAAGAUUGAGGGCAGAGUGUCUGGCUCACAGCCCAUGUCUGUGAGCUGGUUCAAAAACAGCACAGAGAUCUGCAGCUCUGACAAAUAUGACAUCAGCUUUAAGAGUAACGUGGCAGUGCUGUGCAUUAAGAGCAGCCAGGUGGCAGACAGUGGCAGGUACUGCUGCCAGGCCUCCAAUGAAGCUGGAAGCACCUCCUGCAGCAUUAUUGUGGACGUUUCAGAGGCCAAAAAGCCUCCAGUAUUUGAUGUCCCUCUUAAACCGGUGACUGUAGAUGAGGACGAGAAGCUCAGUCUCCGGUGUCAUGUCUGCGGGUCUCCUCCUUUAAAAAUUCAGUGGAUGAAAGACAGAAAGGAUCUCACGUCGACAGGCAACAGGAAGAUAACCUUUUCAGAUGGGAUGGCCUGUUUGGAAAUUAGCGCAGCUUGCAGACAGGAUGCUGGGGAUUACCUUUGUAAGGCCUCCAAUGAUGCUGGCAGUGAGUUCUGCAAGGUCAAGGUCACCGUCAGAGAGAGACCAGGAGCACUCCCACCUGCUGCUGAAGUUCCAGCUGCUGCUCCCACCAAAAAACUGGACAACGUGUUUUUUAUUGAGGAGCCAAAACCUGCACACGUCACUGAGAAGGGGACUGCCACAUUUAUUGCCAAGGUGGGUGGUGACCCCAUCCCCAGUGUCAAAUGGAUGAAGGGGAAAUGGAGGCAGAUAACACAUGGUGGCCGAAUCUCCAUCAAUCAGAGGGGCCAGGAAGCCAAACUGGAGAUUAGAGAAGUAACCAAAUCGGACUCUGGUCAGUACAGGUGUGUUGCCUCCAACAAACACGGAGAGAUUGAGUGCAUCGCUGACAUGCGUGUUAACGAAAAGAAAGAAUCUGCAGUGCUUGAGGGAGAUCUUCGAGCCAAACUAAAGAAGACACCAUCAAAACAGAAGAGUCCACAAGAGGAGAAGGACAUCGACAUUGUUGAACUGCUGAGGAAUGUUGACCCCAAAGAGUAUGAGAAGUACGCCCGAAUGUAUGGGAUUACAGACUACAGAGGCCUGCUCCAGGCUAUUGAGCAGCUUAAGAAGGAAAAAGCUGAAGAAAGUGGAAGACCGGAACUGGAACGUGGAGAUAGGGAGUCUGACGAAGACAUGGCGCGACUGGUGGCUGACCUACAGAAGAGGAUGGAACGGACAGAGCCAGUCACUGUUUUAAAGGACAUCUCGGAUCAGUCUGUCAUAAUCAACAAUGAUGCAGCGUUUGAGUGUGAGAUCAAGAUUAACUACCCAGAGAUCACCCUGUCCUGGUACAAGGGCACCCAGAAAUUGGACACCAGCAGCAAGUAUGACAUCAGCAUCAGUGGUGACUGCCACCUGCUCAAGAUCAAGGACUGCAAGUUGUCUGAUCAGGGCAACUAUCGAGUGGUCUGUGGGCCGCACAUCUCUAGCGCGAAGCUCACUGUCACGGAUGUGGAGAUUGAGAAACAUCUGCAGGACACAACGGGUAAGGAAGGUCUGUCUUGCACUCUGUCUUGUCAGUUGUCUAUCCCUAAUGUUCAAGCUGAGUGGUUUAAAAAUGGCAAGCAGUUAGAGAUGAAGGGCAGGUACAUGUCUGAAGUAAAGCACAAGGUUCAGAAGCUACUGAUCAGAGACCUGAGGACUGGAGAUCAGGGCCAUUACACCUGCAGAUACCAGCACCUGGAGUCCUCAGCCAAACUCUGGGUGGAAGCCGAACAAAUUCAUUUCACCAAACGCAUCCACAACGUUGAAGUCAACGAGCGGCAGUCAGCCACCUUUGAGUGUGAGGUGUCAUUUGACAACGCUAUCGUUUCAUGGUACAAAAACACCUGGGAACUGAAAGAGAGCCCUAAGUACAACUUCAGAAGUGAGGGCAGAAGACAUUUCAUGGUCAUUCAGAAUGUGACCUUUGAAGAUGAAGGCGUGUACUCAGUCAUUGUGAGGCUGGAGCCCAGAGGAGAGGCAAAGAGCACAGCUGAGCUUUAUUUGUCUGGCAAAGAAAUUGAAUUAGCAUUGGGACCAGUUGAUCUGCCAGACUCCUCAGUUCAAAGGCCUGAGGUGCCCUUGUCAGUGUCAAUCCAAGAAUCUGCAGAAGUCUGUCAUUAUGAGGAGGAGUUUGAACAUAGAGCUGAAUAUUCCCAUGAUUAUGAAGAAGAGGUGGAGCAGAGAGUUGCCAAAGUUCUCAUUGAAGAGACAGUGGAUUCCAGGGAACUUGAAAUGAGAAGCGAAAUCCCAGCACAAGUUCCACAACAUGAGAAACAGCCUGAAGAGAAGCCAGUAGCAGCUGUGAGGGAGCCAUACAAAGAACCAGAGGUCAAAAAAACAGUGGAUGAAAAGGUUUCUGUGGGCUCUGUCCCAGGAAAAAAAGAUGUUCCUGUUUCCAAAGAAAAAGAACCAGAAAAGGUGAAAAAAACAGCUGCUGCUCCUUUACCACCUGCUAAGGUGCCAAAAAAAGAUGAGUCCAAGCCUGAGGUACCAGCACCGCCCAAAAAAGUGGCACCUGCAGCUAAGCCUGAGCUGAAAGUGGAACCUGAACCAAUACCUAAACCUACACCACCUCCUAAAUGGGAACCUGAAGCUAAACCUGCAUCUAAGGCUGAACCAGAGCCUGGAGCUCAGCCCGUGCUAACCCCACCCUUUAAAGUCCCAAAAGAUGCUUUAAAACCAGAGCCAGAAGGGAUCAAGUCUGAACCAACAGGAAUUGAACCAGAACCAAAAAAAACAAAACUAGAUGUCCAUAAAACUGUAAUAAAGGCAGAAUCUGUCAUAACUGAGCGAGAAGAGGCCCAUCAAACAGAACCUGCAAACAUUCCCAAGUCUGACAUGCCAUCAAAAAGAGCAGAAGCUGAAAUAAAAGUGUCAAAAGCAGAACGUCCAAAGACUGAGCCAGAACUGACAAUUACAGCAAAGGAAACUCCAAAUAAAGUGCCAGCGAUGCCACCUAAGGAGGAGGUGGCGGCACCACCAUCAACACCACUCACAGCCCCUCAAACAGUAGAGAAAGAUGAAGCAGCUGCACAGAAGAAGCCUGUGGCCGUGAAAGUUCCUAUUAAGGACAAAACACCUUGGUCUCCAAAAGCAUCCAAGACACCAGAACCUACUGUGAUUUUUCCAAGAGAAGACCCAACAAAAAAAGAUAAAGCGUUGGGCCCCAUACCUAAACUUGUACCUGAAAAAGUACAUAAGAAGGUCUUUGAUGAUGUAGUUGUGUUGGAGACAAAACCUGAGAAACUACCUGAUAAAAUACCUGUAACAGUGCCUGACAGCGGGCCUCAGGGAAGGCCUGAGUUGACGGAAAAGACCUCUGAGAUGCUGUCAGAGAAUGCACCAGCUCCUGAGAGAACAGUGGAAGAAGUUGGGAUAAUGGUGCCUGAAAAAUUACCUGGGAAGUUUCCAGGAAAAACAAAAGAGGCAGCUCCUCAUUGGAAGCCUCGGGUGGCAGAUGAAGACAGGAUUCCUGAGAAGCCAUCUGACAAGUUUCCUGAAAAGGUGACAAAGAAGCAAACAGAGAGGAUUUCUGCAGAUAAAGACGUUCCUGAAAUGCAGAUGAAGAGUCCUGAUAAAACACCUGAGAACGUGCCUGAACCUAAACCUGAAAAAGAGAGAGAAGAAAUGCAGCCUAAAGAAGAAACAAAGAAGACUGAGAAGAUUCUACCCUCAGAGGUUCGACAACAGCAAACUGUCUCUGCUCCCAAAAAAGGAUUUACAACCUUUACUAAAACGGAACAAAUAAAAGAGGCUGAGAAAACGCAGGACGUUUAUGUGAUAGAGACAAUGACUCCAACAGAGAAGGUUUUGGAACAGGAAGAACUUGUGGAACAACAAACUGAAGUGUGGCAGAGACAUAAAGUGACCCCUGUGUUGUUAUCAGAAAAGGAUGUCUUUAGCACAACAGAACCAAAGGCUCAAGAACAAAAUUCUGAUUUGAAAGGUGAGAAUUCUAUCACUAAUGCUUCAAAAGGGAAAGACCGCAUGGUGAGCAGACGCAGCGUCAUCCCUAAAACAGAAGACACCAGGGUUGUAGUCCUGGAAUCCGCAUAUGACAGAGAGGAGGUUGUAACAGUGGAAGAGAACAAGAUAAUUGCAGAGCAGAUGUUUCAGUCAGAGCAAGAAUCAGCCAUUGAGCUGCCAGACAAGGACACGUCUAAACAACAAACUAGACCUAUAGUCACAAAAAAAAGUGACUUCGGUGUUAAAACAGAAAGCAGGCAGACACACAAGAGAGAGGGAACAAUUACGAUCAAAGACAUUCCUUCUGUUACAGAGGCAAAGCCUCCAUACAAGCAAGUGGGUCACAGUGUUAAGAUAAUAGCCACCAUGCCUGGAGAAACAUACAGCAGAAGUGAGGAGGGUACAGAUGUUUCAGUAGAACAUGUUCCAGUUCAAGAUAAAAUAGCUCAAACUAUUUUUCCUCAACUGAACAUUGUGAAGGACACCAGAGAAGGUACUUUAAGCACACCAGUCAUCUGUGAUUCAAAAGAGGAUCAAGCUAGUUUAACAGAAAAAAAGUCAGUGAAGGAAUAUGAGUCAUCGGAAAAGAAACAGAAGGAGAAGCUCAAACCUGAAAAACUAAUAGAGUCCAUUUUAGAUGUUAAGGUACAGAGGCCAAAAGCACUGGAACAGAAAACUAAGCUUAAGUCAGUUGCUGCAAAACCUGAAAGAGAUGACAAGAAAGAAGAUAUGUGCAAAGAUAUCCUAGUGGCAAAGGAAGAAUGUUUUCUAAAUGAGGAAAGAGAGAAGAGAGGGAUCCAAAGUCGACUGCCUUCCAGAGACACAGAAACCAAGACUGAGACAAUCCCUUCUUCUUCAUCUCUGGGACAGCAAGUCAGGAUACAAGGAGAAAAGUCUGACAGAGUUCCAGUUAAGGACAAGGAGCCACAGCAGCCACCACAAGUCAAAGGACCAGUGGCAAAGCCAGCUGCUCCUCCACAAGAGAGCAAACCACAAGAACAACUUCAAAAAGCUCCAGAAAGGCCAAAGGUUACUGACAAAGCUGAGAAGUUGGGGAAGAAAUUGACAAUGCAUGGAGCCCAGCCAGUUUCUGAGCCACAGCCUGUUUUGAAGCAUGAAGAACUAACCAAGAUGGCUGUGGUGGAAAAGAUAGCUCCUUCCACAGAUGAAACCAAGGGACCUGUUCAAGCACCGGGAGGAGUAAAGAAAGAAACUGUUCUGCAGAAAAAAUGUCACAUGCAUUUAGAAGAGGAUGGAUCAUUUGACAUUCCCACCUUGCGGAAAACAACCAGAGUUGUGAGAGAAAUGGAGGAAGAGCAGGAGACUUUCCAUCUAAAAAAGAUUCCAUCAGUUUCACCUAAGGAGGCCAAAGAGGACAAACCUAAGAAGGACAUUGACACUUCUGUCUUUGACAUCGAGGAGAUGGUGCAUCAAAAAAAAGUUAUUGAGAUGUCAGUCACAACCAUAAAACCUGUGGUGGAAAGAAGGCUACCUCAAGAGAAAGAUGAGCCUGUUCAAAAGCCUGAAGUCAUUAAACCUAAAGAAGAGCAGAAAAAAGAAGUUCCCAAAGAUGCAUGGGCACAUCAGAUACCCCCCUCAAAAGAUGAGAAAUCAGAAGAUAUCAUUUAUCUGAAGAAGACUCCUAAGUCACCAAAAGUAGAGGAAACACCUGCACCUGCUGCAGUUUUGAAGAAAGUGAAGAAAUUACCCUUAGAUGAACUGGAAGCAGAAGUAAUCAAACUCAAACCAUUCGAGAAACCUGUUAAACCAGCAGAAGAGCCAGAGAAAGUAAAGGAGAGGCCGGACAAGGAUACAGUAUCUUUUCAGAAGCAAGACAGAAUGCCCAGACAGGUGGAACCCAAAGAAUCUCCAAAAAAAACUGAAAAGCAUCCUGAAACUCCAGAGCCACUAGUCAAAGUGUCAAAGCCAGCAGAUGAAAAGAAAACUCCAGAAACAAAAGCUGAGGAGGCAAAAGUGCUGACCAAGGUUAAGAAAAGCCCAACACAAGAAAGAGAGAGAGAGUGCAAGCUUAAGCCCUUCUCCAGGCCUUUUGACAAGCCCACAGAGCCUGAGUGGAAGCUGUUGGAGGAGAAGGAGCCAACUGAUGAGCUACAUCAUCAUCACAUUGAUCCAAAAGACAAAGCAAAAGUACAGGAACCAGAGGUUCCACUGAAGAGACCUGGCAUGCCAGAAGCACCAGAGAAAAAUUUGAUGCAAAAAGAUGCAGAAGAAACUUCAGUGGAAAAAAAGGCAACUUCUUUGCGAGCUACUUUAACGCAACCUAAAAAUGUUGAGGAGCCUAAAGCUCUUCCACUUAAGAAGGGGGUCACACCAAAGAUGAAGGAGGAAAAGGAAGAAGUGGCAUUGAAGCCUAUCGAACAGCUCAAGCAAGUUGAGCUGAAAAAGACGCUGUCUCCUAAAACUGGUAAGCUUAAAGAAGCUGAGGUAACCCCUGUAGAAAAGAAGCCAAGUGUGGAUAAACUCAAAAAGUCUCUCCAACCUGUUUCACCAAAAUAUUCUAAUGAAGCUGUGAGUCUUGAAAAGGAAGGCAAAACAGCAGAACCAGUAAAGCCUGAAAAAGGCAAGGUCCCCCUGGGGAAGGAGGUCUCUCCUAGAGCUGUUCAGAUGAAAAAAGUAGCUACCCAGCCAGAGGAGGAGCUAUUUGAAGAGGAGUUUACAGCUAAAGAGAAAGUGGAGCAAGAAGAGGAAGAAGCUUGGGGUUGGGAACUGGUCCCCCAAGAGAGUUACGAGUCAGAAGACUUGGAAGGUGAACAGGAAGAAGCUAUGGACGUUCCUGGGGUAACAAGGAGAGAGGGACAACCAGCAGAGGAAGCAGGAAGAGGCAGAGGUAGAGGGCUGAAAGCCAAGCAGACCCCGUCCCCUGGAGAAGGUAGGGGCCGUGGCCUGAGGCCUGGAGGAAGGGGUACACCACCACCUGAAGAACCCUUUGGAGGAUUCAAGCUCAAGGCUGUACCUCUGAAGUUCAUCAAGAAGCUUCAAGAUAUUGUGCUGCAGGAGGCCGAGUCCAUCGGCUCAUCUGCUGUGUUUGAGUGUGAGGUGUCACCCUCCACUGCCAUCACGUCCUGGAUGAAAGACGGCAGCAACCUACGUGAGAGCCCCAAGCACAAGUUCACUUCUGAUGGCAAAGAUCGCAAGUUGAAUAUUAUAGAUGUCCAGCUGUCAGACACUGGUGAAUAUACCUGUGUAGCAAAGAAUGCUGGGAAGGAAAUAUCAUGCACAGCCAAGCUCGUUGUUGAAGAGCUGCCUGUGAAAUGGAUCAAAGAGCUGGAGGAGGAGACGUCAGCACUGAAGGGUCAGCCUCUGUACUUGACAUGUGAAUUAAAUAAAGAGAGAGAUGUAACAUGGAAGAAGAACGGUGAAGUUCUAAAGAAAAAGGACAACAAGAUACAGAUAAACAUUAUUGGGAUGCAGCAUGCUAUCACCAUCCAAAGCUCCACCGACGAGGAUGCUGGGGCUUAUUCUUGUGAAGUGUCUGGCCAGGAGGAGGUCAAGACUAGCACAAACGUCAAAGUGAUUGAAAUAAUUAAGGACUGGAUUGUGAAACCACUGAGGGACCAGCAUGUGAAACCAAAGGCCAAAGCUACAUUUAAGUGCGAGCUCUUUAGGGACACCCCCAACUGGAAGUGGCUCAAGGGAGAGAAUGCGGUUACGCCUUCCGACAAGGUUGAGGUCAAGAAGGAUGGAAAGGAACUAACGCUCACCAUCAAGAAUUGUCAGCCUGAUGACGUAGCAGAAUAUGCCCUGGAGGUGGAGGGACGCAUCUACAUGGCAAAGCUAACUCUAGGAGAGCGGGAGGCUGAGAUCCUGAGGCCCCUUGUCAGUGUUGAGGUGACUGAGAAGGAAGAUGCCAUUUUUGAGACUGAUAUCUCUGAGGAUGAUGUUCCAGGCGAGUGGAAGCUCAAAGGAGAGGUUUUGACCAGAUCCCCGACGUGUGACAUCCAAAUGGACGGUGGGGUACGUAGGCUCACGCUGAAAAGCUGCCAGUUGGACCAGGCUGGGGAAGUGUCCUACCAGGCCCUGAACGCCACAACCAGUGCCAUGUUGAACGUCAAAGAAAUCGAAAUGGAUUUUGUUUUCCCACUGAAAGACGUGUCGGUCCCAGAGAAAAAGCAGGCUAAGUUUGAAUGCACCAUCACAAAGGAUGUUGCUAAAGUGUUGUGGUACAGAGGUGGUGACAUCAUCACCCCAGAUCAAAAGUAUGACAUUAUUGAUGAUGGAAAAAAACACAUAUUACUCAUAAACUGCUGUGAGUUUGAUGAUGAGGAAGAUUACCGGAUUGAGGUUUUGGAAAAAACAUGCACAGCCAGACUCACAGUGGAGGGUAUCAGGCUCAAGUUUAUCUCACCAAUAAAGGACCAAACUGUGAAAGAAGGCAGGACAGCUCGGUUUGAGCUGGAACUGUCUCAUGAAAACAUCCCUGUCACCUGGUACAAAAAUGACACCAAAAUCCAUCUGAGCAGAACAGUGGUCACUCAUGUGGAUGGAAAGAAGCAUGUUCUAGAAAUAAAGGAAGUGACUCUAGAUGAUAUUUGUCAAAUUAAGGCGGAGGCCAAAGGAAUUCCAUCCAUGGCCAACCUUACGGUCAUAGAGGGAGACCCGUAUUUCACACUUAAGCUGCAGGACUAUACCGCAGUGGAGAAAGACAAGGUGACUUUAGAUUGUGAGAUCAGCAAAAACGUCGAUGUUAUGUGGUACCACAACGAGGCCGAAAUCAAGGCCUCUAAGCUGAGGACCAUUAAGGCCGAGGGCAAGCACAGGACAUUGGUAAUCAAAAAAGUUGGUGACAAAGACAAAGGACAGUACGUAUGUGACUGUGGAACAGACAAGACAACAGCGACACUUCACAUCGAAGCUCGCCACAUUAGGGUGCUUCGUCCGCUCUAUGGUGUUGAGGUGUUUGACGGUGAAACCGCUCGGUUUGAGGUUGAGCUCAGCGAGGACGAUGUUCACGGCCAGUGGAAACUUAAUGGAGACAUCCUUUGUCCAUCUGCUGACAUAGAGAUCGUGGAGGAUGGAGCCAAACACACACUGGUCUUGUACAACUGCAGAGUGCCUCAAACUGGUGAAGUGGCAUUUACUGCAGCCAAUGCUAAAUGUUCUGCUAACUUGAAAGUGAAGGAGCUCCCAGUAUCUUUCAUUACACCGCUGGCUGAUGUUGAAGUGUUUGAACAGGAUGAGGCAAAGUUUGAGCUGGAACUCUCUAGAGAACCCAAAAGCUUCCGUUGGCUGAAAGGAUCUCAAGAGUUGUCCUGUGAUGACAAGUUUGAACUGCUAGUGGAGGGAAAGAGACACACUCUUAUUUUAAAAUCUGCCAAAUAUGAGGAUGAAGCCAAAUAUAUGUUUGAGUGUGAAGAUAAGAGGACAUCUGGAAAGCUGAUUAUUAAAGGUAUUCGCAUCAAGUUUAUUAAGCCAAUUAAAGAUGUGACUGUAAAGGAACGUGAAACUGCAGAGUUCAGCAUUGAACUCUCUCACAAAAAGAUUCCCGUCACCUGGUAUAAGAAUGACAUCCGCCUGCACCCCAGCAAGGUGGUGCAAAUGUCAGAGAAUGGAAAGGUCUACACACUGGCCUUCAAGGAGGUCACUAUCGACGACACCUCCAUGAUCAGAGUGGAGGCCAUGGGCACGACAGCAGAAGCCAUGCUCACUGUGCUCGAGGGCGACCUGUACUUCACAGUAAAGCUCCAGAGCUACACAGCUGUAGAGAAGGAUGAGGUGAUUUUGUCCUGUGAGCUGAGCAAGGCCAUUGGUGAGGUCAGAUGGCUCAAAGACGGGAAAGAGAUAUUUGCUUCCAAGAAUAUUCUUUUUCGAUAUGAAGGCAAGAAGCACAUUUUAGUCAUCAAGAAGGCAGCAAAGAGCGACAUGGGCGUGUACACCUGCGACUGUGGCACCGAUAAAACCACAGCACAUCUAAACAUCGAAGAGCGGAACAUCAAAGUUGUUCGACAACUAUACAGUGUGGAGGUAAUAGAGAUGGAGACAGCCAAGUUCGAGACAGAGAUUUCAGAGGAAGACCUUCAUGCUACUUGGAAACUAAAGGGAGAGACACUUCACCCAUCUCCUGAUGUGGAGAUCAAAAAGGAGGGAACGAGACACAUAUUGAUCCUGUUCAACUGCAAGAUGGGCAUGGCUGGAAGUGUUGCCUUUGUUGCAGCAAAUGCCAAAUCCUCAGCUCAGCUCAGGGUCAAAGCCCGAGUAAUCGGCUUGGUGAGGCCUCUGAAGGAUGUCACAGUGACGGCUGGGGAGACUGCAACCUUUGAGUGCGAGCUGUCAUAUGAAGGCAUCGCUGUCGAGUGGUUCCUGGAGGGUUCAAAGCUGGAACUGAGUGACAGAGUGGUGUUGAAGGCAGAGGGUAAAGUCCACAGCCUGACCCUAAGAGACGUCCAGCUGAAUGAAGCUGGACAAGUCAAACUCACCACCAAAGAUUUCCAGGUCGAGGCCAAUCUUAUCGUCAGAGAGCCAGCAGUGGAGUUUACCAAGCCUCUGGAAGACCAAACGGUGGAGGAAGCAACCACCGCCACACUUGAGUGUGAGGUUUCCAGAGAGGCUGCAGAGGUCAGAUGGUUCAGGGAUGGACAGGAGAUCCGCAAGACGAAGAAGUACGAGAUGAUUGUUGACCGCCACAAGAGAGCGCUGGUCAUUCACGACUGCACUCCUGAUGACUCAAGAACAUAUGCUUGUGAUGCUAAAGACUUUAAAACCUCUUGCUUCCUCAGUGUCGAACCUCCACAUGUUGAAUUUACAAAGCCGCUCAAUGAUGUUGAGGUCAAAGAGAAGGAAUCAGCCAGGUUUGAGUGUGAAGUUUCCAGACAGGACGCCAAGGUCCGCUGGUUCAAGGAAGGAAGUGAAAUCAGAAAGGGGAAGAAGUAUGAAAUUAUUGCUCAAGGUCGACAGCACAUCCUCCUCAUACACAAAUCUGUGUUUGAAGAUGAAGCUGAAUACGAAUGUGAUGCAAAGACCUCCAAAUCCUCUGGCAUGCUCACUGUUGUUGAGGAAGAGGCCAGGUUUACCAAGAACCUGUCCAGUGUGGAAGGAACAGAGACGGACAGCGUGAAGCUGAUCUGCGAGAUCUCAAAACCCAGCGCUGAUGUUACCUGGUACAAAGGAGAUGAGGAGCUGCCAGAGGGCGGCCGCUACGAACACAUUGUAGACGGAAAGCGGAGAAUUGUCCUCAUCAAGGACUUGAGAAUGGCUGAUGCUGGAGAGUACAAUUGCAGACUGAGUUCUAACAUCAAAACCUCCGGAAACCUCAAGGUUAAUGAACUUGCUGCUGAGUUCAUCUCUAGGCCUCAGAGCCAGGAGGUGGUGGAAGGUCAGAAGGCUGAGUUCACCUGCUCCGUGUCCAAGGAGACCUACGAAGUCAAAUGGCUGAAAGACAAGAUAGACUUGGAAGCGGGAGACAAAUACCAGAUGGUCAGUGAUGGCAAGAAACGAACACUGGUCAUCCUGAACUGUGAGCUCAAAGACGAGGGGGGAUAUUUAGUGAUGAUCGGACCAACCAGAGCAAGCGCUGAGCUCACCGUGCGCGAGAAACUUAAGAUCAUCACGCCUCUGAAGGACACAGAGGCCAAAGAAGGUCAGGAGAUUGUUCUGAACUGUGAGGUGAACCAGGACGGAGCGAAGGCCAAGUGGCUGAAGAAUGAGGAGAUACUGUUUGAGAGCAGCAAGUACGUGAUGGUGCAGAGAGACAACGUCUUCUGCCUGAGGAUCAGAGAUGCACAGAAGGCUGACGAAGCCAGCUACACCAUCAACCUGAGCAAUCAGAGAGGAGAACAGGCUAAGAGCUCCGGCAGCCUCAUAGUCAAAGAGGAAAGUCUAAGGAUCGUGGUUCCUCUGGAGGACGUUGACACUCAGGAGAAGAAGACAAUAAGCUUCUCAUGUAAAGUCAACAGACCCUGCGCCACUCUCAAAUGGAUGAAGGGUGGAGAAGAGAUCACCCUGAACAAACACGUGGUCUACAGAGUGGACAAAGAAAAGCACACGCUGACUAUCAAAGACUGCACACUAGCUGAUGAAGGCGAGUACACUGCUGUGGCUGGAGACAGCAAGUCCACUGCAGAACUGAUUAUCAGUGAGGCACCCACAGACUUCACCAUGCAGCUCAAGGACCAGACCAUCACAGAGUUUGAUGAUGCAGAGUUCACCUGUAAACUGACCAAGGAGAAGGCCGAUGUCAGGUGGUACAGAAAUGGCCGGGAAAUCAGAGAAGGACCCAGAUACACAUUUGAAAGAGAUGGGAAAAUGUGCACCCUGCGGGUUAAGGAGUGCAGGCCAGAUGAUGAGUGCGAAUAUGCCUGCGGUGUGGACGAGAAGCGAUCCAAAGCCAGGCUCUUUGUUGAGGAGAUCCCAGUGGAGAUCAUCAGGCCACCGCAGGAUGCAUUUGAGCCUCCAGGAUCAGAUGUUGUGUUUGAGGUGGAGCUCAACAAGGACAGAGUGGAGGUGAAGUGGUUGAGAAACAAUAUGACAGUUGUCCAGGGAGACAAAUACCAGAUGAUGAGCGAGGGUAAAAUCCACAGGCUGCAGGUCUGUGAGAUUAGGCCUAGAGACCAGGGAGAAUACAGACUCAUGGUCAAAGACAAAGAUGCCAGAGCCAAGCUGGAGCUGGCAGCUGUGCCUCAGAUGAAGACCACAGGCCAGAGCUAUGUCACUGAUGCUGGGAAACCCAUCGUGUUGACCGUCCCUUACAGUGCCUACCCACAGGCAGAGGCCGACUGGCUAUACAACAUUACGAGCCUGCCUAAAGAAAACAUCUACACGUCCGCUGACCACACAGAGUACCGGCUGAAAGACCCGAAAAAGUCAGACCAAGGUCGCUACAAAAUCAUUAUCAAGAACAAACAUGGAACAGGAGAGGCCUUCCUCACCCUGGACGUCAUUGAUGUUCCUGGGCCUGUGAAAAACUUGCAGGUGGUUGACACCGCAGACGGUGAGGUAAGCCUGGCGUGGGAGGAGCCUGAGAGCGAUGGGGGCAGCAAAGUGAUCAGCUACGUGGUGGAGAGACGUGAUGUGAAGCGUAAGACGUGGACUUUGGCCACCGACCAUGCAGAGAGUCCUGAGUACACAGUGACCAGCCUCCAGAAGGAUUCCUUGUACUUGUUCAGAGUCUGUGCCCGAAACCGAGUUGGCAGUGGACCCAAUGUAGAAACUGAUAAACCUGUACAGGCCAAGAAUAAGUUUGAUGUUCCUGAAGCACCUCUGAAUGUGAUUGUGGGAAACAUCACAAAGUUUGGCUGUUCUGUUUCCUGGGAGCCUCCUAAGUCAGAUGGAGGCUCUCCCAUCACCUCUUACAUCAUCGAGCUGCGCGACAGAACGUCUGUGAAGUGGUCACCUGUCCAGGUGACUAGAGCUGACGAGUUCACCGCCAUUAUCAAUGAUGUCAUUGAGAACAAAGAGUACAUCUUUAGAGUCAAAGCCGAAAACAAAGCCGGCAUCGGAAAGCCCAGUGCUGCCUCUCAGCCUGUCAAGAUCAUGGAUCCCAUCGAGCCUCCCAGUCCUCCUCUGAACCUGUUUUAUCAGGACCAGAACAAGAGCUCAGUGCAGCUCACAUGGGAGACACCUCUGAAGAAUGGAGGAAGCAUUAUCACGGGAUAUAUUAUCGAACGCUGUGAGGAUGGCACUGACAAGUGGCUUCGCUGCAACGCACGUCUUUGCCCCGAACUUUUGUAUAAGGUUUCUGGUCUGAAGUACAGAACCAAGUACAACUACAGAGUGUUUGCUGAGAAUGCUGCUGGAGUCUCAGACCCAUCCAACACUAUUGGACCACUACUGGCUGAUGACCAACACUUUGCUCCAGUUUUUGACUUGAGUGCUUUUAAAGAUGGCCUUGAGGUGAUCGUCCCUCAGCCUCUCACCAUCAGAGUGCCUAUCACCGGAUACCCCACCCCCAUUGCUAAGUGGACCUUCAAUGAGAAGGAGCUGACCAGCGCUGAUGAGCGCGUCACUGUGACCACCAGGUCCACGUUCACGGAGCUGAUUGUGACACCGAGCAUCCGUCCAGACAAAGGCACCUACAGCCUGCAACUGGAGAAUGAUGUCACAUCAGUCUCUGGAGACAUUGAUGUCAACGUCAUUGCAUCACCCAGCGCACCAAAAGAUUUUAAGGUCCUGGAGGUGACCCGGCAGCACGUCCACCUAAGCUGGGAAGUUCCAGAACACGAUGGAGGAAAUCCUUUGACCGGUUACCAAGUGGAGAAACGGGACGUGUCCCGCAAGACCUGGGUCAAGGUGGCCACAGGUAUCCAGGAUCUGGAGUUCACUGUCACGGACGUGGUUGAAGGGAAGGAAUAUCUGUUCAGAGUCACCGCCUGUAACAAGUGUGGACCAGGGGAGCCGGCGUACAUUGACGAGCCUGUCAAUGUCUCCUCUCCUGCUACUGUCCCCGACCCUCCAGAGAACCUGAAGUGGAGAGACAAGUCAGCCAGUGGCAUCUUUCUCACCUGGGAGCCGCCCAAGUAUGAUGGCGGCAGCAGCAUCAAAGGCUACAACGUGGACCGCUGCCAGAGAGGAGCAGAUAAAUGGGAGCCCUGCGGAGAUAUGGUGCCUGAGCUGAAGUGCCAGGUUACUGGUCUGACUGAGGGCCAGUGGUACUCGUACAGAGUCCGGGCCCUAAACCGCCUAGGAGCCAGCCAACCCUGCAAGGCCACAGAUGAGAUCCAGGCCAUUGAUCCAAUAGAACCUCCACAGAUCCACUUGGAUUCUAAGCUGCUUGCUGGUCUCACCACCAAGGCUGGCAGCAAGAUCGAACUUCCUGCAGAGGUGACGGGUAAACCCGAGCCAAGAAUAAAGUGGACCAAGGCCGACCUGGUUCUUAAACCUGAUGAUAGAGUGUCCAUUGAGAUAAAACCAGGACACUCCACUGUAACCAUUGCCAAGACUGCGAGAGAUGACAGCUCCACAUACAUUAUCGAGGCUACAAACAGCAGCGGCCGAGCCACUGCCACUGUGGAUGUCAACAUUCUUGAUAAGCCUGGUCCUCCAGCUGCUUUCGACAUCUCUGAGGUCACCAAUGAGUCCUGCCUCCUGGCCUGGAACCCCCCACGAGAUGACGGUGGCUCCAAAGUCACUAAUUACAUUGUUGAGCGCCGCGCUGGUGACAGCGCAAUCUGGCACAGACUGUCCUCUACUAUAAAACAGACCACAUACAAAGCUGUGGACUUGAUUAAGUUUAAGGACUAUGUCUUUAGAGUCUUUGCUGAGAACCAGUUUGGUGUUGGGCCAUCAGCUGAACAUCCACCCAUCACUGCAAAAUACCCAUUCGACACUCCUGGAGCUCCCUACAAGUUGGAGGGUUCAGACAUCGCCAAAGACUCUGUGACUCUGACCUGGUUGGAGCCUGAUGAGGACGGAGGAAGCCCGAUCACUGGAUACUGGGUAGAGAGAUAUGAACCUGAUCAUGACAAGUGGAUCAGGUGCAACAAGCUGCCAGUCAAAGAUACUAACUACAGAGUUAAAGGUCUUCCCUCCAGAAAGAAGUACAAGUUUAGAGUUUUAGCUGAGAAUCUGGCUGGCACUGGAAAACCUAGCAAGGAGACAGACCCAAUCCUCAUUAAAGAUCCUAUCGAUCCCCCCUGGCCUCCAGGUAAGCCUAGUGUAAAAGACGUGGCUAAGACAUCAUGCUUCCUGAUGUGGACCAAACCAGAACAUGACGGUGGAGCAAAGAUCGACAGUUUUGUCAUUGAGAUGCUGAAAAGCGGGACAGCAGACUGGAUUCGUGUGGCAGACAAUAUCAGCCUCCUGGAGUACUUCCUGAAGGGUCUGAUGGAGAAGCAGGAGUAUUCAUUUAGGGUGCGAGCCAUUAAUGUAGCUGGAGAGAGCGAACCCAGUGAGCCCAGUGACCCAGUGCUCUGCAAAGAGAGAAUCAAUCCACCUAUGGCUCCUCGCUGGCUGGAGGUUGUCGGCAUCAGUAGGAACAGUGCUGAUUUGAAGUGGGCGGCCCCAGAGCGUGAUGGAGGUUCCCCUAUCACCAACUACAUGGUGGAGAAGCGCGAUGUCAGGCGUAAAGGCUGGCAGACCGUGGACACAACAGUAAAGGAGUUGAAAUACACCGUGACACCACUGAAUGAUGGUGCACUCUAUGUGUUCCGUGUUGCUGCUGAGAACGCUGUGGGCCUUGGACCGUUCUGUGAACUAGAGGAUUCUGUGUUGGCCAAAGACACUUUCACGACUCCUGGGCCACCAUACGCCCUUAGUGUAAGUGCUGUGACCAAAAGAUACGUGGACCUGCAGUGGGAAGCACCAAAAAAUGAUGGGGGCCGACCCAUCCUCAGGUAUUCCAUUGAGAAGAAGGAGAAGCUCGGAACUCGCUGGGUGAAAUGUGCAAAGACCUCAGGUUCAGACUGUAAGUACAGAGUGACAGACGUCAUUGAAGGAACAGAGGUUCAGUUCCAGGUUUGUGCUGAAAAUGAGGCCGGUGUUGGACACCCAAGCGAACCUACUGAGAUUCUUACCAUCGAAGAUGCAACAGCUGUGCCAUCACCUCCCGUUGAGCUGCAUGUCACUGGAGCCAGCCGGCAUUCCCUGGCCAUCGCCUGGAAGCCUCCGCAGAGGGACGGUGGCUCCCCCAUCACUGGCUACCACACUGAAAUGUGUGAGGCUGGAACCGAGAAGUGGAUGAGGGUCAACUCCCGUCCAAUAAAGGAGCUGAAAUACCAUGUAGAGGAGGGUCUGGUGCCUGAGAAGGAGUACAUCCUGAGGGUCAGGGCCAUCAACUUUGUCGGUGUCAGUGAACCAUCUGACAUCUCUGAGAACGUCUUUGCCAAAGACUCUGAUUGUAACCCCACGUUGGAGUUCCAAACUCUGGACCUGGUUGUUGUGGAGACAGAGAAGCUGCACAUCCCAGUUCCUUUCAGAGCUGUUCCCUCACCAAGAAUCACCUGGCACAAGGACGGCAAGGAGCUCAAGGCUGAUGAACGCGUCAGCUUCAGCAACGAGUACACUUCCUGUCAUCUGGAGAUUGAGAGAAGCAUUCACGCUGAUGCUGGAGUGUACAAAGCGACUCUGGAGAACAAACUGGGAGCCACUAGUGCCACUAUCAACGUCAAAGUCAUUGGUCUUCCUGGUCCCUGUAAGGAGAUUUUAGCCUCUGAGGUCACAAAGAGCUCCUGCAAGGUGUCCUGGGAUCUCCCAGACUAUGAUGGCGGCUCUCCGAUCCUUCACUACGUCCUGCAGAGGCGUGAGGCUGGCAGGAGGACGUAUGUCAACACAAUGUCUGGGGAGAACAAGGUCAGCUGGACCGUUAAAGACCUCAUCCCAAACGGAGAGUACUACUUCAGGGUUCAGGCCAUAAACAAAGUUGGAGGAGGAGAGUUCAUCGAGCUUCGCAAUCCAGUCAUUGCUGAGGACCAGAAACAUGCUCCUGACCCACCAGUAGAUGUGGAGACCCACAACCCCACUUCCAGUACCAUCACCCUGACCUGGAAGCCUCCAAUGUAUGAUGGUGGCACCAAAAUCAUGGGUUAUAUCCUAGAGAAGCAGCAGAAGAGCAAAGAAAAUUGGGAGCGGUGCAACAACUUCCUAGUGCCUGUCCUGUCCUACACUGUGAAAGACCUAACAGAGGGCAAGAGCUAUGCCUUCAGAGUCAAAGCUGAAAACGCAGCAGGGAUCAGUGACCCCUCUCGUAGCACACUGUUUGUUAAGGCCUCAGAUGCCAGCAAUCCUCCAAAGGUCUUCCUGAGUGGUAGCCUGCAGUCGGGUCUCAGUGUAAAGCGAGGUUGUGAGAUCUGCCUGGAUGCAAACAUUUCUGGGGCUCCCUACCCUGAGAUCACCUGGUACUGGAACAACCAGGUGAUCCGUCCUAAACCGCUUCGAAAGAGACCAGAAAAACCCCUAAAGAAGAAGGUGGAGAAGAAGGAGGAAGUUAAGAAGGAGGAGGAAAAGACGGACAGAGAAGCCAAAAAGGUAGAGGUAGAGGAAGGUGAGCAGAAAAAGGAGGAAGAGAAAAAGGAAGACACAGCAGAGCUGGAAGUAGAGGAGCCUGACUACCCAACCAUCAACGAGCGUCUAACGAUCAACAACAGUUGCAGGGGUGUGUCCUCUGUCAUGAUCACAGACUCAGUCCGUGCUGAUCACGGAGUCUACAUGAUCAAAGUGGAGAACGGUCAGGGAGUCGCCUCUGCAACCUGUCAAGUAAAUGUGCUUGACACUCCUGGUCCUCCGGUGAACUUCACAUUUGAGGAGGUGAGGAAGAAUUCCGUCAUCUGUAAAUGGGACCCCCCCUUGGAUGACGGCGGCAGUGAAAUCCUCAAUUACUCCCUGGAGAAGAAGGACAACUCACGGCUGGAGUUUGGCUGGAGCUCUGUUACAACAACACUCAGAGGAUGCCGAUAUUUUGUGCCAAAACUCAUUGAGAAGAAAGAGUAUAUCUUCAGGGUUGUAGCUGAGAACAAGCAUGGCGCUGGUCCACCCUGUGUGUCCAAGCCAGUCAUCGCAAAGAAUGCUUUUGACCCCCCUGAGGCUCCCAACAAGCCACAGGUUGCUGAUGUCACAGCCAACAGCAUGUUGGUCAAUUGGAACCAUCCAAACGACAACGGCAACCCCAUCCUUGGAUAUUGGGUGGAGCGCCGUGAGAUUAACAGCUCACGCUGGGCACGUGUCAACAGGGAAAUUGCCCCUGACACUAAGCUGAACGUUGGAGGCCUGAUGGAGGGACUAACGUACAUCUUCCGGGUGGCAGCUGAAAACGAGGGUGGCCUUGGAAAGUUUAGUGACCCCUCAGAGCCGAUGAUGGCCCAGUCUCCAAUCUUACCUCCUGGACCUCCUAUUGUCAGAAUAGCGACAACCACAGACCACUCCAUUGAAGUGGAGUGGGACCCACCUGUGGACAACGGUGGAGGAGAGAUUGUGGGAUAUCAUGUGGAAAAGGCCCUUGCUGGCUCCAGUGAGUGGUCCAGGUCUACAGAGCAUUCUCAGAGGAGCCGAACCUUCACUAUCUUUGGAGUUCGUGAAGGAGCCAAGUUUAGAGUCAGAGUCAUUGCGUGUAAUGCUGCUGGGGAGGGACCACCAGGAGUCACAGAUCCUGUGAUCGUGAGGAAUCCUGCAGAGAAGCCAGUGAUUGAACUGGAUGUUUCAAUCACAAAAGAUAUGAUCAUCAGAGCUGGAGAGACACUGCGAAUACCUGCUACAGUUACAGGCAAACCCUAUCCAUACAUCAACUGGACCAAGGACGACCGUAACCCUGAAAAAGACUUGGUGGAGAUCAUAACCGAGGGCAAUAACAGCAUUCUUUCAUUGCCAAACAUCCAAAGGAAAGAUGCUGGCAAAUACCAAAUCUCUGCUGCUAACCCCAGCGGAGUCAAGAAUGCUUGGACACGUGUGGAGGUUGUGGAUGUCCCUGGACCUGUCACAGACCUGAAGCCUGUUGUUGUCACCCGUAAGAUGAUAUUCCUGAACUGGGACGAGCCCAAAGAUGAUGGAGGUGGUGUUGUGACCGGCUUCGUUGUUGAGCGAAAAGACAUUAAAAAGGAUAUGUGGAAGCAGCCUGUUGAAACUGUGGCAUCCAAGUGCGAGUGUACGGGUAUCGAGGAGGGGCAGGAGUACAUAUUUCGCGUCAUGGCAAAGAACAAGUACGGCUUGGGCCAGCCUGUCGAGCUGCCACCAAUCUUGGCUGUGGAUGCACCAACUCCACCAUCAAACCCAGAGAAAUUCAACUACACUGAGCGCACCAAGGACUCAAUCACAUUCACCUGGAAGCCACCUCGUAAUGAUGGCGGCAGCCCUGUCCUUGGCUACUUUGUUGAGAAGAAGAGACACGACCAACAAGCCUUUGAGCUCUGUAACACAGAUAUUUGCCCUGACUUGACCAUGACUGUAAAGGACCUAGAUGAGGACUGGAUGUAUGAGUUCAGGAUCAAGUGCGUAAACGCAAUAGGACAUAGUGAACCAACCAUCCCAUUAGCUGUGAUUAUCCAAGAUGACGAAGUGGCUCCGGAAGUCCACAUGCUAAAACACUUUGAGCAUGACUCAAUUACAGUGAAGAAGGAUGAGCCCAUCGAGAUGCCAGCUGAUGUCCGUGGCCUGCCCAUUCCCACUGUAGAAUGGUCCAAGGAUGACAUUGUGAUUCCACAGUCCACUGACAAUGUGCUUGUACACACGGAAGUCACUGGCAGGUUGAACUGCAAGACCACUCUGACCAUUCCAUCAUCCAAAAGAAGUGACCGUGGCACCUAUGUUGUGGCUGCCUCCAACAACACAGGCACAGCCAGACACACCAUCUAUGUUAUGGUCCUGGACCGACCAACUCCACCCAGGAAUGUGACAGUGUCUGACAUCAAGUCGGAGUCUUGUUAUAUUAAGUGGGAUGCACCACUAGAUAUUGGAGGCAGUGAUCUGACCAAUUAUAUUGUUGAGAAGAAGGAAGUGGGGGCAGUGGAGGUGGAACGAGAAGAGGGACAGGAAGCUCCACCUGAGCAGUGGGAGGAGAUCACGAGCAGCAUUGUUGAGAAGAAACUUAGGGUGUGGAACCUGGAGAAUAACAAGACCUACGUGUUCCGGAUCCGAGCUCAAAACCACUAUGGCAUUUCUGACCCCUGCAUGGCAGCUGAAGUCAAGAUUAUUGACCCCUUAGGCCUUCCUGGCCCACCAGAAAAGCCAACCAUUGUUGAGUACACCAAGGCCACCAUGACCCUGAGCUGGCAACCUCCCACUGAAACUGGUGGCUCUAGGAUAAUUGGAUACUGGCUGGAGAAACGGGAGCGAGGCACCACCUACUGGGCUAGAGUCAAUAAGGCACUGAUCACCAAGAGAGGCAUGAAAGGGUGGGAAUACCAGUCAAACCAUCUAUUUGAAGGAACCGAGUAUGAGUUUAGGGUAGCUGCAGCCAAUUCUGCAGGAAUUGGCCCAUUCAGUGGACCAUCUGACUCUGCCUUUGCAGUUGAUCCAAUUACUCCUCCAAGCAUGCCUUCUGCUCCUGAGGUUGCUGACAAGACUAAGCACAAUGUCACGCUGUCCUGGAAACCUCCAGAAAGUGACGGAGGAAGCCCCAUCAAGGGCUACAUAAUCCAGAUUCAAGAUGAGGGCAAAUCAGAAUGGGCGAGGGUAAAUGAACCAGACACCCUGCACCCCACCACUGAGUUUACGGUUCCCACCCUGCGUGAGCUGAAACGCUACCGCUUCAGGAUCAUCGCUGUAAAUGACAUUGGCGAGUCUGACCCCAGCCCCAGCACCGGGGACGUUCUAAUUGAAGAUGUCCAGCUUGGGCCUUCCAUUACCAUAGACAUGAUUGUUGAUGAUCUGCUCUACAUCCGUGCUGGUGAUCCAAUCAGAAUUCCUGCCAUCAUCAAGGGCCGGCCUGCCCCUAAGGUGACCUGGGACUUUUAUGGUAAAGCAAAGACGCACCUGAAGAACAAGCUGCACACACUGCCUGUGGACUCUGAGGUCGAGUCCACAGACACCACAUCUGUUGUGACGGUCCCUGUCAGCUUGAGGAGUCACUCUGGACGUUAUACCAUCACUGCAAAGAACAAGUCUGGACAGAAACAUGUCAACGUUAGAGUUAACGUCCUUGAUGUUCCCGGUGCUCCAAAAGAGCUCAAAGUUACUGAUAUCACUCGCUCAACCAUGAGGCUGAUCUGGAAACUCCCUGAUAACGAUGGAGGGGAACGAAUUAAGAGCUAUUUUAUUGAGAAGAAGAGUCUUAUAGACAAGGCUUGGACAAAUGUGAAUGUAGCGUGUGCUAGCCAGGCCUACGUGGUUCCAGGUCUUCUAGAAGGUCAAGAAUACCUGUUCAGGGUCCGAGCUGAGAACAGACUUGGGCUUGGCCCAUUCACAGUCACCAGUGAUCCUGUGCGGGCCCGGGACCCAAUCCAUCCACCCGACCCACCCACCAAGCUUAAAGUCAACCUCGUGACAAAGAACACUGUCACUGUGAGUUGGGAGCCACCCAAAAACAACGGUGGCUCUCCUGUAAAGCAUUACAUGAUUGAACGUUUGAGCUGGGACACCAGUGGCAAGGAGAAGGAAACCUGGAAGCAGUGCAACAAGAGAGAUGUAGAAGAACUCACCUUUGUGGUGGAGGACUUGAAGGAGGGGGGAGAAUACGAGUUCAGGGUGAAAGCUGUGAAUGCGGCAGGACCCAGUCGUCCUUCCACCACUGUUGGGCCCAUGGUAAUUAAGGACCAGACAUGUGCUCCUACCAUCCAAAUGCGUGAAGCCUUGGAGGGUGAAGAGGGCUGUGACAUCAGCAUUGUGGCAAAGAUUAGUGGCUGCCCAUUCCCAAAACUCACAUGGCAGAAGGCCAACCUGGCUACACCUGGAGAAAAGGCAAACAUUCAGUACGACAAGCACAUGAACAAACUGGUGACCCAGGACAAGUGCACCCUGCUGAUUCAACAGGCCAGCAGGCAUGACAGUGCCCUCUACAGCCUGACAGCCAGCAACAGCCUGGGCACCAUCACCAAAGACAUCAAGCUUUCUGUGUUAGGACCACCUGGCGCACCCAUCGGACCAAUCAAGUUUACCGAGGUGUUUGCAGACAGGAUCGGACUAGCCUGGAAUCUUCCCACAGACGAUGGUGGAUCUAAGAUCACCAACUACGUGAUUGAGAAACGUGAGGAAAACAGGAAGUCAUGGGUCCAUGUCUCCAAUGACCCCAAGGAAUGCACUUAUGUGGUGACUCGACUGACCGAAAACCAUGAGUACGAGUUCAGAGUGAUGGCACAGAACAAGUUUGGAAAUGGGCCUCCACUGGUCAGUGAGCCUGAAAAGGCCAGAAACCUCUUCACUGUUCCCGGUCAAUGUGAUAAACCGACAGUCACCAAUGUCUGUCUGGAGUCCAUGACUGUCAACUGGGAUGAACCGAAGUAUGAUGGUGGCUCUUCCAUCACUGGCUACAUUGUUGAGAAGAAGGAGACAACUGGAAAGCGCUGGACUCGCGUCACCCGUGACCCAAUACGGGCGCUACCGCUGGGCAACAACUGGGAUGUGACUAGUCUCCUAGCGAAUGCCCUGUACCAGUUCAGGGUCAUUGCCGUCAACGCUGCUGGCUGUGGCCUGCCCAGCAUGCCCUCCGACCCUGUCAUCUGCCGAGACCCAAUCAAGCCUCCUGGGCCACCUACUCCGAAGGUGACAGACUGGACAAAGUCCUCCGUGGAGUUGGAGUGGAUACCUCCUCUGGUGGAUGGAGGGUCAAAGGUCACCGGGUACAUCGUGGAGUUCAAGGAGGUGAACAAGGAGGAGGAAGAGAAGAAAGCUCAGAGGAAGCUGCUGCUGAGUGAAGCAGAGGAAGAGAAGGAGCAAGAGAUCGAGGAGGGCUGGCAGAAGGCGAAGGACACAGAGGUCAGAGGAACCAAAUUUGUGGUGGCUGGUCUGAAGGAAGGUGGCCUGUACCGCUUCAGGAUCCGGGCUGUGAACGUUGCUGGUGCGGGAGACCCAGGACUUGUGUCUGAAUUGAUUGAGGUCAAAGAUAGAACAAUACCUCCUGAGAUGGAUCUGGAUGCCUCGGUGAAGGAGAAGAUUGUGGUCCAUGCAGGUUCCACCAUCCGCAUCAUUGCCUACGUAUCUGGAAAGCCUACACCACAGAUCACUUGGUGCAGAGAUGAUGCAGAGGUGCCUAAAGAGGCCAUAGCAGAGACAACUGGUAUCUCAAAUUCACUGGUCAUCAAGAACUGCAAACGGCAACACCAGGGCAUCUACACACUGAGUGCCAAGAAUGAGGGAGGGGAAAGAAAGAAGGUUGUCUUUGUAGAGGUUCUGGAUGUCCCUGGACCUGUUGGUCUGCCGUUUGUCGGAGAAAAUCUGACCAACGACACCUGUAAAUUGACCUGGUCUACCCCUGAGGACGAUGGUGGAUCCGCCAUUACCAACUACAUCAUUGAGAAGAGGGAGGCAGACCGCAUGGGCUGGACUUCUGUAUCCUACACAGUGACAAGGAACAAUGCCAUCGUGCAGGGUCUCAUUGAUGGCAAAGGCUACUUCUUCAGGAUUGCAGCUGAGAACAUCAUUGGCAUAGGACCAUUCACUGAGAACGAUAAGAUGGUUCUGAUCAAGGACCCCAUCUCUGUCCCAGAGCGUCCAGAGGACCUCAUCAUUACUGCUGUGACCAAGGACUCUAUCUCUGUUGCCUGGAGACCACCCAAGUAUGAUGGUGGUACAGAUGUAACUGAGUACAUCCUUGAGUCUCGAAUGAUUGGCCGGGACAACUUUACACGAAUAGGGGGAGAAGACAAGCUAAUGGACAGGAAGUUCACCCUGACUGGACUUAAGGAUGGCUCGAGCCAUGAAUUUAGAGUUUCAGCCAUCAACCAGGUGGGGCAAGGAAAACCGUCCUUUGCCACCAAACCUGUGCAGUGCAAGGAUGAACUUGUGCCGCCAUCUCUGAACUUGGAUUUUCGAGAGAAGAUCAUAGUGAAGGUGGGAGACAGCUGCACCCUGCCAGGAUGUUACAGUGGCAAACCAGCACCUUCUAUUACCUGGAGAAAGAAUGAUGAGGAGCUGAAGGCAGAUGAGGAAAUCAGCCUGCACAGUACUGCCCGUCACCUCAACCUCAACAUCAGCAAAGUCAAGAGAGAACACAGUGGCUGCUACUGUGUAAGUGUAGAGAAUGCUGCUGGAGCUCGCAGAGGAAUCUGCACCAUCACGGUGGUUGACCGUCCUCAGCCCCCGCAAGGCCCUGUGGUGUUCAACGGGAUCUACAGGAACUACAUGGAGAUCUCCUGGAGCCCUCCCCUGGAUGAUGGGGGAUGCGCCAUCUCCAACUACAUCAUUGAAAAGAGAGACACCAACAGAGAUCUGUGGAUGCCUGUCACCUCAUCCUGCACCAGGACCAGCUGCAAGGUUCCGAAACUGAUUGAGGGUCGUGAGUACAUAAUCAGGAUAAUGGCUCAGAACAUGUACGGCAUCAGUGACCCCCUGCUGUCUACAGAAACCAGAGCUAGAGACAUCUUCAAGGUGCCUGAUGCUCCUAAACAGCCGACAGUGAAAGAGGUUCAUCACGACUCUGCUCUAAUUAGCUGGGAGCCACCUGUUGAUGGAGGAAAACCAAUCACAAGCUACAUCGUGGAGAGAAAAGAAACAAUGGCCAACAGGUGGAUUCAGUGCAACACAGAAAAAAUCCAUCCAAAGGUGGAGUACUGGGUGACAGAGCUGCUGCAAGGUUGCGAGUACGAGUUUAGAGUUAGUGCCGAGAAUGAGGUGGGAGCUGGAGACCCAAGUCUACCAUCUAAACCAGUCUUUGCCAAAGAUCCAAUUGUGAAACCAGGGACACCUGUGAAUCUUAAAGCCAUUGACUUCACCAAGGAGUCAGUGACCCUGUCCUGGGAGCCCCCUGCUGACACCGGCAGAGGAAAGAUCUUUGGAUACCUCCUGGAGCUCCAAAAGGCUGGAGAAGAGGAGUGGCAAAAGGUGAACCAAACUCCAGACUCCUGCCAGGAGCCCAGAUUUAAAGUGAUCGGUUUAACAGAAGAUACUCUGUACCGCUUUAAAGUUGUGGCUGUCAACGCUGCUGGGGAGUCUGACCCAGCUUAUGUGAAGGAACCAAUCAAAGUGCAGGACAGAUUCGAACCCCCAGAACUGAUUCUAGAUGCCGGCAUGACCCGAGAGAUUAAAGCAAAGGCUGGAACCCACAUCACUCUGGCUGCCGCCAUUAAAGGUGUCCCUUUCCCUACGGUCACCUGGAAGAAAAAUGACGCUGAGGUGCCCACCAGGGCCGACAUUGAGACCAACCAGACAGGAACCCAGCUGGAGAUGAGGUUCUGUACCCGGGGUGACUGUGGUGACUACACCCUAACUGUGGAGAACCCAGCUGGAUCAAAGACUGUCACCUGCACUGUGCUGGUGCUUGACAAACCUGGUCCAAUCCAGCACCUUCGGGUGUCAGACAUUAGGAGUGACUCAGCCUAUUUGUCGUGGAAGGACCCAGAGGACAGUGGUGGCACUCGCAUCACUAACUUUGUUGUGGAGAAAAAAGACACAGCAUCCACUCAGUGGGUCCCUGUCUGUUCCACAUCCAAGAAACGUAGUAUGACACUGAAACAUCUGAUGGAGGGCAGAUCUUACACGUUUAGAGUCGCUGCUGAGAACCAGUAUGGACGAAGUGAAUUUGUGGAGACGCCAAAGGCAAUCAAAGCAAUGAACCCACUGUUUCCUCCUGGUCCUCCAAAAGACCUACACCAUGUGGAUGUUGACAAAACAGAGGUGUGGUUGGUCUGGAACUGGCCCGACCGCAAUGGUGGAAGCGAGAUUACUGGCUUUCUGGUGGAAUAUCAAGAAGAAGGAGCGAAGGAAUGGGAGGAGUGGAAGACAGUUAGCAUCCCUGAGACUCAUGUGACUGGACUGGAGGAAGGAAAGACUUACCGCUUCAGAGUGAGAGCUGAGAAUUCCAUUGGACUUAGCAGACCGGACACCACCGUGCCUAUCCUCUGUCAAGAGAAACUAGUGCCUCCAUUUGUUGAGGUGGAUGCUAAACUCACUGAAGGCAUUAUUGUGAAAGCUGGCACUACCAUCAGAUUGCCAGCUAUAAUGAGAGGAAUUCCUGUUCCUACUGCCAAAUGGUCCACUGAAGGCGAAGAGAUCAUCUCCAAGGGCAAUGUCAAGAUUGACACUGAUAAUUUCUCCACUGUGCUCAACAUUAAUGAUUGCACCAGGAAUCACACUGGCACGUACCUACUCACUGUGUGGAACCCAGCUGGGAUCAAGACAGUGGGCUUGAACGUUACUGUCCUGGAUGUUCCUGCUGCCCCCAUUGGACCUGUCAACAUCCUAGAAGUAACUCCUGACUCCAUGAUGAUUGAAUGGCGUCCUCCAAAGGAUGAUGGUGGAAGCCCUGUCUCCAACUACAUUGUAGAGAAAAGGGAGUCUAAUAAGGAGACUUGGGGAGGUGUGAGCUCAGGCAGCCUCGCAACCCAGCUCAGGAUCACACGCCUGCAGAAAGGAGUAGAGUAUGUGGUUCGUAUUCGUGCUGAGAACAAGAUGGGCAUUGGUGCUGCUCUGGAGAGCAAACCGACUGUUGCAGAACACUGUUUCAUGGCACCUAGUGCCCCCGGUAAGCCACAGAUCUCUGAUGUCUCUGAGGAUGCUGUUACAGUAGGCUGGACAAUGCCGUUGUCUGACGGUGGUAGUCAGAUUGCUGGCUACAUUAUUGAGCGCAGACACAAGGGAGGAAAGUGGAUACGUGUUAACAAAACACCAACCAGGGACCUGAGGUACAGGGUCCUGGGUCUGUUUGAGGGCAGUGAGUAUGAGUUCAGAGUGUUUGCUGAGAAUAUUGCUGGCUACAGUGGACCCUCUCCCAUCUCUGAUCCCUGUAAGCCCUGCAGACCCAUCACUGUCCCCAGUCCUCCUGUUAACCCCAAAGUUAAGGAUUACAGUAAGACCACUGCUGACCUGGUUUGGACCAAACCCACCAAAGAUGGUGGCAGUCCCAUUCUGGGCUACACAGUGGAAAUGAAAAAAACAGAUACCGAUGAAUGGAAGAAGGUCAACCUGGAUGACUUUGUAAAGCAGUGUGCCUUCAGAGUGAAGGGUCUAGAGGAGGGUGUGACUUACAGAUUCAGAAUCUAUGCCUCAAAUAUGAUUGGAGAUGGAGAAUCUAGAGAAAUACCAGAGUCCAUGACUGCCCAGGAUAUUCUCAUCCCUCCAGAGAUUGAAAUGGAAGCCACAUGCCGUGAGCGUGUAACUGUGCGUGUUGGGCACAAUAUAAACAUCAUUGGCUACAUAAAAGCUCGUCCUGACCCUGAAGUACUUUGGCUAAAAGAGGAGAAUGUUCUGGAAAAGAGCAAACGUGUAACCAUUGUUCAGAAUCUCCCUGUGGUCCACCUUAGGAUCAAGGAGGCCACCAGAGCAGACCAUGGCAAAUACCUAAUAAAGGCUUCAAAUGAGGGUGGCGAGGCCUCCUGCACAAUUACAGUUAAUGUACUAGACAGACCCAGCCACUGCCAGAACCUGCACACAACAUAUGUCACCAGGGACUCGUCCAUGAUCAACUGGGAAGCCCCUAAAGACAACGGUGGAUCUGAAAUCACUAACUAUAUAGUUGAGUGCCGUGAGCCCAGCAUUAGCAUGUGGUCUAUGAUCUCCUCCAACUGCACUAAUCGCAAGAUCAAGGCUAAGCUGAUGGAGGGCCAUGAGUAUCUUUUCCGUGUUUGUGCUGAAAACAAGUUAGGACCGGGACCCUCUGUGGAGACUAAGUCUCCUGUGCUAGCUAUUGACCCCAUAGAGAAACCUGGUGAGCCUGAGAACUUCAGAGUCACUGACAUUGGUAAAAACUAUGUCUUUCUGAGAUGGAGGAAGCCUGACUAUGAUGGUGGCAGCCCUAACAUUUCUUACAAUCUUGAGUGCAAGGCCAAAGAUACUGAAGAAUGGAAGAAACUCAAUACUGGAAAUCUAACCAACACCUACUUCCUGGCUGAUAAGUGUGUGGAGAACCAGACAUACACUUUCAGGGUGCAGACUGUCAAUGAAGGAGGUGAGAGUGCCUGGGUAAGACUGGCAGAUAUUUUGGUAAAGGAGGAGAUCCAGAAGCCAGUCAUUGACUUGAAGCUGACUGGAACUUUAACAGUGAAAUCUGGUGAAUCAGUCAGAAUCGAGGCUGCACUGAGAGGAAAGCCACAACCUGAGGUCAAAUGGACAAAGGAUAAGGCUGUUGGGGACAACCCUAGAAUAAGCUGUGAGACUGGCCCAGACUACUCAAAGUUCCUUCUGACUAAAUCCAAGCGCACUGACACUGGAAAGUAUACAAUCAGUGCCACAAACCUGGCUGGCACCUUCACUGCAUAUGCCAGUGUUAACGUUCUGGAUGUCCCCGGGCCAGUAAGGAACCUUAGAAUCACUGGCAUCGGUCCAGACAAGUGCAGAGUUGUGUGGGACGCUCCAGAGGAUGAUGGAGGUUGUGAGGUGGACAGUUACAUCCUAGAAAAAUGUGAAACUAGGAGAAUGGUCUGGUCCACAUACUCUGGGUCUGUGGUCACACCAUACUGCAGUGUCACUCGGUUGGUGGAGGGCAACGAGUACAUUUUUAGAGUAAGAGCUGAAAACAAGAUGGGAACUGGACCAGCCAUGGAAAGUAAGCCAGUCACUGUCAAGACUCAAUUUAACCGACCUGGACCUCCUGAUGCCCCAGAAGUUACAAAGGUUAGCAAAGAUGAGAUGACAGUGGUUUGGGCUCCUCCUGAGAAUGAUGGAGGAAAGUCAAUCACCGGUUACAUUCUAGAGCGUAAAGAGAAGAGAGCAGUGCGAUGGGUGCCAUGCAAUAAGAGCCCCAUUCCUGAGAGACGCAUGAAGGUCACUAACUUGAUUCCCAACCAUGAGUAUCAGUUUAGGGUGAAGGCGGAGAAUGAGGUUGGCCUGGGAGAGCCCAGCAAACCCUGCAGACCUGUAGCAGCCAAAGAUCCUAUUGAGCCCCCUGGCCCCCCUGCAGGCCUUAAGGUGGCUGAUAGCACCAGGACCUCUAUCACAUUGUCCUGGUCUAAACCUGUGUAUGAUGGAGGUGCCCCCAUCAUCGGCUACAGCUUGGACCUAAGGUUGAAAAGUGAUGCAGACCCUGAAAAACCUACAGAGGGCUGGACAAGAAUUGACACUCGUGGCCCAUUGGUACUAACAGAGUUCACUAUCGGCCAGUUGGAUGAGAAGCAAGAGUAUGAGUUCAAGGUGUCUGCACAAAACCAGGUGGGCUGGGGACGUCAUGCCUACCUUAAGGAAGCUGUUUCCCCCAAAGACAUUGUAGAGUCACCAGAGAUAGAACUGGAUGCCAGUCUAAGGAAAGGUUUGGCUGUCAGAGCUGGCUGUCCAAUCAGGCUUUUUGCUGUUAUCAGAGGAAGGCCAGCUCCCAAAAUCACCUGGAAACGCCUGGGAGUAGACAACGUGGUCCGCCGAGGUCAUGUGGACCAGGUGGAUACCAUGUCUUUCUUGGUAAUCCCAGAAAGCACCAGAGAGGAUUCAGGGAAAUACGCUCUGACCCUGUCAAAUUCAGCUGGAGAGAAAGCUGUGUUUGUCCGUGUCAAGGUCCUAGACACUCCUGGUGCUGUUGGUGGCUUGGAAGCAACAGAUGUCACAAAGACCACAGCUCAACUAUCCUGGUUACCACCAGAGAAUGAUGGUGGCAGUCCAAUCCUAAAUUACAUUGUGGAGAAAAGGGAAGUGGAUAGGAAGACCUGGACCAAGUGUAUAGAGGACCAGAAGAAGACCAGCUUCAAGGUGACAAACCUGACGCCUGGCAUUGAGUAUUACUUCAGAGUCAUGGCCUGCAACAAGUAUGGUAUUGGAGUUCCUCAGGACUCACCGAAGUCCUACCUGGCUGUUGACGCCAUAAGCGAACCAGACCCUCCAAAGAAGAUGGAUGUCUUAGAGAUCACCAAGAACAGUGCCACGCUGGGCUGGCUGAAGCCACUUAGAGAUGGAGGAGCCAAAAUAAAUGGUUAUGUGAUAGACUAUCAGGAGGAGGGUUCACCAGAAGACAAAUGGACACCUUAUUCAGUGGUUAAAGACCUGAUCAUUGUAGUUGUUGGUCUAAAGGAAGGAAAGAAGUACAAAUUCAGAGUGGCAGCCAGAAACUCAGUGGGCGUCAGUCUAGCCCGAGAGGCAGAAGGAGUGUUUGAGGUCAAGGAGCAGCUAAUGGCUCCUAAGAUCAUCAUGCCUGACAUUGUAACUGUUAGAGCUGGAUCCAAGAUGGUAAUUGAGGCAAUUGUGUCAGGUAAACCUGCUCCAUUUUGCAAGUGGAAACAGGGAAAUGAGGAUGUGUUGACGUCUGACCGUCUGUCCAUCGUAAAGACACUGACAACCUGCACACUAAUCAUCAAGAAUGUGACACGAAUGGAUAGUGGCUACUACAGCCUAUCAGCUGAGAACAGCACUGCCAAGAUCAACCAGAUUCUUAGAGUCACCAUCAUGGAUAUCCCUGGACCACCUGAAGCUCCUCUUAAAAUCACAGAGCUGGACAUUGACGCUUGUACACUGCUCUGGAACUCUCCACAGGAGGAUGGUGGCAGCAACAUUACUAACUACAUUGUAGAGAAGUGCGAUAUCAGUCAGGGCGACUGGGUCACUGCUUCGACUUCCUGCACCAAAACCAGCUUUAGAAUGAUCAAACUGACUCCUGGCAAAGAGUACUGUUUCCGUGUUCGUGCAGAGAACAGACUUGGCAUCUCGGAACCCAUCUACUCUGAGAAGAUGACUGCCAGAUAUCCGUUUGAUCCACCAAGCGAGCCUAGAAACCCACAGAUCAACAAGGUCAACAAGGACUUUGUCACCGUGUCAUGGGAACAUCCUAGCAGUGACGGUGGCAGCCCAAUCACUGGAUACUGCAUCGAAAAGAAGGAAAGGAACAGCCUUUUGUGGAUGAAAGCCAAUGAAUCCAUUGUCAAAACCACCAAUUAUACAUGCACCGGCCUGAUAGAGGGCUUGGAGUACACCUUCAGAGUGUCGGCACUCAACCAGGCUGGACAGGGAAAACCCUGCAAACAAACAGAUUUCAUUACGGCCAGGACAGCUGUCGACCCACCAGGAAAACCUGAGCCCAUGGAUGUGACCAAGAACUCUGUGUCAUUGGUAUGGACUCGUCCUAAGCAUGAUGGUGGCAGCAAGCUGACUGGCUACUACGUAGAAUACAUAAAGCUUCCUGAAGAGAAAUGGACGCGCUGCAAUGCCAACUGCAUGGACAUCCUAACUGAGAGCUAUGUGGUGACGGGCCUGGAGGAGGCCCAACAGUACCAGUUUAGAGUCAUUGCCAAGACUGCCAUAAACAUCAGUCAGCCAUCGGAGCUCUCUGACCCUAUCCCUGUCAUUGCACAGAAUGUUGCUCCUCGUGUAGAGCUGAGUGUCAACAUGAAGAACCUGAUUAUAGUAAAAGCUGGAGAAAAUGUCUUCCUGGAUGCUGAGGUUUAUGGGAAGCCACUUCCCAAAGUGAACUGGAAGAAAGAUGGACUGCCUCUGGGCCUUGCUGAAGGAAUGAAGAUGACCCAGAAGAAACACCUUCACCUGCUAGAGCUGUACUCAGUGACCAGGAAAGAAUCUGGAGACUAUACCAUCACUGCUGAGAACAUCAAUGGCGCAAAGUAUGCCACCAUGAAGGUCAAGGUGCUUGAUAAACCAGGCCCUCCAGCCUCAGUGAAAAUCACUAAAGUGUUUGCAGAUCGUGUUAGGCUGCGCUGGGAGCCCCCACUUGCUGAUGGUGGCUCUGAGAUCACCAACUACAUAAUCGAAAAGCGUGAGACCAGCAGAGCAAACUGGGCACUGGUCACCUCCAACAUCCAUGGACAUGUCACAGACUGCUCAGUAGAGAAACUCAUUGAAGGACAUGAGUACCAGUUCAGAGUCAGUGCAGAGAACCAGUAUGGUGUGGGAGACCCCAUUAUGACUGACGCUGUCAUGGUCAAGAACCCAUAUGAUGUUCCUGGUCCAUGUGAACCGCCAGUCAUCACCAACGUCACAAAGGACUCGAUGACAGUCAGUUGGAAAGCCCCAGCCAAUGAUGGCAAGGCUACAGUCCUGGGCUACAUGGUGGAGAAACGUGAGUCUACUGAGCUGACUUGGGCUAAGGUCAACCGCAAACCUGUGAUUGACAGGACCAUCAAGGCAGCACAGUUGACAGAGGGGUCUGAGUAUGAGUUUAGAGUCAUCGCCAUAAACAAGGCUGGCCUGGGAAAACCUAGCGAUGCUUCCAAAGCGUUGCUGGCUGUUGACCCUGUCUAUCCUCCAGGUCCUCCUGCAUUCCCUAAGGUGGUGGACUCCACCAAGAGCUCCAUCAGUCUUAGCUGGACCAAACCUGCAUAUGAUGGGGGCUGUGAGAUUAUUGGAUACCUGGUGGAGUGUAAGAUAGCCACUGCCGAGGACUGGACCAAGUGCAAUGUCCCGAAAAAACUCCAGGCCACCAAAUUUGUGGUUACAUGUUUGUUGGAUGGCACAGAGUAUCAGUUCAGAGUCACUGCUGUCAACAAGAUUGGCUUCAGUGAGCCCAGCGAUGUCCCUGGAAACCACAUGCCCAAGGAGAUUCUAAUUGCUCCUGAAGCUGAGCUGGAUGCUGACCUGAGAAAGGCUUUGGUUCUUCGAGCUGGUGUCACCAUGAGGGUGUAUGUCCCGCUGAGAGGACGCCCAGCACCGAAGGUCACAUGGACAAAGAUGGAUGCUAACCUGAAGGAGAGACAGGGUCUGCUGAUCAAUACAUCAGACUGGGACACACUACUCCUCAUCGAGGACAUUAACAGAUAUGACGCUGGCAAAUAUGUUUUGUCACUGGAGAACAGCAGUGGCUCAAAGAACUACACCAUCAUUGUAAAGGUCCUUGAUUCACCUGGCCCGCCAUUAAACCUGACUGUAAAGGAAACCUCUAAAAGCCAUGCUUGGAUCACCUGGGAUGCUCCUUUUAUUGAUGGUGGCAGCCCUGUCAAGAGCUACAUAGUAGAAAAACGCCUAGCUGAGAGAAAGGCCUGGACUUGUGUAUCAGCUGAGUGUCAUAAAACAUCCUUCCGCAUCACCAACUUGGAGGCAGGACAGCCCUACUGCUUCAGGGUGCUGGCCGAAAAUGCUUACGGUAUUGGAGAAGGUUGCGAGACUGGAAGUGUCCGAGCUUCAGAGCAACCUGGUCCCGUGACAGACUUCAAAGCCCAGAAGACCACCAAACAUUCUAUUACACUGGGAUGGAAAAAGCCCAUCAGCGAUGGUGGAAGCCACAUUACUGCUUACAUCCUUGAGCAGAGCGAGGGUGAAGAUAAGUGGAAACAGAUCAUGAAGAGCAAGAGCACCUCACACACCAUCAGUGAGCUGACUGAGGGCAAGCAGUAUUUUUUUAGAGCCAAAGCCCUUAAUGAGUCUGGAGAGGGACCACCUACUGACCUCACUGUUGUUGCCCAGGACCAGUUUGUGCUACCUGACUGUAAUCUGAGCAGCCUCCAUGAUGGUGGCUAUGUGGUUAAAGAGGGCAGCACCACACGUAUUCACAUCCCUAUCAUCGGAGUGCCCUACCCAUCAGCCACCUGGAAGAAGGGUGAUGUAAUGCUUGGAGACACUGGCCGGAUGUGUGUGGAAGCGUCUCAGGGGGUCACUACAUUGCUAAUCAGAGACUGCCAGAGAGGAGAUGCUGACACAUUCACUAUCAAUGUUAAGAACAGUGCUGGCUCAAAGGAAUGUAAGCUCCAGCUGAAAGUGGUCGGAAAGCCUGGCAUUUGUACGGGUCCCAUUAAGUUUGAUGAAAUCACAGCUGACGGCAUCACCCUUGAGUGGGGGCCUCCCACAGAUGAUGGUGGGGCAGAGGUGUCCAACUACAUAGUGGAGAAAAGGAGGACGACGGAUAACAAGUGGGCUACAGUGGCCUCAGCCAUCCAGAAAACCACUAUGAGAGUACUAAGGCUCCAUGAUGGGAUAGAGUACAUCUUCCGAAUAUUUGCUGAGAACAAGUAUGGUGUUGGGGAGUACCUAAGAUCAGAUCCAGUUAUUGCUCAGCAUCCAUUCAAUGUACCCGAGGCACCAGCUCCACCAGAAAUUGUGAGCAUUCGUCAUGAGUCAGCCAUCCUGACAUGGGCUGAUCCAAAAGACACUGGUGGCUCCCCAAUUACUGGAUAUCAUGUGGAGUUUAAGGAGAGGAACAGUUUGACCUGGAAGCGGGCUAGUAAAACUCCACUGAGAGUGAAGGAAUGCAGAGUUACUGGUCUGAUAGAAGGACUAGAAUAUGAGUUUAGGGUGAUGGCCAUUAACAUGGCUGGUCUAGGAAAGGCGAGCAGAGUCACUGAGGCUGUGGUUGCUUUGGAUCCUAUUGAUCCUCCAGGGAAACCAGAAGUAAUUAAUGUCACUAGGAGCGCUGUCACUUUAAUUUGGAGUGCUCCCAAAUACGAUGGUGGCUACAAGUUGAUUGGCUAUAUAGUGGAAAAACUGGAGGCUGGUGGUAAGGCCUGGAUGAAGGCCAAUCACAUCAACAUCCAGGGAUGUGCCUUCACUGUCACUGACCUGACAGAGGGUUCUCUAUAUCAAUUCAGGAUCAGGGCCAAGAAUGCAGCUGGGGCUAUUAGUGUUCCUUCUGAGCCUACUGAGCUUUUGACCUGCAAGGAUGAGUAUGAACCACCAACUAUAACUAUUGACCCAGAUAUAAAAGAUGGUGUAUCAGUCAGGGCAGGAGACACCAUUGUGAUCUCGGCAUCCAAGAUCGCUGGCAAACCUCCCCCUACUGCAGUUUGGUCAAAAGGAGGUCGUGAGUUGAAAAGCUCUGAUAUCAUAACCAUCACCAAUACCCCCACCUCCUCCACUCUGGCUAUUAAGUAUGCAAGUCGGAAAAACACAGGAGAAUAUACCAUCACUGGCAGCAACCCAUUUGGCAUUAAGGAAGAGCAUGUCAAAGUGAAGGUUCUGGAUGUGCCUGGACCACCAGGUCAUAUUGAAGCAAGUAACAUUUCAGCAGAGAAAUGUACCCUUACAUGGCUUCCUCCAGAAGAGGAUGGAGGCUGCUCUAUCAAGUCAUACAUUCUUGAGAAAAGAGAAACCAGCCGCCUGCAGUGGACCAAGUUAGCUGAUAACAUUGUUGACUGCAGACAUACAGCAAGCAAACUGAUUAAGGGCAAUGAAUACAUCUUCAGAGUUUCUGCUGUAAACCAGUAUGGCAUUGGAGACUCAAGCCAGUCUGGCCCAGUCAAAAUGGUUGACAGUUUUAGCCCACCAGGCCCACCCUCAACUCCAGAGAUUGAUAAUGUCAGUAGAAAUGCUGUCACCAUAUCAUGGAAGAGACCAGCAAAUGAUGGGGGAAGUGACAUCAGAGGAUACUGUGUAGAAAGGAAGGAAAGGCGAGGAUUAAGAUGGGUUAGAGCCAGUAAGAGGACGAUCCCAGAUUUACGCUUCAAGGUGCAAGGCUUGAGUGAAGGAAUAGAGUAUGAAUUUAGAGUCACUGCUGAGAAUAAGGCUGGAUUUGGAGCACCAAGUGAACCAUCACGGCCUGUGAUGACCAAGGAUAUUGUGUAUCCCCCUGGUCCUCCAUCCAACCCUAGAAUUACAGAGACCACAAAAACCUCAGCAACCUUUACCUGGGGCCGACCACACUAUGACGGUGGUCUUGAAGUACAGGGUUAUAUUGUUGAAUACAAAAAGGAGGGACACGAUGACUGGGAGACUGGGACACAGUACCUGUUGAAAGCUAAUGAAUAUGUUAUUUGUAAACUUCAAAAAGGAGGCAAAUACCAUUUUAGAGUCAGUGCUGUAAAUAUUGAGGGAGCUGGUGAACCUGCAGAGGUGGACAAAGUUACUGAACUGGUGUAUCAGGAGACACUACCAGACUUUGAGCUUGAUGCUGAACUUAGGAGAACCCUGGUUGUAAGGUCCCGUUCUUCAAUCCGUAUGUUUGUUCCCAUCAGAGGCCGUCCAGUUCCAGAAGUAACGUGGCAUAAAGAUGAUACAAACCUGAAAACACGAGCACACAUUGACACCACAGAGUCCUACACUCUACUGGUUAUUCCUGAAUGCACAAGAUAUGAUGCUGGAAAGUAUCAUCUUUGUCUGGAGAAUGUUGCUGGAAAGAAGACUGGGUUUGUUAAUGUAAAAGUUCUGGACACCCCAGGGCCACCAGUCAAUGUCAAACCAAGAGAGAUCACUAAGAAUAGCAUCACUCUCCAGUGGGAAAUCCCCAUAAUUGAUGGGGGUUCAAAGAUUCACAACUACAUUAUUGAAAAGAGAGCUGCCACCAAAAAGGCUUACACUGUGCUUAGCACCACAUGGCAGAAGUGCUCCUUUAACGUUCCAGACCUUGAAGAGGGUGCCUACUACUACUUCCGUGUUUCAGCUGAAAACAACCUAGGCAUAGGUGAACCUGCUGAAACACCAGAGGCAAUCAGAGUGUCACAGGCUCCAACCGCUCCAGAUAAUCUAUAUGUUACAGAUGUUACAGCAGACAGUGCUUGCCUUGCAUGGCCUAAGCCCCUGCAUGACGGUGGAAGCCUGAUCACUGGAUAUGUCAUUGAAGCCCAGAAGAAAGAUACUGACCAGUGGGUCCAUGUGACAACAAUUAAGGCGCUUGAUUACACUGUUACCGAUCUGACUGAGGGUGCAGAAUAUAUUUUCCACAUAAUGGCUGUAAAUGCAUCAGGAAGGAGUGACCCUCGUGAGAGUAGACCUGCUGUUAUUAAAGAGCAGACUUCUCUUCCUUCCUUUGACCUACGUGGAGUAUACCAGAAGACUGUUAUUGUAAAGUCUGGCGACCGUGUCAAGGUGGAGAUUCCAGUACUUGGAAAACCAAGGCCUUUGGUUUCCUGGAAAAAAGGUGAUACAGUGCUUAAGGAGACACAGAGAAUCAACACUGAAACCACGCCGACACUGACAAUCCUUAACAUUAAUGAGAUCAAAAGAACUGAUGAAGGCCAAUAUUCAAUGACUGGAAGAAAUAUGCUGGGCACAGUAACAGAGACGAUAACAGUUUUAGUCCAUGAUAUCCCUGGUCCCCCCACUGGCCCCAUCAAGCUGGAUGAGAUCUCAUGUGAUUAUGUUCUUAUGUCUUGGGAGGCACCAGAAAAUGAUGGAGGUGUCCCUAUCAACAACUACAUUGUUGAAAUGCGUGAGACUACUGGUACUUCAUGGUUAGAGUUAGCAGCUACAGUGAUCCGCACUACAUUUAAGGCAGCCCGACUGAACACUGGAACCCAGUAUCAGUUCCGUGUCAAGGCACAAAACAGAUAUGGCAUUGGACCAUCCAUUAUAUCUGAACCAGUAGUGGCUGCCUAUCCAUUUGAAGUGCCAGGCCAACCAGGAACUCCUGAGGUUACAUUUUUCAACAAAGAUUCUAUGACUGUGAGCUGGAAUGAGCCAUCCUCUGAUGGAGGAAGUGUCAUCCUUGGCUACCAUGUUGAAAGAAAAGAGAAAAACAGCAUCCUCUGGCAGAGGAUCAGCAAAGCUCUUGUUGUUGGAAACAUUUUUAAAUCAACAGGCCUUGUUGAUGGAAUUGAAUAUGAAUAUCGUAUUAUUGCUGAGAACAUGGCGGGUCUCAGCAAACCAAGCAAACCUUCUGAACCUGUGUAUGCUUUAGACCCAGUCGACCCACCAGGCAGGCCUAUGGCACUGAAUAUUACCAGGCACGAGGUGACUUUGUCUUGGACUAAACCUGAAGGAGAUGGUGGGUUUUCCAUCACAGGAUAUACCGUUGAGAGGAGAAAAAUGCCCAGCGGUCGCUGGCUGAAAGCAAAUUUCAACAACAUUCUGGAAACCAUAUACACAGUCAGCGGUCUGACAGAGGAUGCAACUUAUGAAUUUCGUGUAUUUGCUAAAAACUCAGCUGGUAGUGUUAGUACUCCAUCCCAGUCAUCAGAGGCAAUAACAUGCAGAGAUGAUAUUGAAGAGCCCAAACUUGAUAUUGAUGCAUCAUACAGCAGCCCUGUUGUUGUCAUGGCAGGGGAGGUAUUCAAACUUGUAGCUAAUGUGAUUGGUAGGCCAAUUCCAUCUCUGGUAUGGACAAAGGAAGGAAAGGAGCUUGAGGAUACAGGAAAACUAGAGAUAAAGACAUCUGACUUCCACACAACUCUAAUUAACAAAGAUUCCCUGAGGAAAGACGGUGGUGCUUACACUCUAACCGCCAGCAAUCCAGGAGGCUUUGCUAAAUUCACAUUUAAUGUCAAGGUACUUGACAGACCUGGACCACCAGACUCCCUUACCGUUACUGAUAUCACUGCUGAGAAAUGUGUCCUUAACUGGCUACAUCCCACACAUGAUGGUGGUGCCAAGAUAGAGUACUUUAUCAUUCAGAGACGUGAAACUAGUAGGUUGGCAUGGACAAACGUGGCUACAGAUCUCCAGGCAAACAGGUUCAAGGUCACUAAGCUUUUGAAGGGCAAUGAGUACAUCUUUAGGGUCAUGGCUGUUAACAAGUAUGGUGUGGGUGAACCACUGGAAUCUGAACCUGUCAUAUGCGCCAAUCCCUAUGUUCCCAGUGAUCCACCACAACAACCAGAAGUCACUACCAUUACCAAGGACUCCAUGGUUGUCUGCUGGGAGCGCCCUGAGCAUGAUGGAGGCAGUAGAAUAAACACGUAUAUAAUUGAGAGAAGGGAUAAAACUGGUCUGCGUUGGGUGAAGUGCAACAAAAGAACUGUUACUGACCUUCGAUUCAAGGUUUCUGGCCUCACACUUGGACAUGAGUAUGAGUUUAGAGUUCUAGCUGAGAAUAAUGCUGGUCUGAGUCAACCUAGUGCCUCCAGUCCACUCUACAAAGCCAUAGACACAAUAUUCCAACCUGGACCUCCAGGAAAUCCCAGAGUGUUGGACACAACAAAGUCUUCCAUUACUGUUGCAUGGAACAAACCUGUUUAUGAUGGCGGUUCUGAAAUCACCGGAUAUAUUGUGGAGACCUGCUUGCCUGAGGAGGAUGAGUGGACUAUUCACACUCCCAGGAAGGGAUGGACAGCCACUUCAUUUACUAUAACUAACUUGAAGGAAAACCAAGGGUAUAAAAUUAAUAUUUGUGCAACUAAUUGUGAAGGAGUGGGAGAACCUGCUGCCAUUCCAGGAACCCCCAAAGCUGAAGACAGACUUCUUCCUCCAGAAAUUGAACUUGGUGCAGAGCUGCGAAAGGUAGUCUGCAUAAGAGCAUGCAGCACACUUAGACUCUUUGUGCCAAUAAAGGGCAGACCACCACCUGAAAUAAAAUGGUCAAGAGAGCAUGGUGAAUCUCUGGACAAAGCCACCAUUGAAAUAACCCCAUCAUUCACCACUCUACAUGUUGACAAUGUUGACAGGUUUGAUGCUGGCAAAUAUAUUGUUACAGUAGAGAAUGUUUCAGGAAGCAAGACAGCAUUUGUGAAUGUCAGAGUUUUAGACACUCCUGGAGCACCUCAGAAUCUCAUAGUCAAGGAAGUCACAAAAGAUUCAGUUUCCCUUGUUUGGGAUGCACCUCUCAUUGACGGUGGCUCUAGAGUCCGAAACUACAUUGUAGAGAAGCGUGAAUCCACCAGAAAGGCCUAUUCAACUGUUUGUGCUAGUUGCCAUAAAUCUAGUUGGAAGGUUGGAGACUUGCAUGAAGGAAAAUUGUACUUCUUUAGAAUCUUGGCUGAGAAUGAGUAUGGCAUUGGCCUCCCAGUGGAGACUGUUGAACCAAUUAAAGUGUCAGAGAGGCCUCUACCACCAGGCAAAGUGUCCCUUUGUGAAGUCACCAGCAACAGUGUCACACUAAGCUGGGAAAAGCCUGACCAUGAUGGUGGCAGUAGAAUCACUGGCUAUAUUGUUGAGAUGCAAGGUAAAGGCAGUGAAAAGUGGACCCAGGUAAUGGCAGUAAAGACCAAUGAGGCUGUUGUUACUGGUCUUACACAGGGAGAGGAGUACAUGUUCCGUAUCGCAGCCACUAAUGAAAAAGGAGUGAGUGACCCACGUUCUCUAAAUGUCCCUGUAGUGGCAAAAGAUCUUGUAAUUGCUCCAGUCUUCAAAUUGCUUUUUAGCACUUUCAGUGUACUAGCAGGAGAUGAUCUGAAGAUCGAUGUGCCAUAUGCUGCCUGCCCUAAGGCAUCAACAACCUGGCUUAAAGAUGGUGUUGUUCUUAAAGAGACAACACGAGUUAAUUCUGAAGCUAAUGAGACAAACCUUCUGAUGGUCAUUAAGGAAGCUUGCAGAGAUGAUGUGGGAACAUACACUAUCAAACUGACCAACACAGCUGGAGAGGCAUCUACAGACAUCAGUGUUCUAGUUCUAGAUAAGCCUGGUCCUCCAACUGGCCCAAUUAGGUUAGAUGAGGUCACCGCUGAUGGUGUGGUUCUGUCCUGGGAUCCACCAGAGUAUGAUGGUGGUUGCGCCAUCAACAAUUACAUUGUCGAGAAAAGAGACACAUCUACCACUAAUUGGCAGAUUGUGUCAGCUACAGUAGCCAGAACCACAAUAAAAGCAGCACGUCUCAAAACUGGAUGUGAGUACCAGUUUCGAAUUGCUGCAGAGAAUAGAUAUGGCAAGUCAACUGCUCUGCUGUCUGAUACCAUUGUUGCUCAGUAUCCAUUUGAAGUGCCAAGCUCACCACGUUCUGUUGUGGUCCAGUCAGCUACCAAGGAGAGCAUGGUAAUUGUUUGGGAGAAACCAAGCAACAAUGGUGGGAGCAAUAUUUUGGGCUACCAUUUGGAACUCAAAGAAAGAAACAGCAUAUUAUGGGUAAAGCAGAAUAAACAAUUAAUUCCAGAUACAAGAUUCAAGGUUAUGGGCCUUGAGGAGGGUAUUGAAUACGAAUUUAGAGUCUAUGCUGAAAACAUUGUUGGCCUCAGCAAAGCAAGCAAACUGAGUGAAAUGCAAGUAGCCAGAGAUCCAUGUGAUAGACCAGGAAAACCAGAGGCUGUUAUUGUGACAAGAAAUCAGGUCACACUUAGGUGGACCAAACCAGAGUAUGAUGGUGGAAUCAAGAUCACAGGCUAUGUGGUGGAAAAGAAGGAGGGUGCUGGCCGUUGGAUGAAGGCCAGUUUCACCAAUAUCAUUGAGACAGAUUUUGUUGUCUCUGGACUUACUGAAGAUCAGAUUUAUGAGUUCCGUGUCAUUGCCAGGAAUGCUGCAGGUGUCUUCAGUCAGCCCUCUGAUUCUACUGGACCCAUCACUGCCAAGGAUGAGGUGGACCCUCCCAAGAUAGAUUUGGAGGCUAAGUACUCCCAAGCUGUGGUGGUAAACGCUGGGGAAACAUUCAAGCUUGAGGCUUCUAUCUAUGGUAAGCCUGUGCCCACAUUGUACUGGCUGAAAGAUGGCCAAGAGAUUAUUGAAGCAGCUCGAACAGAGCUCAAGAACUCUGAAUUUAGAGCUUGUAUAGUGGUUAAAGAAGCCAUUCGUGUUGAUGGAGGUCAGUACACGUUGGUCGUAAAGAAUGUUGGAGGUGAGAAAAUUGUUAACAUUAAUGUCAAGGUGCUUGACAGACCAGGUCCACCUGAAGGCCCUAUCUCCAUCUAUGGGGUGACCAGUGAAAAAUGUUCCAUUGCCUGGAAACCUCCCCUGCAAGAUGGAGGUAGUGAUGUUUCUCAUUACAUUGUUGAAAGAAGGGAAACUAGCAGACUAGUUUGGACUGUUGUUGAGUCAAAGGUACAGACACUAAACCUGAAAAUCACCAAACUGCUUCCUGGAAAUGAGUAUAUCUUCAGAGUUAUUCCAGUCAACAAAUACGGAGUUGGUGAGCCUCUAGAAUCUGAACCAAUGAUUGCCAGAAAUUCAUUUGUCACUGCCAAGCCACCAACAGACAUCCAAGUGUCAACAGUCACCAAAGAUUCUAUGGUAGUUACCUGGGAGAGACCAGGUGAUGAUGGUGGAAGCCCUAUCCAGGGAUACAUUGUUGAGAAACGUGACAAAGAUGGUGUGCGGUGGACCAGAAGUAACAAGCGGACAGUGAAUGAGUUGCGCUUUAGGGUGACAGGGCUCAUAGAAAAUCAUAGCUAUGAAUUUCGAGUUGCUGCUGAGAAUGCUGCAGGUGUUGGCCCACCUAGUGAACCAUCAGUAUAUUACAAAGCACUGGAUCCUGUCUUCAAACCAGGCCCACCUAAUAACCCAAAAGUCAUGGACAUGUCUAGGUCAACGGUAACUCUGACAUGGGGCAAACCAAUUUAUGAUGGUGGCUGUGAGGUUCAGGCUUACAUUGUAGAAGCCUGUGAUGGGGCAUCUGAUGAAUGGUUUAUGUGUACUCCUUCCACUGGAAUUUCAGACACUAGUUUUACUGCCACUAGACUUCUGGAAAAGCAUGAGUACCAAUUCAGAGUGUGUGCUAUUAACAAAGUUGGUGUUGGUGAGCAUGCCGAUGUUCCAGGAAAGAUUCUUCUGGAGGAGAAGCUUGAGGCCCCUGAUCUUGACUUGGAUACUGACAUGAGAAAGAUGAUCAAUAUUAGGGCAGCAAGUGCUCUGAGAUUGUUUGUUCCUGUGAGAGGCCGUCCAGCUCCUGAGGUUAAGUGGAGCAAAACUGAGGGUGAGAUCAAGGAAACUGCCUUGAUUGACAAUACAGGCAGCUAUGCAUCACUUGCUAUAGACAAUGUUGACAGAUACGACAGUGGCAAGUACACCCUAACUGCAGAAAACGCCAGUGGAGUAAAGUCUGUCUUCAUUAGUGUCAGAGUCCUGGACUCACCCAGUCCACCAGCUAACUUCAUGGUCAAAGAGAUUACUAAAAAUUCUGUCACUCUUACAUGGGAACCUCCACUUCUUGAUGGUGGUUCGAAGAUUAAGCAAUAUAUUGUUGAAAAGCGUGAGAGCACCAGAAAAGUUUAUUCUCACGUCACCACUUGCAAUAAAAUGUCAUGGAAAGUUGAGCCUCUUCCAGAAGGUGGCAUAUUCUUCUUUAGAGUACUGGCAGAGAAUGAAUAUGGUAUCGGUCUUCCUGCAAAAACAAUGGAGCCAAUUAAGAUAUCUGAAAAACCUCAACCACCUGGUAAAGUCAGUGUUGUUGAUGUCACUCAAAGCACUGUAACUCUCGCUUGGGAGAAGCCUGAACAUGAUGGUGGUAGUAGAAUCAGUCACUAUGAAGUCGAACUAGCUCCCAAAGAAAGUGAAACAUGGUCUGUGUGUGCCAGUAUAAAAGGACUGGAGACAGUAAUAACAAACCUUCUCAAAGGAGAGGAGUACCAGUUCCGGGUUGUUGCUGUCAAUGACAAGGGAAAAAGUGACCCCAGACAGCUGGUCCAGUCGGUUGUAGCUAAAGACCUUGUGAUUGAGCCUUGUGUUAGACCCAAAGUGAGCACCUACAGCAUCCAGGUAGGGUACGACCUCAAAAUAGAGGUACCAGUUGCUGGACAUCCAAAACCAACAAUCACCUGGACCAAGGAUGGAGCUGCACUUAAGCAGACCACUAGAGUCAAUGUCACUGACUCAGCUCAUCAUACCAUCCUCACUAUAAAAGAUGCUAUCAGAGAGGAUGGUGGCAUGUACAGCAUCAAUGUUUCCAAUGUCCUAGGAUCCAAGGAUGCUACUAUUGAAGUGAUUACUCUGGAUAAACCAGGCCCACCAACAGGCCCUGUAAAGCUUGAUGACAUCAGUGCCGAGAAUAUUACUCUUAACUGGGAACCUCCUGCUUACACCGGUGGUUGCCCAGUCUCUAAUUAUGUAGUAGAGAAAAGAGACACAACCACAACUAACUGGGUGGUUGUAUCUGCUACUGUGGCUAGAACCAUGCUUAAAGUGACCAAUCUAAAGACAGGUACUGAAUACCAAUUCAGAAUCUAUGCUGAAAAUAGAUAUGGAAAAAGUUACGCAAUAGAUUCAGAUCCUGUUGUGGCACAGUAUCCAUUCCAGGAGCCUGGUCCACCAGGAACACCAUUUGUGUCUUUGUAUACUAAAGACUACAUGAUUGUUGAAUGGCACAAACCCCCAUCUGAUGGAGGCAGCGCCAUCUUGGGCUAUCAUCUAGAGAGGAAAGAAAGGAACAGUAUUCUCUGGACCAAGAUAAAUAAAAUGCUCAUCCAAGACUGCAGGUUCAAAUCUACUCCUCUUGAGGAGGGCAUUGAGUAUGAAUACAGAGUCUUUGCUGAGAAUAUUGUUGGCAUUGGAAAAUGCAGUAAGGUUUCUGAGGUGUAUGUAGCUCGUGACCCUUGUGAUCCACCUGGUUGCCCUGAGGCUGUGAUUGUGACCAGGCACUCAGUGAAGCUGAGGUGGAGCUCGCCAGUGUAUGAUGGUGGAAGCUUAAUUACUGGCUAUGUUGUAGAGAAACGUGACCUUCCUGAAGGAAAGUGGAUGAAGGCUAGCUUUGCUAACAUACUUGAGCAUGAAUUUACAGUUGGCGGCCUUACAGAGGACUGUAAAUAUGACUUCAGAGUUAUUGCAAGAAAUGCAGCUGGUGUCAUUAGCAAGCCCUCCGAGAGCACAGGAUCCAUAACAGCCAAAGACGAAGUUGACCCACCAAAGUGCGAGACAGAUCCUAUGUAUAACCAAACACUUGUUAUUAAUGCAGGAGAGACUUUUAACUUGGAGGCCAGUGUGUAUGGAAAGCCUAUCCCCACAGUUCAAUGGUUCAAGGGAGAGGUUGAGGUUGAAAACUCAGCGAGAACAGAGAUAAAACAUACAGAUUUCAAGGCUUUGCUUGUUGUAAAGGAUGUGAUUAGAGUGGAUGGAGGACAGUACACAUUGGUUCUGACUAAUGUGGCUGGAACUAAGACAAUCCCUUUCAGUAUAAAGGUACUUGACAGACCGGGGCCACCAGAGGGACCUCUCACUGUUAGCAACGUUACAGAGGAAAAGUGCUCAUUGUCCUGGCUGCCACCAAGACAUGAUGGAGGAGCUAGCAUUUCUCAUUAUAUCAUUCAGAAGCGAGAAACCAGCCGUCUGGCAUGGACUGUGGUCUCUGGUGACUGUGGAGCUACCAUGUUCAAAGUUACUAAAUUGCUCAAGGGCAAUGAGUACAUCUUUAGAGUCCUGGCUGUGAACAAAUAUGGUGUGGGUGAACCACUUGAAUCAGCCCCAGUUAUCAUGAGAAAUCCAUUUGUCCCUCCUGGUUCACCUCAGGAGCUUGAGAUCACAAACAUUACAAGAGACUCAAUGACUGUUUGCUGGAACCGUCCUUACACAACGGGAGGAAGUGACAUUGUGGGUUACAUUGUUGAAAAGAGAGACAGAGCGGGUGUAAGGUGGACCAAGUGCAACAAGCGCAGAGUGACAGAUUUGCGAUUCAGAGUAACAGGAUUAACGGAGGACCAUGAAUAUGAAUUCAGAGUAUCUGCUGAAAAUGCAGCUGGAGUUGGUCAGCCAAGCCCACCUACAUUCUAUGUCAAAGCCUGUGACCCCACCUUUGAACCAGGCUGCCCUACUAAUGUCCAUGUGGUUGACACAACAAAAGACUCCAUCAGUCUCUCGUGGCACAGGCCAAUUUAUGAUGGCGGUUGUGACAUCCAAGGAUAUGCAGUGGAAAUUACUAAAGCUGAUGAGGAGGAGUGGACCAUAUGCACUCCUCCUUCUGGCGUCAGUGCUACAAAGUUUACUAUUAUUAAACUGGUAGAGCACCAGGAAUACAAGGUGCGCAUCUGUGCUAUUAACAAGUUGGGUGUUGGUGAGCCCUCUGAGAUCCAGGGAACUGUGAUACCUGUUGAUAAGAUAUAUUCUCCAGAGGUGAUUUUGGAUUCAGAACUCAGAAAAGGAAUAGUUGUGCGUGCAGGAGGGUCAAUGAGAAUCUGCAUUCCCUUCAAGGGCCGUCCUACUCCUGAGAUCAGCUGGUCAAAGGAAGAUGGAGAGCUGCCCAGUAAAGUUCAGAUAGAGACAGGGGAAGAAUACACACAACUCUCCAUUGACAUUUGUGACCGAUAUGAUGCUGGAAAAUACAUUCUCAAUCUGGAAAACAGUGCUGGCACCAAAUCAGCCUUUGUCUCUGUUAAAGUUCUGGAUACUCCAGGAGCUCCUCUGAAUCUAAUAGUUAAAGACAUUAAGCGGGAAAGUGUUACUCUAACCUGGGAACCUCCUGUUAUUGAUGGUGGUGCAAGAAUUAAGAAUUACCUGGUUGAAAAGCGUGAGUCUACCAGGAAGGUUUACUCUAAUGUGGACAACAAAUGCACAAAGACAAGUUAUCGUGUCACCGGCCUUACUGAAGGAACUAUCUACUAUUUUAGAGUCUUAGCUGAGAAUGAGUUUGGAGUGGGACUUGCGACUGAGACAGAAGAGUCUGUAAAGACUUCUGAGCCUCCCUUGCCUGUGGGUAAGAUCAUUUUGACUGAAGUCACAAAAACAACUGCCUCAUUGUCCUGGGAGAAGCCAGUCCACGAUGGAGGUAGCAGGAUCAUUGGCUACCAUAUUGAAAUGCAGCCUGUGGGCUCAGAGGAAUGGGUAGUUGCUGCUACAAGCAAAACUUGUGAGGGCACCGUCACAGGCCUCAGUACAGGACACGAGUAUCUGUUUAGAGUUUCCGCAUUCAAUGAUAAGGGAAAGAGUGACCCAAGGCCUCUGGCAGCGCCAGUCACAGCUAAAGAUGUAACGAUUCAGCCUGGAUUCAAGAUGACAUUCAAUACUUACAGUGUACAACAUGGUGAAGAUUUGAAGAUUGAGAUACCAGUCAUAGGACGCCCUGUUCCCAGGGUUGAAUGGAUGAAAGAUGGGCAAGCUCUUAAGGAGACAACAAGACUUAAUGUGUCCAGUACAUCAUCAUCUACAAAACUAUGUAUCAAGGAUGCAAAUAAAGAAGAUUCUGGAAAAUACUCUCUCAUAGCAACAAGCAAUAUUGGAACAGCUAUGGAGGACAUUACUGUCAUUAUACUUGAUAAGCCUGGUCCCCCUACGGGCCCUGUAAAGAUUGAAGAAAUUAGCUCAGAUUAUGUAACACUUUCAUGGGAGCCACCAGAGUAUACAGGAGGCUGUCAGAUCAACAAUUAUAUUGUAGAGAAAAGAGACACCACUACAACUGCAUGGCAAAUUGUAUCUGCUACAAUUGCCAGGACAACCAUUAAAGUCUCCAAGCUCAAGACUGGAGUUGAGUAUCAGUUCAGAGUAUCUGCUGAGAACAGAUAUGGAAAAAGUUCUGCUAUUGUCUCUCCAGCUGUUAUUGCUCAGUAUCCAUUUAAAGAGCCUGCUGCCCCAGGAGCACCAAUUAUUUCAACUGUAACAAAAGAUAGUAUGAUUGUUGAGUGGAAACCUCCCACCAACAAUGGAGGCAGUCCCAUCCUAGGCUAUCACAUUGAGCAAAAGGAGAAGAAUAGCCUUUUAUGGACUAAACUUAACAAACUCCUAAUACCAGACACACGUUUCAAAACUACUGACUUGGAAGAAGGUAUUGAAUAUGAAUUCAGAGUUUAUGCUGAAAAUAUUGCAGGAGUCAGCCCAGCUGGCAAAGUGUCAGAAAGCACAGUGGCCAGGGACCCAUGUGACCCACCUGGCCCUCCUCAAGCCAUUGAAAUCACCAGAAACCAUGUUACUUUACAGUGGACCAGACCUCAGUAUGAUGGAGGCAGUGCAAUCACUGGCUAUAUAAUUGAGAGGAGGAAGCAUCCAGAUACUCGCUGGAUGAAGGCCAGCUUUACUAACAUCAUCGAUACCCAAUUUACAAUCACUGGCCUGACUGAAGACUGUAUCUAUGAAUUUAGAGUAAUUGCCAAGAAUGCUGCUGGUAUUUCUAGCCGUCCUUCUCAGAGCACAGGAGAAAUUACUGCCAAAGAUGAAAUUGAGGCUCCAGAAGCAACUAUGGAUUCAAAAUUCAAGGAUUUGACUGUUGUUCCUGCUGGCGAGAAUUUCGUUAUUGAUGCUGACUACUCUGGCAAGCCUCUGCCUGAGGUCAUUUGGUUAAAAGAAGGAAAAGAAAUUGACAAAGCAACACCAAGAAUGGAAGUCAAGACCACACUCACACAUACCAUGCUCACAGUCAAGGACUGCAUCAGAGUCGACGGUGGCCACUUUGUCCUCAAACUUGUUAAUGUAGGAGGAAUCAAGAUGAUCCCAGUUAAUGUUAAAGUUCUGGAUAGACCUGGUCCUCCAGAUGGACCACUAGAAGUCAAAGGUGUCACAGCUGAAAAAUGUUACCUGCACUGGAAUCAUCCAUUGCAUGAUGGGGGAGCUGGCAUUUCUCAUUACAUAAUCGAAAAAAGAGAGACCAGUCGUUUGUCAUGGACAGUGGUGGAGCCCAAGAUUCAGGCAAUCAGCUACAAAGUUACAAAACUGCUGCCUGGCAAUGAGUACAUCUUCAGGGUCACCGCUGUAAAUAAAUAUGGCAUAGGAGAGGCUUUGGAAUCUGAGCCUGUUAUUGCUCGUAACCCAUUUACCACUCCAAGUGCCCCCUCUGUUCCAGAGGUCAGUGCUGUUACUAGAGAUUCAAUGGUGCUUAUGUGGGAGAGGCCAGAAAACAAUGGAGGAGCAGGAAUUGAAGGAUAUAUUCUUGAAAAGCGUGAUAAGGAUGGUAUCAGAUGGUCUAAGUGCAACAAGAAGAGGCUAAAUGACCUGAGGUUUAGAUGUACUGGCCUCACAGAAGGACAUUCAUAUGAAUUCAGGGUCUCGGCUGAAAACGCUGCAGGUGUGGGAAAAUCUAGUGCACCAACUCAGUAUAUCAAAGCCUGUGAUGCGAUUUACCCACCAGGACCUCCAAAUAGUCCAAAAGUCAUAGACCAUUCAAGCACCACCGUCUCACUUUCUUGGUCUAGGCCUAUCUAUGAUGGCGGGGCAGAAGUUAGUGGAUAUAUUGUAGAAAUGAAGGAGGCAGCCGAUGAUGAGUGGGUUGUGUGCACCUCACCAACUGGUGUUCAAGCUAUGCACUACACAGUCAAAAAACUAAAGGAAAAUGCAGAGUACAACUUCCGCAUCUGCGCUGUUAACUGCGAGGGAGUAGGAGAGCCAGUAGACCUAACUGGGUCUGUGAUUGCUGCAGAAAAAGUGGAAGCUCCAGAAAUUGAACUGGAUGCUGACCUGAGGAAGAUGGUCAAUGUUCGUGCAAGUGCCACAUUGCGUCUGUUUGUGACUAUCAGAGGAAAACCGGAGCCUGAGGUCAGAUGGUCCAAAGCUGAUGGCACUCUAAAUGAGCGUGCCCAGAUAGAAGUCACAAGCUCUUACACAAUGCUAGUGAUUGAGAAUGUUGAUAGAUUUGACACCGGCAAGUAUGUAUUAACCCUCGAGAACCUCAGUGGCUCCAAAUCAGCCUUCAUCAAUGUCAGAGUUCUGGACUCCCCUAGUGCUCCUAUUAACCUUGAAGUUAAAGAUGUAAAAAGAAAUUCUGUCUCCAUCUCCUGGGAGCCUCCUGUAAUUGAUGGUGGGGCCAAGAUAUCACAUUAUAUUGUAGAAAAGAGAGAGCAGAAGAGAAUGGCUUUCACCAGUGUUAGCACUAAUUGUGUGAGAAAUUCUUACAUCAUUUCUGACCUACAAGAGGGGGGACGAUAUUAUUUCCGCGUCCUGGCAGUGAAUGAGUUGGGAGUGGGACUGCCUUCCUUCACAGAUCAAGUUAAAGUGUCUGAGGCUCCGUUGCCUCCUGGUAAGGUUGUUGUGGUUGAUGUGACCCGUCAUACUGUUACCCUUUCUUGGGAAAAACCUGAUCAUGAUGGAGGCAGCAAGAUUACAAACUACAUAGUUGAGAUGCAGCCCAUGGGAGAUGACAAGUGGACCGUGUGUAGUGAAGUCAAAGCACUGGAAGCUACUAUUGAUGGGCUCACAACUGGAGAGGAAUAUUCUUUUAGGGUGAUUGCUGUGAAUGAUAAGGGCAAGAGUGAUGCCAAACCGCUGGCUACACCAGUAAUGGUAAAGGAUAUUACGGUGGAGCCCAUCAUCAAUCUGUUAUUCAACACAUACAGUGUCAAAGCAGGAGAUGACCUAAAAAUUGAUGUCCCUUUCAAGGGAAGACCACAGCCUGAAGUGUUCUGGAAAAAGGAUGGUCAAGUACUUAAGCAAACAACCAGAGUGUAUGUUCUUACCUCUAAAGCCUCAUCAAAGAUUGUUAUUAAGGAUGCAACCAAGGAUGAUGUAGGAAAGUAUGAGAUCACUUUGACAAAUUCCAUUGGCACCAGGGCAGUGGAAAUCUCUGUUAUAAUCCUGGACAAACCUGGCCCACCCAGCAACAUUAAAAUGGAUGAAGUGAGUGCUGACUUUGUUUCACUGUCUUGGGAUCCUCCAAUUUAUGAUGGUGGAUGCCAGAUCAACAACUAUGUUGUGGAGAAGAGAGAUACUACAACAACCACAUGGCAAAUAGUUUCAGCCACAGUAGCAAGGACAUCAAUUAAAGUACCUAAUCUCACUCAGGGAACAGAGUAUCAGUUUCGUAUUGCAGCUGAAAACCGUUAUGGCAAAAGCCUUGCCAUCGACUCUGCUCCUGUUAUUGCUCAAUAUCCCUUUGAGCCUCCUGGCCUUCCCACUAACCUUCAUGUUGCACAUGCCACCAAGACUAGCUUGCUUGUUGUAUGGAGCAGACCUACCAGCGAUGGUGGAAGCCCUGUUAUUGGUUAUCACAUUGAAUGCAAAGACCAAAGCAGCAUUCUGUGGACCAAAGUUAACCGAGGUUUACUGACUGAAAGUCAAUUUAAAAUGACAGGUAUUGAAGAAGGCCUGCUUUAUCAAUUUAGAGUUUAUGCUGAAAAUAUUGCAGGCAUUGGCCCAUGUACUAAGGCCAGUGACCCAGUGGCAGCCAGAGAUCCCUGUCUGCCUCCUCGUAACCUCAGAGUCACCAACAUUACUAGGACUUCAGUGUCCCUUUUCUGGGAGAAACCAGAGUAUGAUGGGGGAGUAAAGAUUACUGGCUAUGUUGUUGAGCGCAAGGAACUUCCCAGUGGUCGCUGGCUGAAAUGUAACUUUAACAACCUGCAGGACACUUACUUUGAUGUCACAGGUCUCAUAGAAGAUGUCCAGUAUGACUUCCAUGUCAUUGCUAAAAAUUCAGCUGAACUGUUGAGCGCUCCUUCUGAGAGUACCGGUCCUGUUACAGUCAAGGAUGAUGUAGAUCCACCUACUAUUAUCCUGGAAGAUAAGUUUAGACAGUUGGUUGUCAUUAAGGCUGGGGAGAUAAUUAAAAUUGACGCUGAAAUUACAGGUCGUCCACUCCCUGUUGUCUCGUGGUCUAAGGAUGGAAAGGAGAUUGAGGCCAAGGCAAGAUGUGAAAUUACUUCCACUAACUUUACAACCACCUUGAUUGUCAGAGAUGCUAUCAGGAGGGACUCUGGCCAGUAUAUUUUGACUCUUCACAAUGUAGCAGGAACCAGAUCUGUGGCAAUCAACUGUAAAGUUCUGGACAUACCUGGACCUGCUUCAGGACCUUUAGCAGUGUCUGGUCUCACAGCAGAAAAAUGCACUCUAUCGUGGGGUCCACCUCAGGAAAAUGGUGGUGCUGAAGUCUUGCAUUACAUUGUGGAGAAACGUGAAACAAGUCGUCUUGCCUGGACUCUUGUCUAUGGAGACAUGAAGGCAACCACAUGUAAAGUGACUAAGCUACUGAAAGGAAAUGAAUACAUCUUCAGAGUCAGAGGAGUCAACAAAUAUGGUGAAGGUGAGACCUUGGAGAGUGAUCCAAUAAAGGCCCGGGAUCCUUUUACUGUUCCUGCAGCUCCCACUAACAUCCAGGUUACCUCAGUUACUAGUGACGCAAUGACCAUCUGUUGGGAAAGGCCUGAUUAUGAUGGUGGCAGCAGCAUCUCUGGCUAUGUAAUUGAAAAGCGAGAGAAAACUGGCCUUCGCUGGUGCCGUGUUAACAAGAAACCUGUUUAUGACCUCAGAGUCAAAGCCUCAAACCUUCGUGAUGGUUGUGAAUACGAAUACAGAGUGUUUGCAGAGAAUGCAGCUGGCCUUAGUGCCCCUAGUGUCCCUUGUCCACUCACUAAAGCUGAGGACCCACAGUUCCUGCCUUCACCUCCUGCUAAGCCCAAGAUUAUUGACUCUACAAAAACCACAGUAACCUUGACAUGGAAUAAGCCACUAUUUGAUGGUGGGGCACCUGUGACUGGUUACAGAGUAGAAUACAGGAAGACCUUAGAUGAUGAAUGGAUUGUUGGUGUCCAGAACACCCAAAACACAGAGUUCACAGUUGUGGGGCUGACACCUGGAGCAGAAUAUGUAUUUGUUGUCAAGUCUAUUAAUAAGAUUGGAGUCAGUGAGCCGAGUCCAGAGUCAGACAGACAGAUUGCCAAAGAAAGGGAGGAGGAGCCCGUAUUUGAUAUCAAUAAUGACAUGAGGAAGACAAUUAUUGUGAAAGAUGGAAGCUCAUUUACUAUGACAGUACCCUUUAGAGGCAAGCCUGUCCCCAGCGUUACCUGGAGUAAACCUGAUGUUGACCUAAGAGUUCGUGCUGUCAUUGACACCACGGACACUUUCACUUCCAUAACCUUGGAGAAAGCAACUCGGGACGACUCUGGAAAAUACACUGUUACUUUGUCCAGUGUGGCUGGAACUGCAUCCUUGACGCUCAGUGUCAGGGUUCUGGAUUCCCCUGGACCCCCUGCACGUUUAGAAGUCAAAGAAGUGACCAAGACCUCUGCUACUAUAAGGUGGGACACCCCUGAGAAUGAAGGAGGAGGACCAGUCAAAAACUAUCUUGUUGACAUUCGUGAGGCCAGCAAGAAGGGCUGGAUGAGGUUGAAUGACACAUGCCACAGACUGACAUACAAGAUGACAGAUCUACAGGAGGGAGGAAUCUAUUACUUCAGAGUCACAGGCGAAAAUGAGUAUGGCGUAGGUGUUCCUGCUGAGACCAAAGAAGGAACCAAGAUCACAGAAAAACCAAGUUCACCACUAAAACUGGGGGUAACUGAUGUGACCAAGGAGAGUGUGUCUUUGGCCUGGGCCAAACCAGAACAAGAUGGAGGCAGCAGAAUUACUGGCUACCUGGUGGAAGCUUUGGAGAAAGGACAGGAGAAGUGGGUUAAGUGUGGCGUAACCAAGUUUGUCCACUUCACUGUGUCUGGUCUGAGGGAGAAUUCUGAGUACCUUUUCAGGGUCAGAGCUGAAAAUCAUGCUGGAUUCAGUGAUGCUAAGGAAAUGGUUACUUCUGUGAUGGUCAAAGACCAACUGGAAUGUCCAGAAAUCAACAUGAAGGAUUUUCCACAUAACACAGUUUCUGUUAGAGCCGGCUCCACCCUCAAGUUUGAGAUCCCACUGACAGGCAGGCCGUUGCCUAAAGUCACCUUGUCCAAGGAUAAUGUGCUGCUUAAGUCAACAAUGAGGUUUAAUUCAGAAGUAACCCCUGACAGCAUCAAAAUCACUUUACGUGAAAGUGUAGCUGGAGACUCAGGACGAUAUGACAUCACUGCUUCCAACUCCAGUGGAACCACCAAGUCCUUUGUGAACAUUAUAGUUCUGGACCGACCCACUGCUCCUCUUGGGCCUGUGGAGCUGUUUGAUACAACAGAAGACAGCGUAAGCCUGAAAUGGCUUCCACCAGAGUAUGAUGGUGGUAGUCCUAUCACUAACUAUGUCAUCCAAAAGCGGGAAACAACCACAGCAAACUGGAUAGACGUGUCCUCUGCUGUGGCUCGCUGCACUAUAAAGAUCAUGAAACUCACCACUGGUCUUGAGUACCAGUUCAGAAUCAGGGCUGAAAAUAGAUAUGGAAUCAGUGAACACAUCGACUCACCACCUGUCACUGUCAACCUUCUGUAUACUAUUCCUGAUGCACCAUUGACUCCAGAGAUCACAGCUGUAACCAGGGAGACAAUCACUGUAUCUUGGAAGGAGCCAAAGUCAGAUGGUGGCAGCCAUGUGUUUGGCUACCAUCUUCAGAUGAAAGACAGGAACAGCAUCCUUUGGCAGAGAGUUAACAAAAUGGUGAUCCGCGCUACUCACUUCAAGGUCACCAACAUUAAUGCUGGACUUAUUUACGAGUUUAAGGUGGCGGCAGAGAAUGCUGCAGGAAUCGGUUCCUUCAGCAAGGUUUCUGAUGCAGUGCUGGCUAUUGAUGCCUGUGAGCCACCAAUCAAUUUACGCAUCACUGAUAUCACCAAGAAUUCCAUUAGCUUGGCGUGGAAGAAACCCAACUAUGAUGGUGGAUCCUCCAUUACUGGUUACAUCAUUGAGAAAAGAGAAGGCGUUAGUGUAAAGUGGUCGAAAGCGAACAUCACUAAUGUCACAGACACUCGAUUCACUGUGACAGGCCUAACCCAGGAUGAGACUUAUGAAUUCAGAGUCUUGGCCAAGAACGCUGUGGGCUCAGUUAGCAACCCAUCAAUACCUGCUGGACCAGUUACCUGUGUCGACACCUAUGGUGCUCCAGAAAUUGAAAUACCACAGGAGUACUUCAGUGAGGUCAAACACAAGGCUGAGUCUACUGUAGAGCUCAAAUUUAAUAUUACAGCCAAACCUUCUCCUACUAUUGAGUGGUUUAAGGAUGGAAGAGAACUAGAGCCCAGUGCCCAGCUCUCUUUUAAACACACAUUUGAGUCCACUAGUUUGCUUCUCAAAGAAACCACUCGUCUCAACUCUGGAACCUAUGAGAUCAAGGUGAAGAACUCCCUUGGGUCAGCAUGUGCCAUUGUCAGACUACUCAUUCAAGAUAAGCCAGGCCCUCCUACCGGAGACAUUCAGUUUAAGAAGGUUACUGCUGACAAUAUCACCAUCAUGUGGUCCCCACCAGCUGAUGAGGGUGGUGCCAUGGUAACCCAUUACAUUGUGGAGAAAAGGGAGACCAGCAGGGUCAUGUGGUCUAUUGUGUCUGAAAAACUGGUGGACUGCAUUGUCAAUGUGCCCAGACUCAUCCAGGGCAAUGAGUACAUUUUUAGGAUUCGUGGUGUCAACAAGUACGGCAUCGGAGACCCGUUAGAGUCACAGCCAGUAAUCGCAAAGAAUCAGUUUGUUCCUCCUAGUGAGCCAUCUAAGCCUAAAGUGACAAUGAUCACCAAAUCCACUAUGACUGUGAUCUGGGAAAGACCAGCCUUGGAUGGAGGAAGCGAUAUUGAUGGAUAUUAUCUGGAGAAGAGGGAAAAGAAGAGUCUGCAGUGGUUCAAGGUGGUGAAGGGCACCAUUAGAGAUACCAGGCAGAAAGUCACAAACCUUGUGGAGAACAGCGAAUAUCAAUACAGAGUGUGUGCUGUCAACAAAGCUGGAGCAGGAAAUUACUCUGAGCCUUCUGACCUCUUUAAAGCAUAUGACCCCAUUGAUCUACCUGGUGAGCCAUCCAAGCUGCUUGUCAUGGACUCCACAAAGACGUCUGUCACCCUUGGAUGGGAGAAGCCUGUCUAUGAUGGUGGUAGUAAAAUAACACAUUACAUUUUGGAUCAGAUGAAUGCAGAGGACAAAGAAUGGGUGACCAUUAACCCACAGAUUAAAACCUGCGAGUAUGUGGUGCCACACCUUAAACCUGGAACCUACUACUACUUUAGAGUCUCUGCUGUCAACAGCAAGGGCAAAGGAGAGGACAUUAAAAUGUACCAGCCUGUGCAGGCCAAGGACAUCCUGGAGGAAGCUGAUUUGGACCUGGACGUUUCCAUGACUACCCAGUACACAGCUAGGGCUGGUCGUGAUGUGGAAGUAUUUAUACCUUUAAAGGGGCGUCCCGCGCCGAAUGUUACCUGGCGGCGUGGUGAUCGCAACAUGGCUGGUGAUAACCGGUACACUAUCACCAGCACUGAGAGAGCCACCACACUUCUCAUCCCCAAGGUCACUCGUGAUGAUUGUGGCAAGUACCUGCUUGAAAUUGAAAAUGGCGUUGGAGAGCCCAAGAUUAUCACAGUUUCCCUCAAGAUUUUGGACAGUCCGUCCUCCUGCCAGAAACUGAUCAUCAAAAAUGUAACAAGAGGAAAGCUGACCCUUAGCUGGGAAGCACCUCUUAUUGAUGGUGGGUCACCUGUCACUAAUUACAUAGUUGAGAAGAAGGCCUCUACCAUGAAGGCUUACCAAGUCAUUACAGCUCAAUGUUCCAAUACAUCUUACAAAGUGUCAGGUCUGGAAGAGGAUGUAGCCUAUUUCUUCCGUGUGUCUGCGGAAAAUGAGUUUGGUGUUGGUGACACUUCUGAGACCACUGAGCCUGUCAGAGCCACAGAAACUCCAGGAGCUGUUAAGGACCUAGUGAUGUUGGAUUCCACAAAGAAUUCUGUGACUUUACAGUGGGCCAGGCCGGACCACGAUGGUGGCAGCCACAUUACUGAAUACAUAGUUGAAAAGAGAACUAAAGAAGAUCCUGCCUGGACCUUGGGUGCUACAUGCAAACGCUGCAGCUGUGAAGUGAUGGGACUCAAAGAGAACUCUGUCAUGGACUUCAGAGUAUUUGCGAAAAAUGAAAAGGGCCAAAGUGACUUCUCCCAGAUUGGUCCAAUAUCAGUAAUAGACUUCAUCAUUCCACCUGAGGCUAACCUCAGCGACUACCCCAAUGGAGAGCUUGCUGUUCGUAUUGGUAAAAAUAUUCACAUUGAGCUGCCCUUUAAGGGUAAACCAAGACCUGCAAUCAGUUGGUUAAAAGAUAAUUUACCUUUAAAAGAAAGUGACAAGGUUCGCUUCAGGAUCACUGACAAUAAGGCAGCAGUCACAGUUAGAGGAGUCAAGAAGGAGCAUGCUGGCCAGUACACCUUGGUUCUGGACAACAGAGUCAUUAAGAACUAUUUUGAUAUUAAUGUUAUUACUCAAGGACCCCCUUCUGUCCCUGUUGGUCCCAUACGCUAUGAUGAAAUUAAAGCUCAGAGUGUUGUUAUUUCUUGGGAUGCGCCAAAAGAGGAUGGAGGUGGUGAGAUUACUUGCUACAGUGUGGAGAAGCGGGAAACCUCUCAGGCCAACUGGAAGAUGGUCUGCUCAAGCGUCGUGAGAACUACUUUUAAGAUUCCUAAUCUGGUCCAAGGAAGUCAAUACCAGUUUCGGGUUCGUGCAGAGAACAAGUAUGGAGUCAGUGAACCACUCACCUCUGUAGAUGUGGUUGCCCAGCACCAGUACAAGCCUCCAGGGCCUCCAGGAAAGCCAGUGGCCUACAAUAUUACCAGUGAUGGCAUGACCAUCAAGUGGGAGGCCCCAGACUUUGAUGGAGGAUCCCCCAUUUUGGGCUAUCAUGUUGAGAAAAAGGACAGGAAUAGCCUGUUGUGGCAGAAGGUGAACGCCACACUCAUCUCUAACAGAGAGUACAGGAUCAUGGGUCUCAUGGAGGGCCUGGAGUAUUCCUUCAGAGUCUACGCUGAAAACAAUGCCGGAGUCAGCCUUGUUAGUGAGCAGAGCAAACAUGCGCUUGCUAUCUCGCCUGUUGAUCCACCUGGUACGCCUAUCAGCAUUGAUGUAACCAGAGACUCGGUCACCCUGCAGUGGGACAUUCCCAAGAGGGAUGGUGGCAGCAAAAUUGUUGCCUACAGCGUUGAGCGGCGUCAUGGCAGAGGCAAAUGGCUGCGGUGCAACUUCACUGAUAUUACAGAGACCCAGUUCACUGUGACUGGUCUGUCACCUGGAGACAGAUUUGAGUUCAGAGUAAUUGCCAGAAAUGCUGUGGGAACAGUCAGUCCACCAUCUAACUCGUCAGGGUAUUUUAUGACCAAGGAUGAGAGCGUUGCUCCUGAGAUUGUGUGGUCUCCAGACCAGGUUCUGACUAUAAGGGCUGGAGAGAAUGUUAAGCUUGACUGCAGCAUCACUGGACGGCCUGUUCCACAGGUUGUCUGGUACAAAGAUGGCAAAGAGAUUGACAAAAGGACCAUGAUUGACAUUGAAGUUACCACUGCCAUUGGCACCAGCAGUUUGUUUAUCCGUGAUGCUGACAGGAACCAUCGUGGAGUUUACACUGUGGAGGCUAAGAACAGCUAUGGCACCAAGAAGGCUGAUGUCAAUGUCAGAGUGCAAGAUACACCUGGGCCUGUUGACGGUCCUAUCCGUUUCACUGGUAUCACGGCUGACAAGUGCACUGUGUGGUGGAAUCCGCCAGAGAAUGAUGGAUGUGCAGCCAUUACCCACUAUGUGGUGGAGAAAAGGGAGACAUCCAGAAUCUCUUGGGCUUUGGUCACCUCCAAGUGUGAAGCCUGUUCUUACAAUGCAACAAAUCUUAUCAAGGGCAAUGAGUAUCAGUUUAGAAUUUCUGCUGUCAACAAGCUUGGUGUUGGUAAACCACUGGACUCUGAUCCUGUCAUUGCACAAAUGCAGUACACUGUGCCUGAGGCUCCUGGGACCCCAGAUGCCACCCAUGUGACUGGAGACAGUAUCACCCUGUGCUGGACCAGGCCAAGGUCAGAUGGAGGCAAUGAGAUCAAACAUUACAUCCUGGAGAGGAGAGAGAAAAAGAGCCUGCACUGGAUUAAAGUUUCAUCUAAGAGGCCUAUCACAGAGCUCAGGCACCGUGUUACACACCUCACUGAGGGCAACGAGUAUGAGUUCCGUGUCAUGGCUGAAAAUGGUGCUGGUGUUGGACCAGCCAGCAGCACUUCCAGGCUCUUCAAAUGCAGAGAGCCAACCAGUCCUCCCAGCGCCCCGACAGUAAUCAAGGUAAUCGAUUCCACCAAGUCAUCUGUCACAAUGGAAUGGACUAAGCCAGUGUUUGAUGGCGGCAUGGAAAUCAUUGGCUACAAUAUUGAUAUGUGUAAGGCUAGCCUGGAGGAAUGGCACAGAGUCAACAACCAGAUAUGUAUCCAUACCAGAUACACGGUUAAGGGCCUGGUUCCUGGAGAGCUCUACAAGUUCCGCAUCAGUGCUGUCAAUGGAUCUGGAGAAGGUGACGCCUCAGUGAUGCCCAACCCUGUUCAGGCUCUGGACAGACUUACAUCUCCAGAAAUUGACAUUGAUGCAAACUUUAAACAAACUCACAUUGUGAAGAAUGGCGGCACCGUUGCACUUCAUGUUCCUUUCCGUGGUAAACCUACACCUCUUGCAACUUGGUCUAAGGUAGAUGGUGAGCUGCCUGUUAUGGCAGAUGUCAAUAGCACUGAUUCGUUUUCAACACUGACCAUUGAGGGUUGCACUAGGUAUGAUGCUGGGAAAUACACCCUCUCCCUGGAAAACAACAGUGGGCGUAAAUCUAUUACAUUCACUGUCAAAGUGUUGGACACGCCUGGACCUCCAGGAGCCAUUACAUUCAAAGAUGUAACCCGUGGAUCCUUGACAGUAAUGUGGGAUGCCCCAAGCAAUGAUGGCGGAUCCCGAAUACACCACUACAUUGUGGAGAAGCGCGAAGCCACCCGCCUGGCCUGGCAAGAGGUCACUACCAAAUGCUCUCGCCAGAUGAUCAGGGUAACUGGUCUGGAUAUCGGUGUGCCAUAUCUAUUCAGGGUGGCUGCUGUUAACCAGUAUGGUCAAGGAGAACCUCAUGAAAUGACAGAGCCUAUCAUUGCCACGGAACAACCUGCACCACCGAAAAGAUUGGAUGUUGCAGACACCACUAACUCCACUGCAUCCCUGGUGUGGCUGAAGCCUGAGCACGAUGGAGGAAGCCGCAUCAGAGGCUACAUUGUUGAAUUCAAAGCUAAAGGCACUGAUCGCUGGGUUGUUGGUGGAGAGACUAAGUCUCAGAGGAUGUUAGUGGAGGGUCUCAUUGAGAAUACAGAGUAUGACUUUAGAGUCAGGGCAAAAAACGAUGCAGGAAUCAGUGAACCUCAGGGAACCUUUGGUUCUGUUGUCAUUAAGGAGCCUCGCAUUGAACCAACCGCUGACCUUAGCAGCAUCACCAAUCAACUCAUCACCUGCAAGACCUCGAACACCUUUACAAUAGACAUCCCUAUAAGUGGCAGGCCUGCUCCCAAGGCCACCUGGAAACUAGAGGAGAUGAAGUUGAAGGAAACUGAAAGAGUCUCGAUUAGGACCACAAACGAGAGAACCACUCUAGUAGUUAAAGACAGCAAAAGAAGUGACAGUGGCAAGUACUUCUUGACUCUGGAGAAUGCUGCUGGUGUAAAGACAUUUGCAGUGACUGUUGCUGUUGUUGGCCGACCUAGUCCACCGACAGGUCCUGUGAACAUUUCUGGAAUAUCCUCAGAGUCCUGCACUCUGUCUUGGUUGGAGCCAGCGGAUGAUGGAGGAACUGAAAUCACAAAUUAUAUAGUUGAAAAACGAGAGUCUGGCUCUGCUUCCUGGCAAGUGGUGAAUUCCAGUGUCCAGAGAACCACUAUCAAAGUUACCCAUCUCACCAAAUACAUGGAGUACACUUUCAGAGUCUGUGCUGAGAAUAAGUUUGGAGUUAGUAAAUCCAUUGAGUCAACCGCUGUUGUCAUUGAGCAUCCAUUUGUUCCACCAAGUCCUCCAACUCGUCCAGAUGUGGUGUCUGUGUCUGCGAAUGCCAUUGGUAUCAAAUGGGAUGUUCCAUAUGCAGAUGGAGGCAGCAAGGUGACAGGCUACUGGAUUGAGAAGAAGGAGAGAAACACUAUUCUGUGGGUGAGGGAGAACAAACUGCCCUGCCUAGAGUGCCACUACAAGGUGUCCAACCUGAUUGAGGGCCUGGAGUACCAGUUUAGGGUGUACGCCAUGAACAUUGCUGGGCUAAGCAAGGCCAGUGAGGCCUCCAGACCUAUGGUGGCACUCAACCCUGUUGAUCCUCCUGGUAAACCCGAAGUGACAGACAUCAGCCGCUCAUCUGUCUCCCUGUGCUGGACUGUGCCGUUUAAUGACGGUGGCAGCAAGAUUGUCGGUUACGUGGUGGAAAGGAAAGUCUAUAGCACAGACGAAUGGGAUGACAACCGCUGGCUCAAGUGCAAUUACACCACCAUCAGUGAGAACUAUUUUACCGUAACCAGCCUGGGAGAGGGCGAGACCUUUGAGUUUCGCGUCAUUGCCAGGAAUGCUGCCGGUGUCCACAGCAUGCCCUCAGAGUCGACUGGGCCGGUAACAUGCAAGGAUGAAUACUCUCCUCCCAGAGCUGAGCUUGACAGCAAGCUGGUGGGUGAGACAGUCACCAUCGCUGCUGGGUCAGACCUUGUCCUGGAUGGAGCUGUAGGGGGAAAACCAGAACCUACCGUCUACUGGUCAAAGGGUGACAAGAUCUUGGAGCUUGGAGAGAAAUACUCACUGACUUACACUUCUACCAGAGCCAUGGCAGUCAUAAAGAACUGUGACAGAUUUGACACCGGCAGAUACCUCCUGACUGUUAAGAACGCCAGUGGAAUAAAGACUGCCUCAGUCAGCGUCAAGGUUCUUGAUACUCCUGGACCUCCAGCUGAUAAGAUCAUAAUCAGCAGAGUGACAGAGGAGAAGUGUACGGUGUCCUGGAAAAUUCCUUUGGAGGAUGGUGGAGACACUGUCAGUCAUUAUAUUGUAGAGCGGCGUGAGACCAGUCGCCUCAACUGGGUUAUAAUGGAAGCCGAGUGCAAGACUCUGUCAUGUGUCAGCACAAGACUGAUCAAGAAUAAUGAGUACAUCUUCAGAGUCAGAGGAGUCAACAAGUUUGGAGCCGGAGUUCCUCUGGAGUCUGAGCCUGUCAUUGCCAGGAAUGCCUACACCACCCCCUCACAGCCAGGUGCACCUGAGGCCACUGGAGUUGGUAAGGAACACGUCAUUGUGGAGUGGCUGAAACCUGAAAGCGACGGAGGCAGCGAGAUCAAGAACUAUAUUGUGGAUAAACGAGAAAAAAGCAGCACCAGGUGGACCCGGGUUAAUAAGACUUACACCAUAUACGACACCCGUUUGAAGAUCACAAGCUUGUUGGAGGGAAGCGAGUACCAGUUCAGAGUCACCGCUGUCAAUGCCGCUGGAGAUAGCCAGCCCAGUGAUGCAUCAUCGUACAUCCUCUGCAGAGAUCCUACAUAUACACCAGCUCCUCCAUCAAUGCCUCGCAUUACUGACACAACCAAGCACAGCAUCAGCAUGACCUGGACAAGACCCAUGUAUGAUGGAGGAGCAGACGUGACAGGAUACGUAGUUGAGAUCCUAGAGGAAGACUCUGGGCAGUGGUACCGUGCCACUGCCAAACCGCUUAAGAUCAAUGAGUAUGUGGCCGCUGGCCUGGCAGCCAAUAAGAAGUACAGCUUUAGGGUCGCUGCCAUUAACAGGAAUGGCACUGGCGAGUUCAGUGAACCUAGUGCCCAGACUGAGCCGCUUGAAAGAAUUGAAAUGCCUGACCUGGAGCUGGCUGAAGACCUAAAGAAAACCGUGUGUCUACGUGCCGGAGGGACCUUGCGUCUGUUUGUGUUUGUUUCGGGCCGACCGACACCAGUUGUAGCUUGGAGGAAGAUGGGUGUGGAGCUGCAAAGCCGUGGCUACAUAGAUACCACAGGGAGCUCCACCUCGUUAAUAGUGGAGAAGGUUAAUCGCUAUGACUCUGGAAAAUAUAUUGUAGAGGCAGAGAACCCAUCUGGCAAGAAGACUGCCACUAUCCUGGUUAAAGUCUACGAUACUCCUGGACCUCCUGGUUCUGUUAGGGUGAAGGACUACACCAAAGAGUCAGUCGUCAUCACCUGGGAUGUGCCUAGCAUUGAUGGUGGGGCUCACGUCAGCAACUACAUUGUAGAGAAGCGUGAAGCCAACAUGAAAUCAUACAAGACUGUCACAACUGAGUGUAGAAAGACCCUGUUUAGGAUUACUGGGCUGGAGGAGGGCAUGCACUACUUCUUCAGGGUCCUGCCAGAGAACAUUUAUGGUGUUGGUGAGCCCCGUGAGACGACCGAGGCUGUGCUGGUGUGCGAUGUGCCGUCAGUACCUCUGGACUUCCACAUUGUUGAAGUUAACAAAUCAUCUGUCACACUGCAAUGGGAGAAGCCGCUGCAUGAUGGAGGCAGCAGACUUAUAGGUUAUGUCAUUGAGACCUGCAAGGUUGGCUCUGACAGAUGGAGUACCGUCGCAACACUGAAGGCCACAGUUUCCCAGCACUCUGUCCAAUCCCUAAUGGAGAAUGACCAGUACCUGUUCAGGAUCAGGGCCACCAACAGUAGAGGGUCCAGUGAGCCAGUGGACAUUGUUACUCCUGUUACAAUCCAGGAGAUCAAGGUGCUACCCAAGAUCGAUAUGGCCAACAUUCCUCAGAAGACUGUUUAUGUGCAUCGUGGCAAACCCAUCGAUCUCAAUAUCCCCAUUAAAGCCAGGCCGCAACCUGUGUGUACCUGGUUUUUUAAAGGUGUGAAGCUGAAGGACAGCCUAGACCGUAUUAAGAUUGACAGUAAUGGCAAAUAUGCCCACCUCAUCAUUCGUGAUACCACCAUCAAUGACACCGGAGACUAUGCUCUGGAGGUGAAGAACACAAUCGGCAUGGCAAGUGAGGUUAUCAAGGUCAUCAUCCUUGACAAACCUGGCUUUCCAGUUGGUCCAGUGAAGAUUGAGGAAGUUGACGGUGUGUCUGUGACGAUCAGCUGGGACCCUCCAGAGAAGGAUGGUGGUGCCAGCAUCAGCGGAUAUGUGGUUGAGCAGCGUGACGCCCACCGGCCAGGCUGGAGCACAAUCUCAGAGUCAGUGACCAGACCCUGUUUCAAAUUUAACAGACUCUCUGAGGGAACAGAAUAUGUGUUCCGUGUUGCUGCCAUGAAUCGCUUUGGCAUUGGUGGAUUCCUGCAGUCAGAAGUGGUGGAAUGCAAGAGUCCCAAGACCAUCCCUGGAGCUCCGAGCAGACCAGAGGUUCUUGAUGUCACACAUGAGGGCAUGACCCUGACCUGGUUACCACCUGAGGACAAUGGUGGCUCCACUAUUGCUGGCUUCAUCAUCGAACGUAAGGAAUCGCAGUCUGACAGGUGGAUGAGGAUCAACAAGAAUCCUGUCACUAUGACCAGGUAUCGCUCCUCCGGCCUGAUUGAAGGCCUGGAGUAUGAAUAUCGCAUCACGGCCAUCAACUCCAGAGGAGCUGGAAAACCCAGUGAAAGCUCUGCUCUUACCAUUGCCAUGGAUCCUAUUGAACCUCCCAGUCCUCCAGUUCAGCCUCGAGUGACAGACAGCACCAGGACUUCAGUCUCUCUGGCAUGGCUGCCACCUGAACAAGAGGGUGGUUCUGUUGUUACUGGCUACUUUAUUGAGAUGCAAAAGGUGGACCAGGUGGAAUGGACCCUGUGCAACACCACACCCAUCAAAAUGUGCGAGUACACUCUCACCCACAUGCCCCAGGGUGCUGAGUACAAGUUCAGGGUUAUUGCCUGCAAUGCUGGUGGUUCUGGAGAACCUGCUGAGAUUCCUGGGAUAGUUAAAGUCCAGGAGAUGCUUGGUUACCCCGACUAUGAGCUGGAUCGUAAAUAUGAGGAGGGCUAUGUGGUACGGCAGGGUGGAGUGAUUCAUCUGUCUGUACCCAUCAAGGGUAAACCCAUUCCUAUAUGUAAGUGGACCAAAGAUGGUCGCGACAUUUCCCACCGUGCAAUGAUUGCUACUCAUGAUGACAUCACUGAGUUGGUCAUCAAAGAAGGACACAAAGAUGACGCCGGUACCUACGAACUGGUGCUUGAGAACAAAUGUGGCAGAAAGGCAGUGUACAUUAAGGUCAAAGUAAUUGGCCGCCCUGAACCCCCAGAGGGCCCUCUGGAAUUUGAUGACAUUCAGGCCAGAUCGGUCCGUGUAAGCUGGAGGCCACCAUCAGAUGAUGGUGGCUCUGAUAUUCUUGGAUACAUUGUGGAAAGGCGGGAGGUGCCCAAAGCUGCUUGGUACACAGUGGAUGCAAGGGUAACUGAGAGCUCACUGGUGGUCAGGGGGCUGAAGGAGAAUGUGGAAUAUCACUUUAGGGUUUCUGCUGAGAACCAGUUUGGCAUAAGCAGAUCUCUCAAAUCUGAUGAUUGCGUCACACCAAAGACACCACUUUGCCCACCAGAACCUCCAAGCAAUCCACCAGAGAUCAUGGACGUAACCAAGUCAACUGUGUCUCUGUCCUGGGCUCGACCUCGUGAUGAUGGAGGGUCUCGCAUUACAGGAUACUAUGUGGAAAGAAGAGAGGUUUCAACAGAAAAGUGGGUGCGCCACAACAAGACUCACAUCACCACGACCAUGUACAAUGUGACUGGUCUCAUUCCCGAUGCAGAGUACAUUUUUAGAGUGGUGGCCCAGAAUGAUAUUGGGCAGAGUGAGCCGAGUCUUGCAUCAGAAUCUGUGGUCUGCAAAGAUCCAUUUGACAAACCGAGCCAACCAGGUGAGAUUGACAUCAUCUCCAUCACCAAGGACUCCAUCACUAUCCACUGGCUGAGGCCUGAACAUGAUGGUGGCAAAGAGAUUCUGGGCUACUGGAUUGAAUUUAGGCAGGCUGGAGAAAGUGCAUGGAAGAAAUGCAACAAAGAGCCCUCCAAGGAUCGACAAUUUACUAUGGGUGGAUUGAUGGAGGCAACCGAGUAUGAGUUCAGAAUUUUGGCAGAGAAUGAGACUGGCCUUAGUCGACCUCGUCGCACACCUAUGGGCAUAAAGACCAAACUUAGUGUUGGUGAAGCUCCAGCUUUGAAAGAAGAAAUGCAAGACACAACAACCAAGCUUGGGGAGUCUGGCACUCUAACCUGUGGCAUCAUUGGUAGACCUCUGCCUGAGAUCAAAUGGUACCGCUAUGGCAAGGAACUGAUCCAGAGUCGCAAGUACAAGAUGAGUUCCGAUGGUCGCAAUCAUUCCCUCAGCAUCUUGUCAGAUGAUCAGGAAGAUGAAGGCCUGUACACCUGCAGGGCCAUCAAUGAAGCUGGAGAGAUUGAGACUAGUGGCAAGUUGCGCCUGCAGGCGCCGCCUCAGUUCCACCCUGGCUUCCCUCUCAAAGAGAAGUAUUUUGCUGGCGCUGGCACCAGCCUCCGUCUCCAUGUUGUCUACAUUGGCCGUCCCAUUCCCCAAAUCAUGUGGUUCUAUGGCAAGAAGCCUCUAAACCCAUCUGAGAAUGUGAUUAUUGAAAACACUGAAAGUUACACCCAUUUGGUUGUGCGCAAUGUCCAGAGAAAGACCAAUGCUGGCCGUUACAAGGUGCAACUCAGCAACAUGUUUGGAUCUGUUGAUACUGUACUACGUGUUGAAAUUCAAGACAAACCUUGCAUCCCUGAAGGCCCACUGGUUGUUGACGCUCUGCUGAAGAGCUCAGUUGUCAUCAGCUGGAAGGCUCCCAAGGAUGAUGGUGGUGCUCUUAUCACCAACUACAUUGUUGAGAAACGUGAAGCCAAAGAGGGUGAGCAGUGGCAUCUGGUAUCUUCCUCCAUCUCUGGCACCACCUGCCGUGUUCCAAACUUGACAGAGAAUGCUGGAUACUACUUCAGAGUUUCUGCUCAGAACCAGUAUGGUGUCAGUGAACCUCUGGAGAUCCCAUCUGUCGCUAUCAUCAAGAGUCCAUUUGAAAAGCCCGGCAUCCCACAGCAACCCUUCAUAAUCACUUCCACAAGAGACUCUUGUGUUGUCUGCUGGAAGCCUCCAAGCAGUGAUGGUGGAGCAAAAAUUACCAGCUACUACCUUGAAAAACGUGAAAAGAAACAGAACAAGUGGAUGUCGGUAACCAGCAAAAAGAUUGUGGAGACCAAUUACGAGGUCACUGGUUUGAUUGAGGGCUUUGAGUAUGAAUUUCGUGUCAAGUGUGAGAACAUGGGAGGUGAAAGCGACUGGAGCGAAAUCUCUCAGCCUAUCGUUCCUAAAUCCGACCAGCCUCCCCGUGCGCCUACAUUCAGGGAGGAGAUUAGAGACAUGACUGUGAAAUACCACGCCAGCGCCACCUUUGUUACAAAGGUUAUGGGACAUCCCAAGCCUGUGGUGAAAUGGUACCGAAGUGGAAAGGAGAUCCUGGCAGAUGGAACAAAGAUCAAAGCCCUGGAGUUUAAGGGAGGUUACUAUCAGCUGGUGAUAACUGCUGCAGAUGAAAAUGAUGCCUCAGUUUAUCAAGUCAGAGCAACUAACUCCUCAGGAUCAAUUUCUGCAACAGCCAACUUGGAGGUGGAAGUUCCUGCAAAGAUCCACCUGCCGAAGGAGCUCCAAGGAAUGGGAGCAGUCCAUGCUGCCCGUGGUGAUCACAUCACAAUCAAGAUCCCUAUCUCUGGCAAGCCUGAGCCAGCAAUCACUUGGCAGAAAGGUCAAGAAAUCCUCUCAAAUUCUCCUUAUCAUCAAGUCAUCACUACCAGGUCUUUCACUUCCCUCGUCUUCCUGAAGGGAGUUCAGAGAAAGGACACUGGGUACUACAUCAUUAGUGCGAAGAACAGGUUUGGAACAGACAAGCAAACAAUUGAGGUAAAUGUGGCUGACAUACCUGAAGCGCCUAAAGGACUUGUGGUUAGUGACAUUGCACGAGACUCUAUCACUUUGAGCUGGGAGGCCCCUGCCAGUGAUGGUGGAAGUGAAAUAAUUAGCUACAUAGUGGAGAAAUGUCCCACUACUGGUGAUAGAUGGAUCCGUGCUGGACACACCAAUGACUGCAGCAUCACCAUUAUCAACAUAUUUGGAAAGACCAAGUAUCAGUUCCGUGUCAUUGCUGAGAACCAGUUUGGUCUGAGCCCUCCUUCUGAUCCCACUGAACCCAUCACCACAAAAGAGGACAAGUCUGUGAUUAGGAACUAUGACGAGGAAGUGGAUGAAACCAGAGAGAUCACUCGGGAGGAAGCUCUGUUCUACAAGGUGAAGGAGCUUUCCUCCAAGUAUAUUAUCUCUGAAGAGCUGUCUCGCUGCCAGUUUGGAACAGUCCACCGGUGCAUAGAGAUUGCUACAAAGAAAACCUUCAUGGCUAAGUUCAUCAAGGUCAAAGGAACUGAUCGUGAAUUGGUUCUCAGGGAAAUUGAAGCGCUAAAUUUGGCAAGGCACAGGAAUAUUAUUUAUUUGCAUGAGUACUUUGAAAGCAUGGAGGAGAUAAUUCUGAUCUUUGAGUUCAUUUCAGGAGUUGACAUCUUUGAGCGCCUUGGAACCAGCCACUUUGAGUUGUCUGAACAGGAGAUAGUCCGCUACUUGAGGCAGGUGUGCUCUGCCCUCAUGUUUUUGCAUAGCCAUAAUUUUGGUCACUUUGACAUCCGCCCGGACAACAUUGUCUAUACGACAAGGAGAAGCACCAACAUAAAGAUCAUUGAGAUGGGCCAGGCUAGGCUCCUAGUGCCAGGGGAAAACAUUAGAAUGUUGUUUUCUGCACCGGAAUAUUAUGCUCCUGAGGUCCAUCGCCAUGACCUGAUCACAACAGCCACUGAUAUGUGGUCUGUUGGUGUUGUGGCCUAUGUUCUGCUCAGUGGUCUUAAUCCAUUUGCUGCAGAGUCAACAACAAAGGUGAUUGAGAACAUUUCCAAAUGUGAGUAUAUCUUUGACAGUGAAGCCUUUAAGGACACCAGCUUGGAGGCUAUGGACUUUGUAGACAGACUUCUGGUCAAGGAUAUGAAGCUUCGUAUGACAGCCCAUGAGGCUCUUGAGCAUCCAUGGCUCAAAAUGAAGAUUGAACAUGUCAGCAACAAGCCCAUUAGGACACUGAGACAUAGGAGGUACUAUCAGACCCUGGUGAAGAGGGUGGACACUAUUAUAUCUGCAGCUCGUGUGGCAUAUGGUGGUGCAUUUAAAAACCAAAGAGGACUGGCUGUGGGUAAAGUCAAGAUUGGAACUGAGUAUCGUGGUCUUCGAGCUGGUCCAGUCAUGCAUGCCUCAGCUGAGGAAGGUGGCUAUGUGAGGUUCACAUGCAGCCUUGUCAACUAUGACAAGAGUACACAGGUUUUAUGGUACUUUGGAAACCGUCAACUUCACUCAAGCCAUAAGUAUGAGAUUACUUACAGUAACGGUUUUGCCAGCAUUUAUGUAAAAGACAUUGAAAACGAUGAUGAUGGUGUCUACAAAUGCAAAGUGGUGAGUGAUGAUGGGGAGGAUGUUGCCUACGGUGAGCUAUUUGUUGAGACCAUAAGGAACAUUAGAGAGCACUACGUUAGCCGUUCCAUCAAGAAACUAAGAAGGAGAGUUGACAAAACUACACUCUUGCAAAGACCACCAGAGUUCACUUUGCCACUUUAUAACUGCACUGCCUAUGUUGGCGAAGAUGUUCGUUUUGGUGUCACCAUCACGGUGCAUCCAGAGCCCCAUGUCACAUGGCUGAAGAAUGGAGAAAGGAUUAACCCAGGUGACGAUGACAGCAAGUACACCUUUACCAGUGAUAAGGGUCUGUACCAGCUGAUAAUCCACAAUGUGGAUGUGAGUGAUGAUGCAGAAUUCAGCGUUGUUGCUCACAACAGGUUUGGGGAAGACAACUGUACAGCCCGUCUCACUGUGACACCUCAUCCUGUAUCAGAGGAAACAAUGAGGCCAAUGUUUAAGCGUCUCUUGGCCAACAUCGAGUGCACUGAGGGACACAGCAUUUGCUUUGAUCUCAGAGUCUCAGCAAUUCCCAUUCCCACCCUAAAAUGGGAGAAGGAUGGAAAACCUUUGCAGUUUGGUCCCAAAGUCAUUGUCAUACAGGAAGACAUUGAUUAUUAUGUCCUGCACAUUAGAGAAACUCUCCUCGAGGACUCUGGCGUGUACAAGGUUACUGCAAGCAAUCCUGCUGGGUCUGCAAGCUGCCAGGCUACUCUGAAAGUAGAUCGGCUGACAUACACCAGGAGAGAGUACAAAAGUGAAGAGGAGAAAUACAGUCACAUACAGAAACAAAUUGAGAAAACCAACAAGUUGGCUCAGGAGAUUGUUGCUACUGAGGAACUUGUACCCCUCAACCCAACAGCCCAGGAGGCUCUCAAAUUCGCUGCAGAGAUGUACAAACCUGCAGUGAGCACCAAGAACAUUGAAGGGGAGUUUGACAUUACUGUUAAGACAUCUGAGACAAAGAGACUGGAAGAAGAAAAGAGAAUUUUUAUGCCAUACAAGAUCCCUGAACCUGUGGUUCAUGAUCCUCGAGUUCUAGAUGAGGACAAAGCCAUCAAGCAGUUUGUUCCCCUGUCUGACAUGAAGUGGUACAGAAAGCUUAGAGACCAGUAUGAAAUUCCAGAAAGGAUGGAAAGAAUUUUGCAGAAGAGACAGAGGCGUAUUCGUCUGUCUAGGUGGGAGCAGUUCUAUGUCAUGCCACUUCCAAGAAUCACCGACCAAUACAGGCCAAGAUGGCGUAUUCCGAAACUCACUCUGGAUGAUUUGGAGACUGUUCGACCUGCAUGUCGUUCAGCCUCUUCUGAAUCUGAGGCCUCUUUCAGGUCCAGGAGGAGAUCUCUGGGAGACCUUAGUGAUGAGGAGCUUCUGAUGCCUGUGGACGAUUACCUCUCUUUGAGAAGGACUGAAGAAAGGAAAAUCAUGCCAGAGGAUGAACUGGAACUCGGCUUUUCUGCCUCCCCUCCUGGAAGUCCUCUCCGAGUUGAGCAACAUGCUGUGGAACGUGAAGAGAAGAGGCUGGAGGGCAAACAUGUGGCAGCUGAGGUUGUGGAGACUAAGAAGAAACGUACUGUUUCUCAGUAUAUGAGAAGGAGAAGAUCAUUGUCGCCCACUUAUAUUGAGCUUAUGCGUCCAGUGUCAGAGCUGAUUAGACCAUGUGCCAGGCCUUCUGUGCAAGCAGAGGGAGACAUUGUGGAGAGGAGGUCCCCAACCCCAGAGAGAACUCGCCCACGCUCUCCUAGCCCCAUCAAGUCUGUCGAGAGGUCCUCACGCUCCUCCUCCAGGUUUGAAAGAUCUGCACGGUUUGACAUCAUGUCCCGCUAUGAGGCCAGAAAGGCUGCUUUGAAAUCUGAGAGGAAAUAUCAGGUGAUCAGCCAGACACCAUUCAGCCUGGACCAUGCUCCGCGUGUGACUGUCAGGAUGCGCUCGCAUCGCAUACCCAUUGGCCAGGACACCAAAUUCACGCUGAACAUCCAAGCCAAGCCGGAGGCUGAGGUUAUAUGGUUUCACAAUGGAACUAGAAUUUCUGAAAGCAGUGACAAAUAUGUCUUCAUGAACAUGAGCGGGGUUUUGUCUGUAGCUAUUCUGAACUGCCAGGAGGAGGACAGUGGCACAUACCGCUGUGUGUGCUCAAACUCCAAGGGAGAAGCUUCAGACUAUGCCACUUUAGAGGUAUGUGGCGGUGGCUACACCACUUUUUCCUCUCGUCGAAGAGAUGAAGAAGUCCCCAAACCAUUUGUUCCGGAGUUGGCUCAAGUUGACCACUAUCAUAUCACUCAAUUUAAAGCUGGCUAUGCUUCUAAGUCCCAUUUUGAGGUGGAAGACAGCAAAUCAAAGCUGACUGAAACACACAAAGUGAUCACACAUGAAAGUUAUGCUGCCUCCUCUGAGAGGUCCUCAUCUGCAGAGAGGUAUGGCUCCUGUAUCAAGUAUUCUUCUGCUGAAUACCUGUCCUCUGGCUCCUCCUACUCAUCUGACAAGUUUUCUGUGGCUGAAGCUAAACUUAAGUCAUCUGUUGCGGAGGCCUCUGAUUUUUCUGUUCACAAGGUGAAGUCUUCUCUGCCUGCUAGAAUCCUUAUCAAACCUCAGUCUGUAACAGUUGCAGAGGGAGAGACAGUCAGAUUUGCUUGUGAUAUUGAUGGAGAUCCUGCACCAACUGUAUCAUGGAUUCAUGAAAGCAGAACCCUAAUCUCAUCUCAUCGCAUUCAGGUCACAACAACACAGUACAAGUCCAGUCUAGAGAUAUCCUCUGUGACUGCCUCAGAUGAGGGUAGUUAUAAAGUUGUAGUAGAAAACUCAGCAGGUAGACAAGAAGCUCACGCCAGAUUGACAAUCCAAAGACCCGGCUCCAAAGAGAAGGUCAAGGCUGUCAAGUCCCCUGAGCCACCUGUAAAAGCACCUACUUCAAGUAUCAAGUCACCAGAACCUUCAGUUACAUUCACAGUCCCCAGUGUCAAGUCGCCAGAAUCCAGCAUCAGAUCCCCAGAGCCUUCAGUGAAAUUACCAGCUCAAAGUAUUCAGUCUCCUGAACCAAGUGUCAAAUCUCCAGAAACAGCAGGAAUUAAAACUACAAGAAGUGACAAGUCUCCAGAGCCAGUGACACCCUCUCCAGCAACUGUCAAGUCGCCUGAACCUGAAGGAGUUAAGUCACAUCGGGGUAUAAAAUCUCCUGAACCGAAACAUAAGUCAGCGGCUCCCCUCAAGUCCAAUGAAACUGAGGAAGUGAAAGCUCCCCGUGGUGUAAAGUCCCCGGAAACCCCAGGAAUCAAAACACCAAGAGGGGUAAAAUCCCCAGAACCAGCUGGAAUCAAAACACCAAAGGGUAUCAAGUCCCCUGAACCUUCAGGCAUUAAAUCACCAAGGGGUGUGAAGUCUCCUGAGCCUGAAGGAAUUAAAUCACCCACUAGGAUGAAGUCUCCUACUCCCAUCAUGUCCCCCAAAAGAGUUGUGUCUCCAACAACCAUCAAAUCCCCAACCCCUAAACCUCCAAAGGUCCUUAGUCAGUUAAGAGCUGAAGCCUCGGAGGGUUCAGUACAGAUUGCUUGUGUCUGUGAGAGCAGUGUGACGGACGUAAUGUGGUACGUUCAUGGCAGGAGGCUUUCACAGAGUAGCCGCUUUGAGAUGCAUUACUCUGACGGUUCAUGCAGCCUGAAGAUUCAUGACCUGACUGACAGUGAUCAGGGCGAGUACACCUGUGAAAUGAUAUCAGAGGGAGGAGUUUCCAAGUCUUCAUUCUCCCUCACUGGACAGUUGUUCCAGUCCAUACGCAUGAAGGUCACAGCCUACCAUGAGCAGCAACUGGCAAUUAAAGGAUCAUCAGUGAUGAGUCAUAAAGAGACGUCAUCCUCCUUGAUGCAGAAGAAGGAAAUUCACAAAGUGGAGGAGUCAUCGUUCGUCUCUUCCUCUGCCCAGCAGUCACUGAUGUCCUCCAUGAUGGAGUCAAGCUCCUUCAGCAGCAUGGCAGCUGAGAUGAAGUUUGAGACCAUGUCCAUGUCUAGCAUGUCCUCUGUGGCAUCUGAGACAUAUGCUAGGAGCUCCAGCAGCCUGACAGAGAUGGCCUCUCACAUGGAGGGAUCGUCCUUCAGAACAAUCAGUUGUGCUCCCAGGAUUGAGGCUCUGCCAGAGGACAUCAGCAUUGAACCAGGCAAAGUCCUGACAGUUGCCUGUGCCUUCUCUGGUGAUGCUCAACACAUUGAGUGGUCUCGUGGAGGAAGAACCAUUGAGGUGACAGCUGGUGGUCGCUUCCACAUAGAGACCACGGAGGACCUGACCACCCUCAUUAUCACUGGGGUGAAGAAGGAAGAUGCUGGAACUUACACCCUCAAACUGUCCAGCGAGCUUGGAUCUGACACAGCAACUGUUCACAUUAGUGUUCGAUCAGUGUAAAAACACAGUCUACCUUCCUCUCCUCCCUUUUCACUGCAUCCGUGGCUUUUUGUUUAUGAAUUCAGCAAAUUAAUCUAUGUGGUAAAGACCUUAUUUCUCUUUCUGUAAAUAUGAACUAUUUUUAUACCAAACUUGACAUUAAUUUAUGCCAAACUAGACUCAAGUCUAAAGUUGUAGUAACAUGUGCCAUAUUGGACAACGAAGACUGUGACAUGUACAUAAUGUAUAUAGCCGAAAUGAACGGUUAUGGAAAAUGUUAUGAAUUGUUAUUUAUGACAAUUAUAUUAACUAAAACUAAAUGAAACUAAAUGUGGUUUAACAGGAGAAAGUUCUAUUAGGAACGAAUACCCUGUUAAACCCAGAAACUAAACUCUGUGCCUCAACCAUGUGUUGAAGUCCUAAGAUUGCCUCAGCAGGUAGAGAGGCUCCCUGCUGACGUCACCUCAAUCCGAGACUUACUAUGAAAGCAGCGCUGCAGAGUCCGAGCAGUGCUGCUUUAUUGUAAUAAAGUCACGAGAUCCUGAGUGGUGUUUGCAUUUACCCUCAUGCAAGCAGGACGACUGGACCUUGUGUUCUGACUGAUUAUAUCACGACGCCUUUUCGAUGACGUGCUCACAGUGCAAGCGGCCUGCACUCCCUGAGCAUAAUUGUUUGUUGUUUUGUGCUCUGCUUCUGGCAAAUGACCAUCCACUGGGCUCCUCAGUUGUACCAUCAGCCUGGCCAAUCACAUUAUUGAGAAUCUGCCUCGUGCUUGUUUGCAGAGGCAGAGCUGUCUCUUGGAGGCCUGCAGUGUGUGUUUGUGUUUUAUUUUAGUCAAGCAGGGCAUUGUCAGUCAGGUCCACCAUCACUGUUCUGCAUUCAGAGGCCCUGCUCUCUGGUUUGACGGAAGAUAGAUUGUAGCGUUUUCACAGCCUCCUUGAGUGUUUUUCCACUUGGAAUGAAUAAAGCAUGAUUGCAGCACUA